UGUGGGAGACCGUCUAGCCUCUACUCUAUGGUAACGCUGGAGGUAGAGCGACUGGUGAGGGCUAAGGCCGCUCGUUGCUGGAGGACCCGAGCUUCACCCCGGGGGAGUGAGAAGAGAUAAAAUGGCCGCCGUGAGGCCGCCCCGGCCUGUCUGCCGUGUCCCAGUUCUGUUACGGACGGGGAGGUGAAGAAGGCGGCGGCCCGGAGGGGGGGAGGGUGGUGGACGGAGGACCAUGGGCUCUCAGACUCUGCAGAUCCUCCGGCAGGGAGUGUGGGCUUCCAUCACCGGGGGCUGGUACUACGACCCUCACCAGAGCACCUUCGUCAACACCCUGCACCUCUACAUCUGGCUCUUCCUGCUCUGCUUCCCCUUCACCCUGUACAUGGUGAGUCCAGCCUCACUCACUGCCUGCCUGCCUGGCUCCAUCAUGGCUGCGCCUGGGCCUAGACACCCCCAGACAGUCCUGGGGGGAUAAUACUCAGGGUGAUGCCCACCUACCUACAUGGGGCAGGGGCACCAGCCAGGCACCUGCACCCCCAGACAGCCAGGCAAGUCCCCACCCCCUCCAUGAUCACCAUUUUAAUCCUGGGUUUUUAUAUUUUGUUAUUCCCUGCCCCCCCCUUUCCUCCUGUGAUUGUUCUUUGACAGGGUGGACCACUUUCUCCCUCAUUUCAAUGUCUAAAGCAGAGGAGGAAGGGGAGAGGGAUGGAUGAGCGUUAUGGGAGUUAUCCUGUCAGCCUUCAAUAUCUGGUUUUACUACUUCUUAGGUGUGUAGACUGAGAGAGAGACUGUGUCAGGAAGUAAGGAUGACCAAAAUUGUAUCACCAUGAUGUUAUAAAAAUAUAACCCCCCCUCUCAUUUCAAUGUCUAGAGUAGAGCUGGCAAACUUUUGGCAAUGAAGCUGUUAAAGGGUUUGGGGGAGGGUUGUUGUAGCUGGCUGAGUGUGUAAUUCUUCUGUUAGCCAGCCGUCGGUUUUUUUUUUUUUUUAAUUUUUUUUAUACAAGACCCCUAAGUAAUACCCACCUACCUGCAUAUGGCAGUGACUGAGAGGCAGGAUGUCCCACCCCACCGUGAUCACCAUUUUAAUCCAGUUUUUUUUUUUGUUUGUUUUAUACUCUGAUUGUUCUUUGACAGGUUUUACUACUUUCUCUCUCAUUAGUGUCUAAAGAGAUGGUUACGUUUUGGCACUGUGGCUGUUAAGAGUUGACUGAGUGUUAUGGGAGUCCUCCUGUCAGGCAGCCAUCUCUGUUUUUACCACCUCCCAGGUAUAGACUGAGAGACUGUCAAAGAGGUUGAAAAUUGUCUAAUCCUUAUGUUGUAAAAAUAUAACCCUUCAUUUCAAUGUCUAAAACAAGGCUGGCCAAGUUUUGGCACCGUAAAAUGGUUGGGGUGGUUGUUACACUAGCUGAGCGUUAUGGGAGUUCCUGUCAGACAGCCAUCUUUUUAUUUAGAACCAUUUCCCUCAGUAUAGACUGAGACCGAUUGUCUCCAGAGCUAAGGAUGAACAAAAUUGUAUAAUCCUGAUGUUAUAAAAAAUAUAAUUCCACUCUUUUUCCUUUAUAGUGGCAUUGUGCAUCAUGGGAGUUGUUGCACAUCAGUUUGAGAUCUACCUGUUUGUCAUCACUUGUUUAAGGCUUAAUUUAGAACUUCUUUAAGAAUGAUUGUAUUUGUGUUCACUUAACUAGCAAAUUGAAUUCCGAAUAAUGUUUACACUAAGAGCUACUUUGGAAACAUUGCCUCAGCUUAGCGAACAUGUUACCAGAAAAACAUUGUUUGAUUUCAAUUUGCUGCACGUUCAUAACAAGUUCAUAGUUUCUUGAAUAAAUGCCCUGUUUGCUUGAUAUCUGCCAAUAGUGACAUUCCGAAUUCUUGCAUUAAAAGGCUUUGGGCUAUGUUAGUGUAAUGAUAUGUAUAGAAGAUGUGUGCUGUUAUAAUGGCAAAGGAACUGGUGGCUUGUUGUAUUGAAGAGGCAGUAUAAUCCAUGCAGUGGUUAUGUUGCCAGGAGUCAAUAUGAACAAAACCAGUAUAUGUAUAUUUCUCUUGCCCAUCUAUGUAGAGGGGCCAGCAAUGGGCACCCACGAAUCAUGUGUAAGUGUCAAGCUGAUCUGAAACAAUGCACGGUGCCAGGAGACUCCUUAGACCAUAAAUCAUUGCACCACACUGUAGUGGUUAUGGUGCUUAGAGUACCCGUUUAACAAAAGCUAAUACAGUCAUUACUUGCCAGGAAUGGUAUUGACUUAAUCAUUUGGUAACUUUAGCUAGUAGUUUUUGUGUUCACUGCCUACUGGUGACACAUACAAAUUGUCAUAUUUAUGUUUACUUUUAUGACUUGUCUGUUUCUUGAUAUAGAUCCAUUUCUCAUCAAGAUAAUUCUACAUUUUAAAGGCUACUUGUGUAUAUAUAACAGUGAUGACUAGACUGAAACAUAAAUCUUUACUGGUAAUUUCCUGCAUUUAAAGGCAACUGUGUUGGGACUACUGGGCUUGAUAUCCCAUAAACCUAAACUUUACCUGAGUUUAUGGAAUAUUUUCAGUGCUCCCUUAAACCAGUGUGUCCAUUAAGAAAACUCAGUUGGUUACUAGUCAAGGUAAAAGCUGCAGUUUUGCAGCAAACAAGUAACAAACACAGGUGUCAUUUUGCAUGCGUUUGCAUUGUUCUGAAUGGAUUAAAACCGCAUUGGGGCCUCAAUUUGUUCCUUGAGUAUCUUUCAUAUGUUUCUAGGAAUUGUAGGUAUUUUUUUUCCCCUCCUGUUUUAUUUGUAUUCUGUUGUACUUGUCCCUGGAUAGUUUGCUGUAUUUUGUAUCACUUUCUCGAUAUUUUCUUUUCCUACACUUCCUACGUUUAGAGGGACUUCAUUUUAAUGAAUUAGUUUUGGUGCAUAGACCAUGUCCCUACAGCCUUUCAAUGUGAAACAUGACAAAUUUUCCCCAUGAAGCUCUUUGGUUUUUAAAGGUCUGUACAUUCAGUGUCAUCACAAAAAUGUACGCUGGGAAUGUUAAUCAUAGAGAAGCAUUGGAUUCAGUGCUUCUCAUUGAGACAUGUCUGGCAGAUUAGGAUUUGAACUGAGAUCAGAAGAGGCAGAACCUGUCCUUGGACAUUCUUGUAUUGUUUCUAUUUAUAUAUUUUUUUUUCAAUUACUUUUUUUAUUGCGGCAACUGCACGUCAAACAAAGACAAUACAUUAAAUGUCAAGGAUAACAAUUGUAUUUAGGAAAAGUUCACAAAGCUAGUUGAUGACUUAUUUUAUUAUAAUAAAAAUUAAAACAAGAAUGUGAAAAAAAAAAAGAUAGCCAUGAAACAUGUUUAGGCUGGUGGGGCUACACGAGUCUGAAUAUUGGAGAGAACCAAAUAGUGCACUUAUAAUUAUGAUUUAAGGCUCGAUUUCUGUGACUGGCUAUGUCUUACCAAGGGUGCAUCACGGAAAUUUUGGGGUGUGUAAGUUGAGGCAGAUAACGGAGGACAUGGUAUAUUCCAACCUUCAGCAAGAGUAAUGAUGGCGAGCGAAGUUUGGAUAAAAAGAUCGUAGCAUAUGAUACAUUGAUUUUCCAUGCAUCACAUAUCUUUAAAAAAAAUAAACAAAAAAACAGUUGAGCAAUAAAGAGUAAUGUAAUAAAAACAAGAGGCCAUGUUUGAAGAUAGUCCCUGAGAGUAGAUUAUCUUUUUCUUGAGGGAGGAAGAGAACCACUUUAGAUUCCACAUGCCCAUUGAAGGAAAACCCAUAAGCUCAUGAGGCACUUUAAAAAUGCCCACCAUCUUAAAGUAACACUAUAGUCACCAGAAUAACUACAGCUUAAUGUAGUUGUUCUGGUCAGUAUAGCCAGUCCCUGCAGGUUUUUUAAUGUAAACACUGCCUUUUCAGUGGCAUCCACUCACUCAGUCGCUCUGCAUGGCAACACUGAGCAUUCCCCAUAGGGGAGUGUAUUUAUUUAAUGCAUAUCUAUGAGGAGAUGCUGAUUGGUCAGUGCAGUGUUUUGCCACAAAGGCACAAUAGCCUCCUAAUGCUUUCCCGUGGGAAAACAUUGGUUUGGCUGAGAUUGUCAAUAUUGAUGAUCACAGCCAAGGAGUCUGAUUGGGAGGGGGGGAUCCAGUGCUGGUGGACCCACACAGCGCUGGAAUAAAGAUGAGAAAUCUCGACUUUUACACAGGUUAAUUAGAGUUUGGGGGCCUAAAUAGUGAUAUUCCAGCUAUAUUGACAGGAAUACAUGUUUGUAUUGCUGUCACCAUAGUGUUCCUGUAAGAAAGAUUUAUGCCUGUGUUGAUAAGGACAAUUGAAGAACAGAAUAGUCCUUAAUGAGUUGGUGAUCUUGGUGCAAUUAAGAGUGUUCCAUACCAACCUCAAUCAAUUACUGAGUGACCGAAUCCAAAGACCUCCUCAUUUGUAGAGUGGAUCUGUGUAACUCCUGGUAGAAAGUGAGGUGUGAAGAAUAUGGUGUCUUGCCCUAUAGUGCUACCAUAAAGCAACACUUGCCCAUCAGGGCUUAAGGAGAAGGCCUUUAGAUCCAAAUUGAGAGCCAUGUUAAGAAUGGCAAGAUGCUGAAACAUAGCGCCAAUAUCUCAAGUAUUGUUACAAGGAGUUGCCUGUUUUUUCUGGGAUCUGAUUCCGGGCCAGAGUUGGCUGUACAACCCCUGCUUUGUGGUCCGGUGAUGGAGCACGCUUGCCUACUAGCCUGUAAUGUAAGCUGAUUCUUUACAUGGCUCCUUGCUGGUCGAGGAUUAAAAGAAAGGCAUCUAUCGAUUACCCGUGGAGAGUUAAGUGGUUUUGGGGCAAAGAGACUGUCCCUGCAGAAUUGAUCUCACUGGGAAGGCAGUGUGGCUGUACUGAAACAGGCGUGCUGGGGGAAGAAAGUUGAGUAAAUACUAUUAAUUUCCCCCCAUUUAACAGGGGCGCGAACAUCUUAAGUUAUCAGAACCCCUAUAGCAUUAAUAAUGCCAGUUUGUAUAGUUAACAUUAUAGUGUUCGUUAAACAGUUUGCAUUAAAUUGACUAAUUACUGUUGGUGCAAUUUUCCAAUAUAAUGGUGGAAAUUAAACUGUGACUUGAUAUUCACUAUGCAAUCUGUUUAUUUACUGUGAAGACUAAUGUCUUAAGUUGGUAAACUAAUUAUCCUUCACUUCAUUUAAAGAAAUUGCUAAAUCUAAAUGUCAGUGUUUGACAGAGUUUAGCAAAUAUGCUGUAUUACGCAAAUGUCAUGGGGAUUAAAGACGAUUCAUUUCAGUUUACUGUUGCAAUAACGAACCUUUAGUAUUUAGUAAUUCCUGGUUAAUGGUUCAAGCUAAUAUACAUAGAGUUGGAUCCUUAAUUUUUAAAGGAACAUGCUAAUGUAAUGAAUAUAUUUAUUCAUAAAGUUAAUGCUCCUUUUAGCACAUUUAGCCCCUCUUCCCCUUUUUUGAAAUCUAAAGAAAUAUAGCUCACCUUUAAUCGACCUGUCUAGUUCUUGUCAAGGCAGCCACCUCACCCAUCAUUAUAUCAUCACCCUUCGGGGGUGCAGAGGGACACUAAAGUGUUUGGCAUAAAGUUUUGUAUUCCUAACAUAUUUCUAUAGUAUUUCUUUAAGAUGUAUCUUUAAAGGAGAUAAAACAAAACCGUGCUACAAUCUUUAUAGUGUACACCUUGAUAAUUCUCUACAGAAUAUAGCCAGUUUUAUUUAUAGUUAUUUGUUAUGGUGCUAGGAGGCAAUGGGCGCAGUCUGUCUAGUCAUGAUUUCCCAGCAUUUAUGUCCCAUUGAACGCUUUUAGGGUGCAGUGAGGGCCCUUACAGCAUAAUUCAGCUGUUUUGCAACUCUGCUGUCAAAUUGACACAGGCACUCUGUCUUUUGCUUGGCCUGCUAACUGAUACAAUAGGCAGUUGUAAUGCUUGGAGUGUUCAUUUGUAAUAAGCUUAUAUAUUAUGGUGUUUUUAAGUAAGCCGUGUUCUAAGUCUAUAUUUUCAUCUUGAGUGCCUGUAGGUGUACAACAUGUAUCUAUCAGUCCCUAAUGCAUUCUAUAAGGAAGGAAUUAAACAUUUGCAAAUGUUUCUAGACCGUUUGAUGGAAAUGAGAUAAAAGGAUCGAGAACACAUACUAAGCUAGCUGGUUUGAAACAAUAGUGUUAUGGCAUUAAAUGGCAACUGUCCGUUCCCAAGAUUGUUAUUGUGUUCCUAGCUCAAAUAUUUAGCAAAUGUAAAAUUAAAUGUAGAAAUCCAAACUUCUGUCCUGGAACUGGGCGGCUCCAUCUUGUGUCUCUGUGAACAUAGGUAGAAGAGUAACAGAAUGUUUAUCCUCAUUUGCAUUGUGUGCCCUGGUUGUACCUGAGCUGAACUGGAUUGUGAUUUCCUUUGCUAAAUCUUUAAUCCAAGUUUAAAAGGAAACCUUGCACCACAUGAAAAGUUGGUUAACAGAGGUUGACUAAUUUCAAUGCUUUUUAAUUCAACUUUGUAAUUUCCAGAGUUAUGACAGUUAUCCUUUAAUCGUGCCUAAAAGGGACUUUCCAGACACCUAUAGGACUUCUGCUUGCUGAAGUGCUUAGUGUAGUGUUUCCGUUUAAAUUUUUUUUUUUUUUUUUUUUUUAAAUGUAGAUUUCAAUUUAAAAAAAAUUGGCACUUUUUUUAAGACACCCGGUCCUGUUACUUCCUGGUUGUUUAGCUCAGUGAAACAAAAUUCAAGAGGCAGCAACUGCAUGGAGUACCUGUCUUGCUUCUCAUUGAGCUGAAUUGGGAAAUCUGUGAUUGGACAGCCACAGAUGGUCUGGGCUGGGUUCGGAGAGGGCUUGCUGAGACUUCAGGCAAGAAAACUGCAACUUUUAAUUAAAUACAUGCAAGUUUUCAUUGUGGGUGCAUUCUCUAAAUCUAAACAAUGAUUUAUUUUAUUUUGUAUUUCAGCACUAUAGUGUCCCAAUGCUGUCUGGGAUGAAAAUGUUACUUCUGGUUUAUUUAUUUUUGAUGUAAUGAUAAAGAUCAGUCAUAGUUAAACUUAGCACCCCAAAUAUUUGUGAGCAUUGCUUAUCCAGCCUAACAAGAAUUUACCGUACUCCCUGCAGUGGGAUUUUAUUUUUUUUUUAAUUAGAAUUAGACUUUUUACUUUUCUUGGUUUAGUGCAAUAUUGUGAAUGACACAAUGCUAUUAACAAAACUGCUUCUCUAAUGCAGCCUGUUCAAUUGUGCUCCUUUCUUUUUUACAAUAAAAGGCACUCAAAUGCUAUUUUAACCUGUUACAACAGCUGGAAGGCAUUAUCUGGGUGUCUGUAUGUGAUGCAGAUAUUUUUUUUUUUUUCUUUCCAUGAAAGAUAAUGCAUUGUUUGUUGCCUAGGUUCUGCUAGCACACCUGACCAUUAGUGCCAUCUUUCACCACUGUGAUAAGAUAAUGAAAUAAAUGUCUCUCAGCAAAAGGCAUAUGGUCUGUGCACAACCUAUUUUAUGAGACGCUGAGUCUAGGCUGUUGCAGAAUGGUUCUAAAAAAAAAAAAAGAUAAAGGUUAAUAAUAGCUAAACAUGUCUAGUAACUGGUUUACACCUUCAUUUGAAGAGGAAACCCCCUGCCAAAUGUGAGUAAACCAUGUGCAAUAUAUUUUUAAAGGUAAAGUCUCAUGGAAAAUGACUGUAUAAAGAAAUCCAUUAGUAAUAGAAUGCAAUAUAAGCUGCACUUUUCAUCUCAUGCUAAUCUGGAGCUUGCCGUUUAGAAUUCUCUGCCAUAUAUUUAGAAGGAAUGUUUUAUCAGGUUUAGAGAGGUGCCUGGCAUUGGGUAGACUUAUUGUCAUGAAAAUGUAGUUGAAGUAGCAGUUUCAAUGAAUAAUGGCCACCAUUUCUGGGUAUUGCACCUCAGCGUUUGUCAAAAUGCGUGGCUUCCUCACAAUCAAAGAAUUGGUUCUUCUGCUGUAUUACUAUCUGUACUAAUGUUUCCAAUAUUGACAGCACUACCUUUCCUCGUUAAACACUUUAUUAAUGGGCUGCUAUGGCUGCCAAUAUAAAUACUGGAAAUUGUAUAAAAGAUUGUAGUUUUUUUUUUAAGUCAGCCAUUUUGUAGUUUUGGCAAUAUACAUGGAACACUCUGGGUGGUGGAGCUAACAGACACACUAACUUUGUGCCUUACUAUUAAGUGGAAUCUAUUUCUUGGUGGAAUUUGAGCACAGAGCUCGCCAGAAUACCCUACUUAUAUACUAAAGGGUACAAUGGGCCAGAAAACUGGAAGAUUAAAGCGUGAUAAAGGGCAUACCAGCCAAGAAUAUUGGGGUGCUUCUCCAGAGCUCCUAUUGGAGCGCAUGGGACAAUAUGGUGCUGCAUGAUGAAGGUUCUUCCUUCUCUUCAGAUGAUAACUCCUUUUGACAUGGGAAAGGGGGCCUCAUUUGGCUUGAUGCCAGGGACUAAACCCAAUGCAUCAAAUAGAACAAGUAACCAAUCCCCGAGGCCCUGAUGGAAUAUAUAGUGGCUGAGCUCCACACAAGUAUCUCAGCGCACAUAGCCCACUUUAUGGAUGCCAUAGAGGGAGUCACCUCGAGGAUAAUGCUGAUAGAGGCCUUUACUAGCACUCAUGACUCCAGGUUGUCUUCAGUGGAAUCGAAACUUGAAGAACUCCAGCAACACAAACUUGGUGCCUCUCUGAGGUUGGGUUUUUUGGAGGAUUAGAGGAGACACUACAAUUUAAAGAUCAGUUAUACUGGAGACUCUGAGCCUUAUGGGCCUACCAAACUUAAUUAGGUGACUUUUUUGGCUUUAUUAUUUCCCAAACAAGCCAAACUUAUAAACCUGGAAGGCAUGUUUCGCUUACCAAAAGCAGCUUACUGCAACUUUAGACCUCAUUGUCCCAUCAAAUUGCUUCAGAAUAUGAUAGACAGAAAUUGGUAUAAUAAGGAAGGAAUUCAGAAUAAGGCCCACCUCCUUGCAGUGGCGAGGGAGAAAACGCCAAUCCACAUCAAAGGCUCUACACUGCUUAUAUUCCUGGGCCUAACAAAGAACUCUUUCUUGGCGUAGAUCCCAGAGACCACCUUUGCAGGACCUAUGAACCAGUGUAAUUUAUUACAGAUUGGGGAUAGAGUGCUCUUAAUUACUCACCAAGGACAUACCUACAGAGUGCGGAGGUAUCAACCGUUGCAUACACAUUGGGCUUCCAUGAGUCAUCGGAAAUGGCAGGCGUGUCCCACUUGAAUCCUUCUAAAAUCUCAGUGUUCACAUCCUGCUCAUCCAACACCACCUUAUCUGCCCAAACUGUUUCUACUUCUCAAUGAAGAGGAAGAAGCCCGGGGAAGCGGGUGAAAUGCGUCACAGAGGACGUCAUUGAGAGGCAGACCAGGAUUGUCACGUGACUGGAGAAGUGCCAAUACCAGGAAGUGACUGCAGGCUGUUGGCGUCUUGUGUAUUGUCUUAUGCUUUGCUGAGUUGUGGGUUCAUUGCUGGCAAACCCACCACCAAAGUUUUUAACCUUUUUAUGUUCAAUAAAUUGUUUUCGAUACUAAUCAAUUGGGGGUCCUUGCCUCUCUAUUCCUCUUAUACUGCACAGAUAUACUAGAUAUAUAUCUGAUUGAAGGAAUCUGAUACCUGACCUUAAGCUGUGGGAAAUAUGGCUCACAAGUGGAGCUAUUCAAACUAAGAGCCAGGGGUGAUGGGGCUCUGGUACAUGCAAGUUCUCUCCCAGACAUGCUAUUGUAUCUCUAUCUCCGUGUUAUCAGAUAGUCUGCACUAUAUAUCUUAUUAUUACAGAUUUUACAUUAGACACUGUAUUUACUGUACUUUUUAGUAGUAGUAUUCACUAAAGUCACCUGUACAGCUACAUUAAGAUGUAGUUGUUCUGGUGUGUAUAGCCUGUCCCUGCAGGCUUUUUAAUGUAAACACUGCCUUUUCAGAGUGUUUACUUUCUGCCUAGUGACACCUCCAAUGAGUUACUCAGACGGCCACUAGAAGUGCUUCCUGGGGCAGUGCUGCACAGUGCACAGCACUGACGUUCAGUGUCUCCACGCUCUGCAUAGAGGUGCUGAACUUUCCUCAUAGAGAUGCAUUGAAUAAAUGCAUCUCUAUGAGCAGAUGCUAAUUGACACAGCAUUUAAGAGAGGGGCUGUUGGCCACCUAAAUGGCACUUUUAAAACUAUACUGUCAGGAAUACAUGUUUGUAAUUCAAGCACUGUCACCACUAUAGUGAUUUAGUUGUUAUGGUGCCAUACGGUGGUGCAAUCUUUAGUUCUUUGCUAGUGGCAAAACUUUACAAGUACUGUGUUUUUGUUUUUUUGUCUUGUCAAUUACAGUACUGACAUGUCUGGUUUUACAAGGUAAACAAUUGCAAGACUGCAACUGCUUGUCCUAACUUGUAAUUCUGAGCUUAGCCAGAGUGGCUAUAAUAUAUUCUAUAAUUAAAACUGGGUAUGCAAGUAGAAAACCUUUCUCAUUGUUGCCAUCCGCUGGUCUGGUAGUCAGGAUGUGUAUACAACACCGUGAGUUGCAAUCCUUUCCCUAGAUCACAUCUUGUUUACGAGAAACAAAAUGACCAGUCAUUUAAUCUAAAUACUUCUAAACCGUUUUGUUAAAGAGGAUCUCUCCGCUAAACAUAUGCAGGGAUGAGAAAGGGACAGAUAAUUUAUUCUACUCUAUUGCCCUGUGAAGGGGGACCUAAUGCGCAUGUGCGUCAAGCACAUUAUACCCUCCCCAUAGGAAAGCAGUGAAUCAUUGUUUCCUAUGGGUAUUUCACUAAUGCUGGAUGUCUUCAUGCAGAACGUGAGGACUUCCAGUGUCCUUUAAGGGACACAGUCUGGUAAACUCUAAGCUAGAGUAUAGUACUGCAAUGUAAAAGUUUCUCUGGAACUGCAAUGUUUAAAUUACGGGACGAAGAUGGACAGUGCACCCAGACCACUUUAAUGAGCUGAAAUGGUCUGGGUGACUAGUGUCCCUAUAAAAAAAAAAAUGGUGGAGAGGGAACUGGGUUCCAGGCUACCGAAGUCACAUGUGCCAGGUUUGCAACUAGCCCUUGGCAGAAAAGGCAAAUAUCUCUGUGCAGUGUUUCAAGCUGCACAAACACUCAUAUCAUAUUGUCGACUUCUAAAAGCAGAAAUGGUCAUGUUGCUUGGAGUAACCCUUUAAAGCAGGGGUGGGGAACCUUUGGCCCUCCAGAUGUUUUGGACUACAUCUCCCAUAAUGCUCUUACAGAAAUAAUGCUAGUAAAGCAUCAAGUGAAAAUAGUAAAAUACAGCACGACUGUUUAAGAAAUGUAUGUUAACCACUUAACUUAUCACACAUGUGUCUAAGCAUGAAUUGUUUUAUUUGCCUCCCCCCUCUCCAGUUUAAGGGCAAAAAUCUUGUAUCCUGUAGCCGAGCCGUUGCUGAAGCACAGUAACUCUGGUAUUACAAAUACAGGAAUUUAAAUCCAUUUUUAAUCCUAUGAACUUUAUUUGGCUGAUACUUCUCUGAUUAGAGUAAUGCCUCAUUUUCCUUUUAUAUUUCUCAGAUUAUAUGUUCUAAAAUGUUGUUUCUAAUUCAGAUCACUUUGCAAUUUAUCUAAACAGAUGUUGCAAUUCUGUUUGUGACAAGGAGUAACAGUUAUGUUUUUGUUUUUUAACACUAGGUCUCAAAAAAUCUUAAGGAAGCUUAACACUUAAAGUAGCACUGCCGACUGUUAGACCGCCUCUCGGGGUCCGAUUGAGGGGGAGUGGGCAGAUAAAGGUGUGAUAUACUUACUUGAAUCUGUCACUCGUGGGCGAGGCCAUCUUUUUCCAGUGGGUCCUUUUCAGCAGCGCCAGGAGCUAAAGCGGCACUGUCAUGCCGAACUUCCCCCAAUCGAUUCCUCUUCUCUUCCUCUCUCAGGUUCUGUUCUUCAUUUCUUCCUGUCUGCUCUAGUUUUCUUUAAAACUUGAGAAAAAGUAGGGAGGUUUCCUACGCAGAUACCAGUGGAGGAGCAAAGUGUGCUUUGUUACUGGUGGUCACAGCAAUUUUCCCACAAUCCUUACCUUUCCUCCCUGUUCCCGCAAUGCUACCUGUCACUUAAAAAUGGACGCCGGCAACACUGCCGAAUUGUGUUCUAACGGUUUCUCCAUUUGUGUUUGAACGCAAUUCGGGACUUUGUUCGUGUCGAAACUCCGAUCCUAUUCAUUGCUGUGGCUGCAUUUUGCAGCCACUUAGUAGAUAACUACCUAAUUCCCAUGGUAUUAGCGAGCUAUCUACUGAGAGACCUAAAUUGGCCAAUGGCUGCUCACUAAAAAAAAAGCCCUAGUACCCUAAAGGAUAAUGGGGGGGGGGGAAACCUAUUCCCCAGGCCCAAACCCCUAAAUUACAAUGGGGAACCUGUCCUCCCGGCACCCACCCCUUGAGCGGUGGGUGGGGCUAUAAAGAUAAUGGGAGAGACCUACUGUCCUCACACACCCCUGGGCGGCGGGUGGGGGCCCUAAGACAAAUUCCCACGCUGUGUAAAAUGACAGAGCACUCUGGCUUAAAUUGCCUGCAGGGCGGGGCGAGGCUUUAUAAGCUUUCCCCAGCCCUGCAGAGCGCAGUCUUUUUGCGCUCGGGUUUUUUAUUUUAUUUUAAGUUCGGGUAUGAUGGUUUUUUAUUUGGCAUUUUUUGAAGCUGAAAAAUUAAGAUUUUAGGAAAAACGUCAAAUGGUAAGUUUAAUUUUUUCUUUACAGGUUAGUUUUUUUUAUUCCCUUUUUUAGGGUGAGGGGAGUAGGUAGGGGUUAACUUUUUUAUUUAUUUUUUUUGGGGUGGGGGGGUGGGUGACUAGGGGCUUGGGGACCCCUAGUCACCUUUGAUGGGGGUGAGGGGGAAUUUGUCUUAGUGCCCCCAACCGCCGCCCAGCGGGGGACGACGACUGUAGGUGCCCCCCCACCCACCGCUCAGGGUUGGGGUGGCGGGGGGAGGACAGUAGGCCCUCCAUUGUAAUUUAUGGCCCCUACCCACCGCGCAGGGCUGGGGGCUGGAUAGUAGGGUUUCAGUGAGCAGCCACAGGCAGAAAUACCCCUACUUGCGGUUAUAGUGUGUAGGGGCAUUCAGGAGAAUUUAAUCUCCCUUAUGCUAUUAUGGGGGUCAUAUUGACGGCGCCCUGAAUAUAGAUACAUGGCGGCGCCCUAAAUAUAGAUCAGGGCAGAAAAUAAAGAUUAAAAAUAGGUAAUAUUUGGGGGUCAGUUAGAUGUAGUGGAGUCUGGAGGGGGGUUUAAAAAACAAAAAACAAAACUGGAUUCGACCAUGACAGUGCCGCUUAUUGUCACUGUUGUACUCUCAUACGCACAACAGCAAAGACCCAAGAUAGUGACUUAGACACUUUAGGGACCCAUUAUCAGGGCGGCCCAUUGGAUGAGCGAAUUGUAUCAAACAGUGUUUACAUUGCUCUGAUGUAAAUGUAGAAGAGGAGUUAGCAUUUCUGGCUCUAAAAGUGAAAACUUUGUAAUUCUGGCUUUUGGGAGUUAAAGGGACACCAGUCACCAGAACUACUACAGAUCAUUGUAUUUGUUCUGGUGUGUAUAGUAAGGCCUUGCAGGCAUUUUGUAGUAAAUGCUAUUUUCUCAGAGAAAAUGCAGUGUUUACAUUACAGUCUAGGGAUACCUCCAGUGACCACUCCUCAGAUGGCUACUGGAGGUGCUUCCUGAGGCAAACUGGAGUAAAGGUAAGAUUUUGCAAUAUGUAGAGGGGCCAGGGGGGCUAGUUAGUGGUUUUAACACUAUACGGUCAGGAAUACAUGUUUGUUCUUUAAGGCAAGGAAGGUGCUCAGUGGAACUAAAGCAAGAAGUCAAACUGUUCAAAAUGUGUUGGCUUGUUACUAUGGGGGAGCACAAAUGUCAACAAACUGUGUGGGUUUGAUGCCUAUGGUAUUACGUAAAAAAAGUGUUUAGAUUUUAUUGCGUUAUCUUUAUAGUUUACUCCAGUCUUGAAGGACCACUAUAGUGCCAGGAAAACAAACUUGUUUUCCUGGCUCUAUAGGGUCUUUGGGUCCCCCCUUCCCUCAGGGUACCACUCCCGGGCUGGUAGGGGUUAAAUGCUUACCUUUCUCCAGCACCAGGCUCCCACCGACGCUGGGGACUCUCCUCCCUCUUCCGACGUCAUCCGCCGCAUGCGCGGCAAGAACCACGCACGCAUUCAAUCAGUCCAUAGGAAAGCAUUUCUCAAUGCUUUCCUAUGGACGUCAGCGUCUUCUCACUGUGAAAAUCAGUGAGAAGCGCGGAAACGCCUCUAGCAGCUGUCAAUGAGACAGCUACUAGAGACUGAAUUAACCCUAAUGUAACCAUAGCAGUUUAUCUGAAACUGCUUUUACAGGAGCAGGGUCAACCCUAGAUGGACCUGGCACCCAGACCCCUUCAUUGAGCUGAAGUGGUCUGGGUGCCUAUAGUGGUCCUUUAAGCACACCAUUAACAAUUCCUAGGUAAAAAUCACACUUUGAUCACCAUAUCCACUAUAGCUUAUUGUGGUGAUUAUGGUGCCAUGGUAUCGUCUGUGCAGUCUUUUAGUUGCUUUCGUCGAAUUGCAAAGUGACUGGAGUGUUUAUGAAGCAGACGAGUGCCUCUUUUAAGUUAUGACACUUUGUACCUGUACAAAUAAAAAAACUUCCAGGCCUUUUGUAAAUCGGUCUGUUGAAUUUGAAUGUUCUGGUCUUUUAGUCAAUCAUUCUAUAUCUUCUUUGUUACUGCAAAUAACCCUUGCCUGCUGCUAUAUGUACAAUUUCAGUUGGUCAAUGCUAAAUAAAUGACAUUUACUAACUGUAAUCUACAACAUUUUUUUGUUUUAUUGUUGCCUUGUAUGUAUCUGUUUCUUUAUGAUAUCAUAUUCCAUCUGAUCUGAGCUUCUUUUGCUAUGAUUUUAUCUAAUUUGUGUCAUCUGUAAAUACAUAUGACGUUCAGUGCUCUUUCCAAGAUCAUUAAUAAAUGGAUUAAGCAAAAAAUGGAUCCAGGACAUUUUCUUUGAAUAUAUUCUGAAAGGGACACUCCACAUCCCUAAAACAAUUAAUUUUGUUGAAGUGCUUUGUUUGAAUAGUACUUUUGAUUUUAUCUUUAUAAAAAAAGUGCAGAUUUCAAUAGAAAUUGGCACUUUUUAAAUAAAUGGACCUUGCUACACCCCACUUGUAUUACAUUCAGUCCUGUUACUUCGUUGGUGUUUAGCUCAGUGGAUCUAAAUUCAAAAAGAAGGCAGCUGCCUAGAGCACCUGCCUUGCAAAGACUUCUUAUUGAGCUGCAUUGUCAUGUCUGACGGGACAAACCACCUAAUGAAAUUGAGCUGUGUUUAUGCAACUACCAACAAUAUAUAUAAAUUUAAUCUGACACAUAAGGCUAGGUACAUGGAUGAAGUGGGUAGAAAUGAUUGCAACUGUGGAAACACGGUUUCAAAAUUGUAGCAGAAUCAACGAUUUUAUCAUUCAUUAUAGAUUAGAGAGACCAUUUAUUACACAAGCAACUACAGCUUAAAGGACCACUAUAGUCACCCAGACCACUUCAGCUCAAUAAAGUGGUCUGGGUGCCAGGUCCCUCAGGUUUUAACCCUUCAGAUGCAAACAUUGCAGUUUCAGAGAAACUGCUAUGUUUACAUUUGGGGUUAAUCCAGCCUCUAGUAGCUUCCGGACAGCCACUAGAGGCGCAUCUGCGACGCUGGAUGCGAAUAAUCAGUCCCUGCAGUGUUUACAUUACAGCCUAGAGAGGCCACUCAUCAAAUAGCCACUAGAGGUGCUUCUUGGGCCAGCAGUAACGUUCAGGUGCUUCUUGUGCAGCACUAACGUUCAGUGUCUCCGCUCUGCAAGGGGACUCUGAACUUUCCCAAUAGAAAAGCAUUGAUUCUAGAUGCUGAUGACCAACAUCCCUAUUGCCCCGCCUCCUUAGCGGGGAUCAUCAGAAUUUAGUCUUAGCCAGUCCAAUGCUUUCUUAUGGGAAAGCAUUGUGUUUGGCUGAGAAGUCUGUCAGCCAAGAAGGUGGAUCAGUGGUGGGGCCAGAUGUGCAGAGCACCGUGCAGUGCUGGAAAAAGAUGAGGAAAUCUCCUUUCUAACCUGAGGUAUGGGGGUCCGACCAUCAAAACGGUGGUUUUAUAACUAUAGUGUCAGGAAUACACGUUUGUGUUUCUGACACUAUAGUGCCCCUUUAAGAUUUAUUUAUAGUUACAUGCUUUGCCAGACAAAUAUGGUGAAAUAAUCACAUACAAUGAAGUUUAAAUUAUUACUCAAAAACAAAAAGCACAAUAAAGAUUGUGCAAAUAGCACAUCCGAGUCCGCUGCUUUUCUCUGUCUUCCAUUUUGGUUUAUUCUCAUUUAUAAGGUUUCCAGUUAGACAUGAUUCACUUUAUCUGUAGUGUGGCCAUGACAGCAUCCUAUCCAAGGCCAUAAGCAUCUAGAAGUGACUUCAUCAUUGCUGCACAUGCAAAUAUAUUCCAGGUGUAACAGAACUCCACUUAAAGUAAGCAGCACCCAGAAGUGGAGCCUCUGCGACAGUCCAUAUUCCCGCCAUCCAACAUCACUUAACAACAUGAACACUUUAUGCAAAUCUCGCAUAUUUUUAAUAUAUAAAUCUCUUAGCACGUUAACAACAUCCCAAUAAAAAAAAUCAGUCUCCAUGAAACAUGGCAAUCGGCCAAUUUGUCUUGUAUAAGAUGUGCUAAAUGAAAACUGGAGAUAUCGGGGCAGUUUUUUGUUAAUAUAUACAUACUUAAAAAUACAGUAUAAUAUUUAACAUUAUAUUUCUCAAUCUCUCUCUCCCCUCUGGUAUAUUUCCAUUGCCCUUCAAACAUGCAACUGUAACCCCAAUUCUAAAGAAGUCCAAUCUUGACCCUAACUCCCCAUCCAACUAUCGUCCGAUCUCGCUACUGCCUUUUGCAUCCAAGAUCCUUGAAAAAAAUUGUUUAUGCGAGAUUGACAGACUUCCUCGAGUCCAACUCUCUGCUAGACCCGCUUCAGUCUGGUUUCCGCGCUAAGCACUCUGUGGAAACGGCACUGACCAAAGUAUCCAAUGAUCUACUCGCUGCAAAAUCUCAUGGUCACUACUCUAUCCUAAUUCUCCUUGACCUGUCUGCGGCUUUUGACACUGUGGAUCAUCAACAGUUUCUCCUCCUCCGCAAUAUCGGUCUACAAGAUUACUCUCUCCUAUUGCUCCUCCUACCCCUCCCAGCGCUCUUUCAGUGUUUUUCUCUGGCUCUGCUUCUUCUCUCCAACUCCUCUCUGGUGUCCCCCAAGGUUCAGUCCUUGGUCCCCUACUGUUCUCCAUCUACACUGCCUUCCUUGGUAAACUCAUUAGCUCCUUUGGCUUCCAAUAUAAUUUCUAUGCAGAUGACACGCAAAUCUACCUGUCCUCUCCUGAUCUAUCCCCGUCCCUCUUGACUAGUGUCUCUGACUGCCUCUCUGCUGUUUCUAACUGGAUGGCUGCCCACUUCCUUAAACUAUACUUGACCAAAACUGAAAUUCUGGUCUUUCCUCCCUCAAGUGUUGUUACUCCUGUGUCUGUCUCCCUCCAAGUUAACGGUGCUACCAUUAGCUCCACCAUGCAGGUUUGCAGCCUAGGUGUUCUCUUUGACUCCGACCUCUCCUUCAAGCCUCAUGUUCAAUCUAUCGCCAAAUCCUGUCAUUUCCAUCUCAAAAACAUUGCUCGCAACCGCCCCUGCUUAACGCCAGAUGCGACUAAGGUGUUGGUCUAUUCCACUGUCCUUUCUCGCCUUGACUACUGUAAUCCGAUUCUCCGUGGUCUUACGUGCUCCCAACUUGCGCCGUUACAGUCCUUAAUGAAUGCGGCGGCGAGGCUCAUCUUCCUGUCCGCCCGCACCUCCCAUGCCUCACCCUUCUGUCAGUCCCUACAUUGGCUUCCUUUAAAAUAUAGAGCUCAAUUUAAAAUUCUGGUUCUUGCUUUCAAAUCUCUACAUAAUGCUGCUCCCACCUAUCUAUCCUCCCUUAUACACAAGUAUGUCCCGUCUAGGCCCUUACGAUCAGCUGAAGACUUACGUCUAUCUUCUGUCCGUACUCCCACCUCUGAUGCUCGCCUUCGAGAUUUCUCGAGGGCUGCACCGUUCCUGUGGAACUCUUCCCUCCUCCGUUAGAUGCUCACCCAGUCUCCACUCCUUCAAAAAAAUCGUUAAAAACCCACUUCAUAAAAGCGUAUCAAUUAAACUGUUAAUAGCUCCUGACUGAUUCCUCUUCUGCAACUGUCACUAGUCUUAUACUAUUCUUACCUUUUUGUGUCAUUUUACUUCCUCUAGUAUGUAAGCUCAUUGAGCAGUGCCCUCAACCCCUCUGUUCCUGUGUGUCCAACUUGUCUGGUUACAACUACAUGUCUGUUCGUCCACCCAUUGUAAAGCGCUGCGAAAUUUGACGCCGCUAUAUAAAUAUCAUAAUAACAUCCAGUGAUUGAGUAAAUACCCACUAUUAGGAAGCAAACCCCAACGGAGGAGUAGAGCAUGUUAAGGCGUUAUUCUGAUUUUAAUUGUAUAUAUUAAAUAGUAGUAACACGCACAAUUCAUUGCAUACAGAUUUAUUUUUAAAUACACUUCUAUUUAAAUAAACUUAAUGUCCACUAUUGGUAAAACUUCAUAAAUAAAGUAAUGUAUCAUUCUAAAACUGUAUUUAUAAUUUAAAUAUUGAAGAUAUAAAUGACACCAAUAAUUACUUGCAUUAAGAAAACAAAUUGCUUAAACAAAAAAUAAUUAUAUGAUGGAAAGAAGCUGUGAAUAAAAAAAGAUCUGUUUAAAUAUUAAUCAAAACAAAAAGGUUUUUGUUUGUAAGUGGCUAUACGCAUGUUUAAUUAUGUGGUUAUUAAAAAAUGCUACACUAUCAUUAUUAUUGGCAUUUAUAUAACGCUAAAUUAUUCCACAGUUCUUUUCAAUAUUAUAAAGGGGGGAAAAAAUCAACAAUAAAUAAGACCAUUACAAAUUGUUACAGGAACAGUAGGUGGAUGAGGACCCUGCUCAAAUGAGCUUACAAUCUAGAGGAUCAUUUUAAAUAUUCUCAUAUGCUUGUGGAAAUUUUCGAAACGACUGAGAACCAUAAAACUUGGUAUAUUAACCAUCUUUCACCUAUUCACCUUUUAUUUUCUUUUAAAUCCACUUAGCACUUUGAUAUUACAAUUGCUUCAAUAUCACUUUAUAUAGAAGUGUGCAUUUAAUAUUUUCACUUUGUAUCUUAGAAAUCAUUUAGUAUUUCACACGUUAUUGGGGAUGGUUAAAGGCAACCUAGUCUUAUCAGGCUGCAGUGCUGCUUGCAUUUUUAUCAAACUUAUAGGAAAACUUGUAUUCCUGACCCGAUAGUCUUUAAAAAAAAAAAUAAAAAAAAAAAAAUGAAAUAAUCUCCUCUCCCCCAUGCCCCUAAGUAUAGUAAAAGCUUACUUUUACUUUACUACAACUACUACAGCAUUGGAUUGGCUGAGAUUGUCAAGGAGGCAGAUCAGGAGCAGAGCCAGCACAAGCCAAACACAGAUGAAUUGAAAGUUCAGUAUCUCCAUGCAGAGGGUGGAGACCCUGAAUGUCAGUCACACUGUGCAGCACUGACUCAGGAAGCUCCUCUAGCAGCAAUCUAAGGAGUGGCCAGUGGAGUUAUCACUAAGUUGUAAUGUAAACACUGCAUUUUCGCUGUAAAAAAAAUGUUUAUUUCAAAAAGCCUGAAGGAAAUAAUUCUACUCAGAACAAAUACAAUUAUCUGUAGUCGUUCUGGUCACUAUAGUGUCCCUGGAGGGGCUUCCUUUAAUUGGCGGUUGAUAAAGUUUUAAGAUGUUGGAUUGCCGUACUCCACCCCAGAUUUGUACUUCUCCCUAUACAGUACGGAGAUAAGCAUUCAAUACAGAGACCUGAGCAUAAUACGCCUACUAAAACAAGCUCGGCACACCAUGAAGAUAUUUAGAAAAUAGCCAAGUGCAAUACAGAGAUAACCAUACUGCAAAGAGCUGAGGAAAAAUAGAGAUCUAAUACACAGAGCUAGGGACAAUGCAAAGAUUCCUAUACAAUACACAGGGCUUGAUAGCUUAGAGAAACCCAUACAACAGAGUAAAAUACAGAGAAAUAACAGAGCUGGGCACAAUAAGGAAAUACUCAUAACUAUCCCACACAGCUUGGAUCACUGUAACGGAUUGCACAGAGCUGCAAUACAGAGAUCGCCACUCUGUACAUGUCUUUGUAUAAUGCUUCAGCUAUCUUUCUCUAUCUUGCUCAUUCUCUUUUCCUCUCAUGAUCUCAUCUUCAGUAGUGCUCCUGCUAUAAUAUUAAUUAUUGCUGCUGUUAUGAAACAUGUUGGUUACACCAUUAUCUCUCCGCACACAGAGCACAUCUUUAAAACCAGGGUUAUCCAAAUCCCAGGUCGCCAUAGCGACUAGGAUUUUAGUCCUGGCGCCUGGGUUUUGUUAGCCCGUUCCCUUGGAUGUGGCCGGCUAGGUGAAAAUGGAGGCGAGCCGGCAGUCUCUGCUGUAAUGUUACGGAGUACUUAAAAGAAGGUGGUGUGUAUGUUUCGUAGGAGUUAUUAAAAUUUAUAGGGGAAAGAAAAAUAUAUUACACUCUGACCUUUGGCAGGGGCCAGGAGUUGCUGUUGUGCUCUCUCUGUGUUACUUCCAAAAUGGCUUCUUGCUUUUUUGUCCUGUAAUCACUGUAAACCCACCCCUGGUGCUAUGAGCCAAUUAUAGCCCUUUGAUUGAGAGGCCUAUAGCAGGCCUCCAAUUAUAGGCAGCUGGCCCUACUGCCUGAUUGGCAAUUCGUUGGAAAUUCCUGACAUUCAUCUUUAAGUGAGAUGAGUCAUGUGCAAAACCUGCUGAAACAGGGCAGGUUUCAAACCUGCCCCAUUUUGGCAUGCCUUGAUGCUCUCAAUGAGGGUGGAGGAACCCUGCAAAACUGAAACAUAUGAUUGAAUUAAAGCGACACUAAUUCUAAACCAUAUUUUUGGCUUGCCUCUCUCCCCUCCAGUAAACAAAUGUUAGUGUUUCUAAACUACCGCAAAUAAAUGUGUUCCCUGCCUAAAAACUGGUGGGGUGCAGCCUAAGUGCCCCUCUGGGCGAUCCUGCACUGCUCCUCUGUAAGUGAAGAUUGUUUUGUAGGUUUGUUUUUUUGUCGUCCCCCUUUUCUCUUUUCUUGUACAAUGUGAGACAUGGAACUAGUGCGGAUGCUUUGGUUUUUCAAAAUCCUGCAUUCACUGGCUUAUUCUGUUUGUGUAGCUAUUAAACUGAAAAUGCGGUUUCCUUCAGAUCAUGAGAUGUCUCAUUUCUAAUAAAAUCCAGACCACUCCAUGGAUUUAACAGUAGCCAUAGUUGCAGCUAUUGUUUCUUGGUCUGAUUCAAAACAGGUCAUUGUUCACGUAGUCGCCAGGAAGGACUUCUGAACUGGAAUGCUUGUGGUGAAAUGUGCCUUUUUUAGAACUGUUCAAAUUUCAGUUUGUCAGCAAGCUGUAAAGAUAUUCUCGAUGUAUAAACACAUACUCGUGGUCCUCAAAACUCCUUGCUAUUUAAAGGGCUAAUGUAGCAAAGCAGUGUAAACUACUCCAAACAGAGUGCAUAGCAUAUCAAACCAGAUGCUUAAAGUUGGGCAAGACAGAAGUUUACCAUUAGAGCUAUUGGGCCAGGAACAGCAGUGUGGAGUCCAGAUUCAGCAUUUUUAAGUUUUUUUUUUUUUUUUUUUUUUUAAAUCCGUUUUUGUUUACUUUGGUUGGGCUGCCAUUUCUAAAUGCAGACUUCUCAAUCAUUCAUAAGAAUGACCGUUCCUCUACCUCCUGGUGCCAACUUGCUAUCCGUUAUUUCAGCACAAAUACUAAUAAUGUUCUCGGUGUCAGCCAAGCCUCUUUACAUGUAAUCAGGUGCAGCUGUGCAUUCAGCUUUGUCCUUUUUAUACUUGAACAUUUUUCAUUCAUAGACAUUAUAUGCGAACUUGUGCCUGCACAUACUUUUCUCUCCAAUUCUGUCAGUAUGGGGUCACCCGAACACCCAGAGAAUUAGGAAACCCUAGUAAGCAGCAUGGAAGAGAGAUUAUGUAUACCCGACCUUAGAGUGGCCAGACGUAUAGUGUGCCAAAUAUAAUAGUGUUGGAUAGUAAGCCAAGGUCAGGGAUUCCAGAAGUACUCAUAAACGAAACAACAAGCCGGGGAAGGGACACCAGAAACCCAGAAUAGUGAAAACUAAGCUGGCUAAGAAACUCAGAAAGCACUCUCUGGUAACAGAAACCACAACAUGGUAAUUACUCCGAGGAGUGAAAUAUAUAUAUACAGGGAAAACCAUGUUAUUGAGCUCCAUCUUUCCCCUGUGCCAAAUCCCACAGAUAUGACCCUAUAUAUAUAUUAUCCACAAAAAUACAGUUUUGUAGGGUCCUGUAACUUUCAGGACGCCUGAACUAUGCGCAGGGUUGCAAUAGACUAGUAUUCAGAGCCAGAGAAUGUCACGGUCUCAGUUGGAGGCAGUAGAUCAUUCUGCAUUCAGCAGGAGAGGAGCAGUAUGGGACCUCUGAACAUUCAAGUGGCUGCUGCGCCACUUGAACUGGAGUCUGCAAAUGAUGCGCAGCAUCCGGAGGUAUGACAAAUUCACAAAAUUAUUAAAGGUUCUCCUAAACUCGGGCCUAACAUACCUGCAUAGCUUAAAGGUUACUCUACCAUAAACAUAACCUUUGUGGGUUUUUUUUCCUUCCCUGCGUCCUGGAAUGUGUGUGAAAAGUUGUAUAAGUAUGUAGUGGAUACUGCAGAUGUUUUCAUCAUGUAUAGCUUACUUGUGGCUCUUGUUGUAGUAAAGCAAUUUAAGGUAUCACCCAUCUUUACAGUGAGUCCAUCUGACAAGCAGGUCUUGGCAAACCACAGCCCUUUGUGGCUUCACAUUGCUGGCUGCAACUCUGGUCUUGAGGCUUCCAGCUUCCCUGGGGGUAAAAUUAAACACAACUCUCCAGUAUUCACUUUACAUUUGUCUGUGAAAAGACAAUGUAAUAUUUUGAGUCCUACUAUGCUCCAUUACAGCUAUACAUAAAUGCAAGUUUGUACAUUUGAACUUCUCUUCCUCUUCUCCCCCCCCCCCCCCUUGGAAAGAGUCAGUACCACACCUGCUUGGAUGUGUUAGUAGCUUGGGAAACUCAUGUAUGCCACCUAGGUCACAAAACACCACUGCGAUGUGAAUAAAAUAAAACUAACAGCGGUGUUCAGUAAAGGGAGAAAUGUCAGGAAUUUGAAGCAAUUUCAAAGUGAAUUUCAAACUUUAAGACAAAGACUUCUAGUUUAGUUGUGUUGGCCUUAAAUUUGAAAUUCAUGUUAAAUUCGUGACAAUUCUGACUUUAGUAGAUAAUUGUAAGUCUAGUACAGCAGAGCACUAGAUUCUAACCAAGAAAGUCACCACAGCAAACUACUUAUAAAUAUUUAUGGUUGGCUUAUGGUGCCAUUUAUGAUUCUCAGAGAAUUGUACGCAAGAAAGAAAAAGCAAAACAACGUUUUAAUGGUACACAUGAGCUGUGUAAAGUAUAAGAACAAUUUUUGUUCAGAUAGUAAAUAUGUCAAGCAGUGGCGUACAUGCAGGGUCGCGGCUGCAACCGGGCCCUGCCCACCAGGGGGCCCGGCCGCCCUGCACUCUCCCCCGAGCGCUAAUAGGUCAUAUAUGCACAAAUACAACGAUACAAAGCAAUUACAGUAAAAAUAACACAAGCAGAAUACGGCAGCAUACACUCCUCAAUUUAAAAAAAAAAUAGGAUCGGGACAUCACUAUCCUAAAUGGACACAGUGCUACUAAAAGGUUGCCUACCCCUGCACUAGAGGCUGGAUUAACCCUCAGUGAAACAUAGCAGUUUUCGCACCGGGCCCCAUGUGUUGUGUGUACGCCACUGAUGUCAAGUGAUAUUGCCUACUAAUAUCACUUGACAUCACCUAUAAGUCACUUAGAUUCUCACUGUUCUAUUAUAGAACAGUGAGAAUCUAAGUGACUUAUAGGUAGCAACCUAUGUCAGUCAUCACUGCUUGUCAAGUGUGUUUUUUUAAAAUAGAUUUUCAAGCACAAUUUCCAUUUUAUUCUGGUAUGGCUUUGAAUAGGCCGACAGUAGCCGUGGUUACUUACUCAGCAAUUUCACUCACUUAUCCUAUGUGACAUAAGGCAUUUUGGCUGUGGGCUGAACUACAUAUAACUCUAGUAGAUUUAUGCUAGAACUAAAUGGAAAAAUGAUUUUAUUUCUCAGUUUGCCUAUCCACAGAAAACUCUAAAAACACGUAAAGCGGGUCAAGCAGGCCAACAUACUUUAUUAUUCCAUAAAUUUGGCACUGUUCCAAGUUGGAAAUCUUAGUUUGUUUGUUUUUCUCAGUAACCUCAAAAUAAUCUUUGUUGUGCAGAUUUUUUCUCUACUUAAUACAGCAUAUAUGGCUGUACAUUCCACAUUUGGAAGCAUGGUGUCAAAAAGUGAUCAGAAUGCCAUCACAGUGGAACAUGGUUCAUCUAGUAUAGUGGUUAUCUAUAAUUGUUUUGUGCAGUUUUAGUAAGUGUUGAAAGCUGGAAAGCCAUGCAAUCUUUUUAGGACCGGUCAACAGGCGUAGGCAUAACAUAGUAUCAAAUCAGAUUUUUGGGGCUACAAAUUAGGACCAGUUCCUGUUCUCUUGGGUACCCCCUUUCCUUGUUGGGCAGACUCUGAUAAAGGGAUUUAUCCAUGAGUUACUGACAUUGGAUAACUAUGUAUGGACCAUACAGACUAGUUAUCGAUCAGGGUGACAUUAUUAGGAAUUUGUCGUCUUUUCUUUUUCUAUACUAGGUGCUCUCGAAGGCACCUUUCCAACUAUUUUUUAUGUUUGUCUUUCAUAGACCGCUUUAUUCACUAAUUACUUUGGUUUCUUUACUGAGGUGACCCGCAAAUAAUUGCUGGUUACACUCAAUUGAUUAUCGGAGACCGGUGAACGGAUUGGAUGUGUAUAGACAGGUUCUGUAAUUGCUACUAUUUAUACUAGGCAUACUUUUUGGCAGCAGCACUCCCACAGGCUGCAGUUAUUUGUUCCGAGGUAGUUACUUCUUUGACAUAGUGAUACAAUACUGUAUCGGAUCUGUUUGAUACAUUUAUAGCAACUUAUCCUGACAUGUUUAACUUAGUGGGAAUCCUAUUCAUUUAGAUGAGUUUGUGGGAUUUUUCAUUUUUCCCUUGGAUCUUUACCUCGGCUUAGUCUUGCUUUUAAGUUUUUUUGAUAUAAUUUAUCACCUUUCAUUGUGUUUUUGACUGCUGCAAUAGACUACUUGAUUAAGUCAGGCAGUCAUAGCUAGGGUGCAUGUGUUUUUUGUUUAAUAAAGUAUCUUGAUAUUUGUUUUUCUAUUAUAUGUUAUACUCAAUAGUGUUGGAACAGAUUUCCGCCUCUUUUUUUAAUCUGUUUAGGGUUACCCCCUUAUCUGUUCCUAUUGAUACAGGGACAUUGAUCUCCUGGCCAUUUCUUCAAUUUAUCUACAAAUUAGGACCAUGUUGGACACUUCAUUUGCUGACAAAGCAAUGUGUUGAUGAAAUGUAAUGGGAAGGAGGAAAAACAGUGAGGUUAUAUUUGAAGACUGAUGAUAUUGAACUUGUUCCUGUGCUGCAUUUGCGCUUUGUUCAUAUUGUGUUUUUUUUUGUAAAAACAAAUUUUAUUUUUUUUCUAUUUAUUACUAUUGAGUGCAGCUUUUCUCUCUUGCUUCAUAUAUAUAUGUGUGUGUGUGUGUGUGUGUGUGUGUGUGUGUGUGUAUGUGUAUAUAUAUAUAUAUAUUAAUUAAUAUAUUCCUUUAAUCCAUUUGGGAUGUUGUGCAUGUGACAUAUGUCCUAUUGAUGCCGUUCAGUGAGCCGGUUAGUAUGGUGCUAAUUUACCUCUCAUGCUCCACCUCAGAUUUAUUAAACUUGAAAUCAAAUAUGUAAUCGAAUCCAUAAAAUUGCUGGACAGUAUUGGAUGGGGACAAAAAAACAAACAAACCCUUACACCAAAAUAAAAUGUGACGCUCCUAAUCGUUCUGAAAUAGGCUGUCUACUGCAUGCUGAGUGGAUUUCCUUUGCCUCAUGUUGAUAAUUUGGGUGUUUCCAGUAUAUUGGACUGGAGGGCCCACGGAGGUGAUUAAUGAAAGUGUUUUAGAGCGGCAUAUAGCAUUUAUGUGUGAUUUAAAUACCACAAGAGGAUGAUUUAUAUGUUCUGGCCGGAAUGCUGUCUUUAAAUUUCUAUUCAUUAUGGCAGCAUCACGAAGAAUAUUCCAGGAAGUAUGGGUAAGUCUCUUCACCCCCCCACUUUUUAUUUUUUUUUAUUUACACUAAAAAAACGAAAGUUUGAACGACCAGUGUGAUCCAAAUAUUGUGCUCACUUAUGGAUUGUCUACAAACUCUGCCAAUAUAGUCUGAAUAGAAGCAUAUUUUUUUCAAAGUGAAAAUCACAUGAUUCAGUCUACCAAAAAAACAAACUCUGAAAGUCCCUACUUACUGCAGAUCACUGAACUGUUCUCCUCCUCCACAGUGUAAUUCGGAUUAUGGAUGUAAACUCAUUCAUCACACUUCCAUAGUUUAAGGGCUUAAGUUGCCUUGAUGUGUUUGUAUGUAAGAGCACUUUUUGCUCGGCAAUCUCAACAAACGUCUGUCGCUCUGAUGUGGGGGUGGUGCUGCUACCUGUCCAUGGAAAAACUUGUAAGGCCCCCUUUUUCAAAGUAGUCAGAACUGAAUUUCUUCUAUAAUUUGCCUAUUUUGUCUGUAUAAUAAGGUUUAAAGCUGGCUGUUUGAUUUCUCAGUGGAUUUACAGCGCUAUGGAAUUUGCUGGCGCUAUUAAAAUAAUACAGCACCCGCUGCAGUAUUCCUGAGUCACACAUUAGAUUCCUGACAAGGUCAUCUCCACUUUUCAUCCUACUGUGGUCAAUCAAAUGUCAUUUCUUGGAAAGUAGUGAAAAAGAAAUGUUAAAAUUCCUGGAUAUAUAAUUUUAAAGGAAAACUUUAGUAUUGGAAAUGUAAAGAUAUAUUCCUUACAUUAAAGGGUCCCUCAGCCUCCUCCCUCCCAAAAAAAAAUGGCAAAGUAAUGACUUACCUGACUUCAGCGUUGAAGUCCCUCUUUGCUGUGUCGGUCUAUGCCAGCAGCCAAUAGGGCGGGGGUUCUAAAGCACAAGCCACGUGCAUCUGGCCUUCACCAUAGAGAAAGUAUUGACUCAAUGCUUUCCUAUGGGGGCUUAGACGCUGGAGCCAAACUCUGUGAAAGGCCAGGAAGCACCUCUAGUGGCUUUCUGAGCGAGACCUAGGAGGCUGCCUUAACCCUACAAACCCUACGCCCGGCUGGAUGGAGAGGUAGGGGUUAAACUUAACUCUUUUUUUCCAGCGCCGGGCAGGGAGCUCUCCUCCCCCUCUCCUCCUCUUCGGCCGAAUGCGCAUGCAUGGCAGGAGACGUGCGCGCAUUCAGCCAGUCCAUAGGAAAACAUUCACAAUGCUUUCCUGUGGAGGCUGGUGUCUGCUCACUGUGAUUUUCACAGUGAGAAACGCGGAAGCCCACUAGAGGCUGGAUUAACCCGAACAUAAACAUAGCAGUUUCUCUGAAACUGCUAUGUUUAUAGAAAAAAGGGUUAACCCUAGAUGGACCAGGCACCCAGACAACCUCAUUAAGCUGAAGUGGUCUGGGUGCCUAUAGUGGUCCUUUAAUGUUACUUUAAUUUUUAGGAUAGCAAUAUUUUUAAGUUGUCAAUGUUCUUCAAAAAACACAAAGCAAUUUAGAUUUUUACUUUUUACGUAAAUAUGAAGCAUAAUGAAAUCUGUUUUUUCACUGGUCAUUCUUGCCUGGAAAGGAAAUGAGUCCGUUCUUAACCAAACGAUACACUUGAAUUAGCAGUUCUUAGAUACAGAUGGAAUGUGUGGUUUGCACAAUGCAUGUUGUGAAAUGAGCUUUUGUGUCCAUCACCCUAAGACAGUGUUUCUUUCUUUUAUUCAAAAGGAAGUGUGUUGGCGUGUUUAUCCACGACUAAUUGUGAUGUCAAACAGUGUAAGAGAAUGGGGGGAAACUGAUAGCUUGCGCUAUGGGAAGCUCCCACUAUCACUUGUCUCAUUUCUGCUCUCUUGAAUCCCUUUUCUCAGAGAGUAGUAGACUGGAAUUGGUUCUGAAUUGGCCUUUUAUGAUCUGACCAAAGUUGUAUUUGCUUUACACGUGCUUCUGACCGUUGUUUGUGGCUGAUAACACUAGUUACAAUGGCAAAUGGGUGCACUUUUUGGCUUACCCUCUGGAGAACCCCAGAAUUAUGUAAAUGAGCAUAGGAAAUGUUUGAGGUCAUGUAAAGACCAAAAGUUACAUUGAUUUCCUUAGGGAUAAUUCCUACUCUGGAACAUCUCACAUUGUAAUGGGCUUGCAGUCACAUAAUCUACCCUCGUUGCUACCUCUCUGCACUUUUAUAGAAACGGUUUGUGAAGUUUGUUGUAAGCGGUUUCUAAAAAAAUUAAAAAAAAAAAAAAAAAAAUUUUUUAUUAGAAAUAACAAGAACUGAUGGAAUAGAAAGGGAAAAAUUUGACCUUUAGUGGUAUGUGUGCUCUUUGUCACUGUGUAUAACCUCUACUUCCUCAUUCCAGGUUGCUAUUACCAAACGUGUAGUUAAUUUUUUUUUUUUUUUCUUUUUUAUUUUUUUUUUUAUAUUAAGAAAAAUACAUACCCAAGCCAAUUGUGCAAUCUCAUGUGGAAAUUGAAAAAAUUGCCAGUUACUCCAUUACUUCUGCAAUUAAAUCUGUCGUUUGUUGCACUGUGAUCUGGAAACCUUUUAUUUAUUUUUUUUUAAACUAAAACCUCUAUGUUGCUGGAAGUUUUGAGAGUUAAAGGGGUAUCACCACAUAUUAUUUUUGCUGCAUCAUAUGCAGUAACACAGCCGAGCAUGUUUUCAGUAAAUCAGUCCGAACUCAGUCCAGGUAAUGACUGGAAUGCUCCCCCUCUAUAUAAGGUGCAGCUGCCGCUGCCAUCCCCAUGAAACUCAGAUGGACUUAGAACAUAGGUUGUUGUUUCAGAGUUCAGCCAUGCGGUGUCCUACUCGAUCAGUAAGGUCCUGCUCCACAAUCUGACUAGUUUAACUUAAAGGAACACUAUAGAGUCAGGAAAACAAACCUGUAUUCUAAGGAUCGACCUAUUAUCGGCUGAUAUUCUGUAUUUUUAGCAAUAUCUGUAUCUGUUUAUAAAGAUACCCAUAAUGCAGACCAGGGCCGCCAUCAGAGUCCUGAGAUGCCCAGCACACUUACUUACCUUCCCAGCAGCUCCUUCAGCUCCCCAGUCUAAGUCUCGCAGCUGUCGCCAUGUGUUACCAUGACAACACUCCGCGCGGCAUGCAGGCCGCGAGAGUUAGACAGGGGAGCUGAAGGAGCUGCUGGGAAGGUAAGUAAGCGUGUGCUGAGCCCCCUCUGCAUAGUCCAUGCCUCCAGACCACCAGGGAAUGCCAUAUCCCCCCUCCCUGGCCAGGUAAGAAGGGAGGCGGGACUAAAACAUUUUCUAAAAUUAAAGUUACAAAAAUAAAAAUUCCCCCCUCGAAGACAAAAAUUAUGAGCAAUACUGAGGAAGAUGGAAGGAGCUGCUCAUUUUGUCAAUUUGCCGUAGACAUUUUAAAUGGCUGUGGGACAGACCGAGGUAAUGCUUUCUGCAUCAAAAAUCAAACUAAAAUUGUGUAAAUCAUUCCAAGCAAAUUCUGUUGGUGAAGUAAUAAUUUGGAAGCCAAACCUAUUCAUGGGCAAAAGUAUUAUUUUUUUUUAUUUUUUUUUUUAUUUUUUUUUACACAAACCAAAAUGAUUUCUACAUAGGCAAAUUUAAAAGUAAAGAAGACAAGACACAAUAAAUACAAGUUAGGAGCCAGUGUGUUUAAGUGCCAAGGCUCUCUGAAUUCCUGUGCCUGUCAUGGUUCUGAACAAAAUAUCCUCAGGCCCCCCCCAAAAAACAUCCAGCAUCAUGGAAGCGCCUCUAGCGGCCCAUCACGAACACAGCCACUAGGGGCUGGAUCAACCCUGCAAACCAUUUGAAGGGUUAAAACCUGGGGGCCUAGCACCCAGACCACUUCAUUGAGCUAAAGUGGUCUGGGUGACCAUAGUGUCCCUUUAAGGAGGUUUGCAACUCCUGCUAACUAAAAAGAAUGGCUAACUAUAAAUAUGAAGAACAAUUAAAAAAAAAAAAAUAAAUAAAAAAAAAAGUUAGAAAAGAAUUUCUUAGAAAAUAGUGUUUACAGCAAAAAGCCAGAAGGGAAUGAUUAUACUCACCAGAACAAAUGCAAUAAGCUGUAGUUAUUCUGGUGACUAUAGUGUCCCUUUAAAUUUUACUGUUUUGUCUUCAAACUUUGGCUGUAGUAAGCUUCAUUCUGUUACCAUGAACGUUAUCACUUUUAUAUUUUGCUUUACUUUUACAUUCACGGUAUUACCCUCUCUCUUCCCUUCAGGCACUGCCGUCUUCUCUAAUCAUUGUUGCCGUGUAUUGCCCCGUUGUAGCAGCUGUCUUCAUAGUAUUGAAGCUGGUGAACUACCGCUUACACAGGGCUCUGGACGAAGGAGAAAUUGUGGAGAGGAGCGCCAGUGAGUUGACGGAGAGAGUGGCGAAGGCAGAACGUAGUGAUAGCUCUGCUAGAAGAGAGGACAGCAACGGACCUGGGUAAGCACCCGGAGAGAGAUUUGGAAGUGGUACAUUUAGAAUAUCUAAACAGCAUAUUUUGUCCAAUGCCACGGUCCUUAUAAUUCCCAUUUGCUGAAUGGUGUAAGGUGAACUGCCGAAUUGCGUUCUAACUGAAUGAGAACAGUAUGUUCGUUUCUUUUAGAACGCAAUUCGGCAUUUUAUUCGGAUGGCAAUUUCAUUCGAAUUAAUGAAACUCCGAUCCUAUUCUUGCUGUGGCUGCAUCUUUAAGGCCGCUUAGUAGAUAACUCCCUAAUUCCCACGGUAUCAGGGAGUUAGCUACUAAAAGGCUGAAAGACCUAAACUGGUCUUUCAGCCAACUUUACGAAUACCAAGUAAAAAUGACUUAGUAUUAGUAAAUAAUAUGCCCCUACUCGCUAUAUCGCGAGUAGGGGCAUGUCUGGUAAGCUGUGGGCGGGUGGGGGCCAAAUGAUAAUGAGGGAGGUGGACCUACUGUCCACCCCCCCCUCUGGCCUCCACCCCUGAGCGGCGGGUGGGGGCCAUAAAGAUAAAGCGGGGGGGAGCCUACUGUCCUCCCUCCCCACUGGCCCCCACCCCUGGGCGGCGGGUGGGGGCCAUAAAGAUAAUGGGGGGGGGGCCUACUGUCCUCCACCCACCCCUGGGCGGCGGGUGGGGGCCCUAAGUCAAUUUCCCCCCCUCCCCCAAGCCCCUAGUCACCCACCCAAAUAAAAAGUCCCUACCUACCCCCCUCACCCUAAAAAAUAGUGAGGGGGGAAUAAAAUAACUAACCUGUAAAAUAAAAUUAAACUUACGAUUCAACGUCUUUUUUCUCAAAUCUUCAUUUUUCAGCCCCAAAAAAGGCCAAAUAAAAAACCAUCAUAACCGUCGAAUUGAAAAUAAAAUAAAAAUCCCGAGUGCAAAAAAAAAAAACAGACAAAAAAGAAAAAACCUGAGCGCAAAAAAAUAAUCAAUCUUCACCCAUGGAGGGCUCUGCGCAGAUUGAGCUCCGCAGGGUGGGGGAAAGCUUAUAAAACCUUGCCCUGCCCUGCACUUAGGCUAAGAACACUCUGAUUGGUGGGUUUAAGCCAAUCAGAGUGCUCUUUGUCAUUUUACACAGCGUGGGAAAAUUCAAAAGAACUUUCCCACGCUGUGUAAAAUGACAAAGAGCACUGUGAUUGGAUGGAUUUCAAGCCAUCCAAUCACAGUGCUCUGUCAUUUUACACAGCGUGGGAAAGUUCUUUUGAAUUUUCCCACGCUGUGUAAAAUGACAAAGAGCACUCUGAUUGGCUUAAACCCACCAAUCGGAGUGUUCUUAGCCUAAUUGCAGGGCGGGCAAGGCUUUAUAAACCUUGCCCCGCCCUGCGGAGCUCAGUCUGCGCGGAACCCUCCAUGGGUGAAGAUGGAUUAACUUUUUGCGCUCUGUUUUUUUUUUUGUUUUUUUUUUGCACUCGGGAUUAUUUUAUUUUCAAUUUGACGGUUAUGUUGGUUUUUUAUUUGGCCUUUUUUGGGGCUGAAAAAUGAAGAUUUGAGAAAAAAGACGACAUUGAAUGGUAAGUUUAAUUUUAAUUUACAGGUUAGUUAUUUUAUUCCCCCCUCACUAUUUUUUAGGGUGAGGGGGGUAGGUAGGAACUUUUUAUUUGGGUGGGGGGGUGGGUGACUAGGGGCUUGGGGACCCCUAGUCACCUUGGUGGGGGGGAGGGGGGGUAUAAUUGAAUUAGGGCCCCCGCCCAGGGGUGGGGGCUGGGGGGGAGGACAGUAGGUGUAUGUGUGUCACCCCAUUAUAAUUUGGCCCCCACCCGCCGCCCAGGGGUGGGGGGGCAGUAGGUUUUUUUUUUGGCUGCUCACUGUUUAGUGGACAUGCCCCUACUCGCGGUAUAGCGAGUAGGGGCAUUGGGGAGAUUUUAAUCUCCCUUGUGCUAUUAUGGGUGUCAUAUUGACCCCCAUAGAGUGAGGGGGGACCUGAGAGGGGGGGAGGGCUUAUGAAGUGGUGGGGAGCACUGCUCCCUGCUGCUACUAUCUUUACAUAUUACAAGGAGGGAUCUGUGCGCUGGUAGCUCCCUCCUUGUAAUAAACUGCACGAACAAACGAACACUGAUACAUAGUGUUUGUUUGUUCGGCUGAUAUUUCUAUUCACUCAUUCGUCUGUCUGAUGAAUGAAUGAAUAGAUGAAAUUCCCGUUUGCAUGUCCAGGUGUUUCACUGGGCAUGUGCGGGAAUCUCAGUCUAUCUAGUGUGGGUUGAUGACGUGUCCCACAGGGACUUCAUCUACCCACACAAAGAUGGCGGCGCCCUGAAUACAGAUCGGGGCAGAAAAUAGAGAUUAAAAAAUAGGUAAUGUGGGGGGCUUAGGGGCAUUUGGGGGUGACUAGGGUGUUAGUUAGAUGUAGUGGAGGCUGGAGGGGGGUUAAAAAAAUAAAACAGGAUUCGGCAUGACAGUGCCGCUUUAAGUGAAUCCUACAUCAGUGGAAACAGAUGCUCUGGCACACCACAGUUGCCUUGAUCUGGGGCCAGAACAGACCCUUUAAUGACUAUUAAAAGAUGAUACAGUUGAAAUAUGAUCUCUUAAAGAAUUCCUUAGGCUACACAGACUGUACCUCAAUGUUAAAUUUUAAUACAGUAAUUUUUCAGUGUGUACGCACUAAUUCCCUCUACAUCUAACCCAAGAUUCAAGUAACCCUCAUAGUAAUAUUUCACUAUGGCCUCCACUAGAUUCAUUUGAGACCACUCUGGGACAAAUUCUGUUCACAUACCCUACCUUUGCUGAGGUACGAAAAUGUGUGGACUGUUGAGCAGAAGGUUUACAUUUUUGCAAGUGUAAGGCUGUUGACUGACGUAAGGUUUAUACUUGGUAAUAUUGACAUUUUAAUUACAUAAUUUAGCUAUGUCUAAGUAAAAUACAUGUAUAAGUUUCCCCACAGGAACAUUAUAUGCUGGCGAAAAUGUUAUUUGUGGUUUGAGCUUUACAUUUAACACAUUCAAUAAAAAAAAAAAAGAAAUGUGGAGAUAACUUUUGAAAAAACAGCUUAAUGAAAUUAUCAAAAUUAAUUGGGGAAAAAACUGUUGCCGCUAGUGCAGCCCCUUAACUCGACCUACUAGGAAGAACACUAGUGAUUUUAGUUAAGAGUGGAGUUUAAGCAACCUAAUAUUAAACCAAUAAAUAUGUUCACAAACAAAUAAGCAUAAGUCUUAGACCUAUAGAUCAGUUUCAUUAAACAUAUAUGCUAAGUUACCAUACAUAUAAUUGGUAAAUGUGCAAGCAUGCAUUGAAAAUACCUGACUCAAUGUUAAAUGAUUCAUUGCAAUGACUACAUUGAUAUACUCCUUCCUGUCCCACAUGAGCCAGUGCUGUUCUGAUUGGUUGUAAUUCAUAUUUGGAAUGCAUGUUAUAGAUGUGUACCCUACAGAAUUGUCUAGGUCAUCUUGCAUCUAUUUUGUUUUACAUCCAAUCACUGCUGGGAUUCACAUCCACAAGGCACCAACGUAAGGUAUAUGGAAGAUAUUAUCUAUACCGUGGUUCAUCAAUGAAUGGGUAGCUUGGGAAUUUAGGGCUUCUAAGCCCAAGUGACAAGCAAUCUUGUUUCUACAUAACACACACAUCCCAAUGGUAAAUAGGAAGGUCACUCCUUACAUAUCCUAUCAAUAACACCAUUAGGGCAAAUCGGCAAAGAAGUGAAAGUAUAAAACCCACCUCUGUAAGGAUAUGGGGGGGGGGCGUAAGUGGUGGUGAUUGGACUUUAAAGAUAAAUUAUACUGGGAAGUUAUUCCAGUCUAAUUUACUUUUUAACUAUUUAUAAUCUGUCUUCCACAUUCUGUGUAUAACUUAUGUGAAUCGUAUUAUAUCACAGCCAUGUUAUGGAAUUGUCCCUUGUAUUGCAGCAUUUAAUAAUUUUUCAGAAUUAUGUUAAACUUGAGGGAUAAGUAAACAAAAUAACAACCUGUGAUGUGACAAUUCCUUUAUAAAAACAUUGUAGGCAUUAUAAACCAUUUCAUCUCUUUGAGAUGAUUACCGUGCCUGGAGUCCCCUGAAUCUGUGCCUACAUUCAGUAUUAAAACAUUUUCGAGCAAUUUACUGAAUGAGGGUCUCUGACUUGUCAUCUGACACUCUCAUCCAAUCACAAUCACCCAUUGAUGCUCAAGCUAAUGCUUCCUCUUUGGCCUAAAGAGCUCGUUAGCUGCUAGGGACUUUAAUUUAGCAUUAAACCAUUAAAAUAUUUUGUCUUUAUGAAAACCGUUGUUAGUGAAAAUGCUGUUCAAUUGGUGCCUGUCCGUGUGCUAAAUCGCAAUCAUCCCUGUGAUUUCUUAGGCUCUUCUGUCUGUCUGUGUUUCUCAGGGAUAUUUACUAGCCAUGGCAUGUAUCCAUCUGUUUUAUGUCUUUCACCUGUAUUUUCUCUCUCAUGCCCCACUGUCAUGUUAUUUCUUUCUUUAUUUCAAACCAAAUGUGUAGUGCUGUGAAAUCGAAUGCCAUUCAACUGUUAAUCUUUGUUAAACGAAUAGCUUGCACUACCUAUUGUGGCAUUGCAAGCCUGUCUACCAUCUAUACACAACUAAAAUAGAGAAUAUAUAUUUUUUUAAAUUGUUAAACCUGGCCUGGUAGGCAAGAGCACUUUAUUUAUUUUUUUCAGUAAUAAUAGCAUUAAUUUUGAAACUUUUUCUUCCAUUUAUGUGAUUUACUGAUUGCGAUGAAUUCUCUCUGGCAGUGACCCUGGUGGAGGGAUUGAGAUGUCUGAGUUUGUAAGAGAAGCAACUCCUCCAGUUGGAUGCAGUUCACGUAAUUCUUACUCUGGGUUGGACCCAAAUCAGGUAUAGUGAAGGGAUAGUGUUCAACUGAUAAACUAUGCUCUUUUAGAUAAACCGAAUCAAACCCCAUCAAAUAAUAUUGUUUCCAUUUUCUAAUAGGUUGGAAUGUCUAGAUAUGGAGCUGCAUCAGCAAGCAAAGGUAUGGACCAAAAUUUCAAUGUUGCAUAUUUUAACAUAUUGUGUAAAUUUUUAUAAAAAAAUUUUUGUUCGUGUUAACUUGUGUAAUGGGCUCCUUGCCAUUCUAUGGUAGACGUUUGUGGUAUUUGCACGCUUUCAGCUGUUCUGAACACUGAAUGGAGGUAGCAGGAUACCAUAGUCUGUUCUGUUCAGAGUUACACCUGUUUACUAUUUUAAGUACAUGCAUUACGGCCUCUAUGUAUAGCAUUGUGAAAAGCAUGUAUAUUUGCAAAUACACAUUUUUACUUCUUAUCCUGGCUUACCCAUGCUUUAUAGGGGCAGCCAUCGUUAAACACUCCAACUAUGACCCUUUUAUCUCAAUUAAAUGGUUAUAAUGCCCGGAGUCCCUUUGUGCUACGCCUCCUUUUAGAGAUAAGCCAUUUUAAAACCGUUUAGCAUUGAGAUUUCAUAAUUGCCCAUAGCCCAGCCUCCACUGGAGGUAUGGCUAGAGCAGAGAUUUCGCUAUUCCGAAGACAGACAUACCAUUUCAUGCUAGCAGGGAGACGUUGACGCUGUCAGCCAGUCAUUGCUGUUUAGUUGGUGCUUCCUUAAUAGCCCGAGCAUAAUGGUGGAGCCGGGUUGCUGUGGACUCUCUCUUUUAGAAUUAAACCAUGAAAGCCUUGUUUAACAUAUAGAGAGCUGAAUCGAAGGACUCCAGGGGUGAUAAACAUUUUAUUGAAGUGGUUAGUGUCUAGAGUUUCCCUUUAUGUUCUCUUUGGUUGGAAAGCACCGUUAAUCUACCCAAAGACCAUGUAAGUAAUCAAGAGCUAGUAAAGUUGCAAAAUUUGAGAUCACAUGCAUGCAAUAGGCAUUUCUAAAUAAACAUUUAAUGAAUGUCAAAACAGAGUAACAGUUGGAUAAUCCUUCGGAAGUGCCUCCAGAACAUUACCCUUAGAGAGGAAAUAGUGUAACAAGAACUUUAAGAAAAACAUAAUGGUACAAUGCAAAAUAACUUUCAGCCUUUUGGUUCAUCAAAACAGUGCUUCUAGUUAGUACAAAAAAAACUGCAUUCAUUAAAUCCCAGUUAUGUGUUAUAGAGUGCGUCCUUCAGGAGAAAUGCAAAAAGGAUGUAGCAUUAGACUCCUUAUUCCCAUACCUCUGACCUUGAUGCACUUUUUGUAACUUUAAUAUUCCUGGUCUGCCAUUUUCUGUGCACUUUGGAGCUGUGUUUUAGUACAAAGGAACGUCUGCUCUGCUCGCAGGUAUUGGGAGUCUAAUAUCCUGGCAUUAAUGCAGUCCACUAAAGUGUCGACUUCUUCUUUUCUGAUUAUUGAGAAGUUUGCCUGGAACAACUUCCUUGUCCUUCAGAAGAGAUUUGGAUAUCUUUGUGAUUUGGAAUGUCUCUUCUUAGAAUAUUUGUAAACUUUCCUCAAAUGGAUGCUCGUUACGUUGGUCCAAUAAAGACAAAUAAGCAUGGUGUGUUUCUAACAGUGAAGCCAGAGAUCUUAAAAGCAAUUACAACUCCCCUUAUUUCCAGCGGUGCUUGGGUCUGCCGGCGUUGGCCCCGCCCCCUUAGUAACAUCGAAUUGGCAAUUUGUUUGCCAAUUCAAUGCUUUCCCAUGGGAAAAUAUAUAUAGUGCAGAGGAUACCAGAGAGUUAAUUAUAUAGGAAGUAAUUAAAUCCACUCACAUGGACAUGAGCCGGACAAUGCUGGCUCAGUAGGUUGCACCUAUAGGCUCUUAUUAGCAGCAUCACACCUCCCCUUCAAUGAGAAUAUGGUUCUCCAGAUAUAUAAAGAAAGGGAAAAUAGUCACUUGUAUAGGACUUAUUCGCUAAACAAGAAAUUCCCCACUAUUUUUUUUUCUUUCUCUCCAUAUUUGGAGAACCAUGUUCUCAUCAAAGUUUCAGUGCUGACCUCUUGCUCAUUGAGGUCUACAGAGGCUCCAGCAACACCAUGGGAUCCUCUAAAGAAAGGAUGUAAAAAAAUUUUUUUGCCUACAGCCCGCCCUUUUGACAGCUGGGGGAAAUGGCAAGCUUGACUGACCAAAGGUAGCUCUGCCUUAAUGCCAAGUGGGCUCUAAUUUUGGUUCAGUUUCUUUUAAGUAGUUUGGAAUUUCAGUGAAAUUCCAGCGCACUCAAUCUUAGGAUUUCACAAAGAUUUGAUCUUUGACAUGUAUUUUUGAUAGGAGUGACAGAGCCCCUUUUAUUUAUUUUAUUUAAAAGCUAACCUUGUUUUGCAGCAAAAAAGUGUGUAAUACAGGAUUUGGUAUAUGGUAUUGUGUUUUUCAGAAUACAAACUUGCAUGUUAAAUGAGGUUUUUUAAUCUCUUGUGACCUGGAGAAGGAAUGUGAGAUUUGUAGAUUAUCUCAAUUACAGUAGAAAUUCAAUUUGCAGCUCUGACUAGGUCUAAUUAACCAGUUACCGAGAAUAUUAGGAUAAACACGCACAGCAGUAUAAUAACUUUUUUACACCUGUACUGCAUGGGUGGUUGCAUUAGAUCUACAGCUAAUUGCACACUGAAUGGCUUGUUUUAUACCAUGGGCUUAGAGUUCCUGCAUAAUGAAUACAGACCCGGUGCAGAAGAGCACAACUUUGUGAAUUUGAGCUGCACUCUUCAUAUCUUUUAGUCAUCUAGGAGACAAGCUUGGCAUUGAUCUACAAAGCAUCUUGAUAAUGCACAGAUGAUUAAGGGAAAAAGAAGAAUUCGAGCUGUACUGGAGGUGUAUCUACAUUGUAAGAAUGUACAGCCAAUUGCUGACUCUGCUCUCUGAUACCAGUGAGACCAUCAGCCAAGCCAUCCACAGUCUUCCUUUGCAUCAUUCUGUAGACUCAUUCCUUUUAUGUAGUGUAAUUCCUACUAUAGAGAUACUAUAGCUCAGUGGUUUAAUGGUUAACUUUUAAUUUUAGCCUACUGGUUUAACAUGAGUACCAGAUAUUGUGGGUUGCAUACUAUGACUUACUGUAAAACGCUAUAAUUCACCAUAGUGUGUGAAUUCUGUUACUUCUCACAGCUUCCUAGCGUGCAUCUGAAAUCCUCUAAUUUGGCCCACAGCUCACUUUAUUUCAGUUUUUUUUUUUUCAUGGAAAAUAUUGCAUCCAUUUAAUAUAUAGGAUGGUGGCAAAUGUAUGGAUUUUAAUCAGGCCUCAAACUAUACACUUGCCUUUAGCCAUUAGCAAGUGAAAAGGUUUACCCUAGCAAGUAGAAAUUUGGUGAAUGUAUGCACCCUCCAAUGCUUGCAUUGGCAAGUAACUUUAAAGGGACACUGUAGUCACUAUAACCACUUUGUCUCUUUGAAUUGGUUAUAGUGCCUGGAGUGCCCUGGCACUGUCCCUCCAUUCAGUGUUGCACCAUGUUUGUGCAGUAUGCCACAAAAUGAAGAGUCCCUGGCCUCCCACAGUCCGGCCCCUUCUGUAUGUGUAGCUAAGGCAGAGAUUACACACUUCCUUGUUGUCAUACCCAUUCAUACCGUCAGUUGGAGCUCUAACAGGUUAAAAGCAGUCAGCUGACACUCUCAGCCAAUCACAGCUGCCCAUUGCUGCUCAGGGUAAUACUUCCUUAGCCAAAGCAGCACAGAGGGGAUGGACUGCCGUGGUCUCUUGUUUAACAUUAAAACAUUACAACAUUAAAAACUGUUUAAUGCUGAAAGAAAUGAUGGCACCAGGGGACUCCAUACACUAUAACCAGUUUAAUGAGAUGAAGCAGAUACAGUGCCUACGGUGUCCCUUUAAGGUCUGGCUAGUAGCACAGUACUUGAAAGUUUAAGCCGUGGUUUUAAUUUUAUGAAUUGUUUUUGGUCUUCUCAGUCUUUGUGCUAUCAACUUUUUAAUCCUAAAUUUAGCUCGAAAUUUCACUUUGCUGCCUUCACUAGCAGCUGCCCUUUUCCCACAUGAUUCAGUGAUCUUCCACACUUUCUGUCGUUCAGCAACCUAAGAGAUAUUGAUGCUUCCGGUGUCAGGGCUAUGGCGGCUGCUACCCUGAGCACCUCUGGACCAAAUGGGAAGAGUCGGACUGUUAGUCUGUGUUAAUGUAACUUUGCUAUCCACAUUUUGAGAGAGAGACUGGUCCAGUUUAUAGCAGAAAUCAAAACAUGGAAAAAGAGUAUUCAUGUAUACAGUCUUAAUUUUCAUAAUGUCUACAUGAAUGUAAAAUUACUGUAUUUAGUUUGAAUCUCAGGGUGUAUGGUCAUAUUUUUUUUUAUGUCCUCUCUUAAAGAUCUUCCAGGCAUCGAAGAUUAUAAAUAAACAUCUAUGUGCUUAAGUUUUCUACAAAUCUCUGUAGACAUUUGUAUCCUAAGCAAGGAUAGCAGUGUGACCUGUUCUUGGUUUUUCAUGUCCUCCAAAUGUUCUAAAUGUAAAAGCAGCACUGUAGUGUCAGUGUAAGAAGAAUUGAUUUAGGCCUGCAGUUUCCUUUUUAAACAUUUUUAAUGUAACUUAAAUUCUGUAAGCGACUUCCUACAAAUGUGAUGUCAUGCACGUGUUCCAAGCUAUGGGAACAAUGGCAUAGAUCACAUAUGUAUGGUACUUCUUGUCUCUGCAGGGGAUACAGAUGCUGCAAAGACCUCAGAUGAUAUCAGUCUGAGCCUUGGCCAGAGCUAUAGUUUGUGCAAAGAAGGAAGUGAAGACCAAGGUAAAAUCAAACCUAUAAGCUGCAUUUAUUUUAAAGCAUGUUGCAUGACUAAAGUGGCUAUAAUAGAACAGUGCUUUUUUUAGUUUAACAUUUAGUGAACCUGCAGUCAAUUAUAUACAGUAGUUCUAUUUAAAUAAGCAAUACCAAUACAUCUCGGACAGAAGAUAUGCAAUACUGUCAUAUCAGUUGCCUUUGUAUGCAAUGGGGUUCCAAGAUAAAUUCAUGUGUGUAAAAGUAAUGGCACCGGCUUGUACUUUUUUUUGCUUAACUAAGAAUCCCUGCAUUUAAGGACAAGCAAAAAGUUAUACUUUGACAGAAAAAAAUCAGACUGCAUAGAAACCAAAAAUGUUUUUAGUCUACCAGAGUAGAGCUGGAAUUCAAAUUCUUGUCAGUGGAACAAAUGAGAAUAAAUAAAUUAAAGGGGCACUAUAGGCAUCAAAACAGUUGUGUAUAGAUAGAUCAUGCCCCUGCAGUCACACCUCACUGCAUGUGACUUGCACAGCCUUCCUAAACACUUCCUCUUAAGAGAUGGAAUGUCUAAACUUCCUUUAUUGCACAAUCUGUUUAAUUUAGAAUUCAUCUCCUGAUCUAUUGAUAGCCUUCUAGAUCCUACAUGAGCCUCUUGUGUGUGUGAUUUAAAGUUCAAUUUACAGAGCAGGAGAUAAAAACUUUUAAAGUAAGUUAACAUCUAAUUGAAAAUGAAACCAUUUUUAUUCAUGUAGGCUGUGUCAGCCAUGGCAGGUUUGGCUAGGGCUGCAUAAUCUGAAACAAAAAAGAUUUAACUCCUAUAUGGCAAAGAAUUGCGCAGUGAGAUUGCAGGGGCAUGAUUUUGCAUUGCUCAUUUCUUUUCACCUGUUAUGCAGAAGUUUAUUGGAUCAAUAAUUCAUCCUUAUCUGCAUUUCCACAUCAGAUUUGAGGAGUGGAAAUAUGAAAAAGCAGCCAUAUAGGGACUAUUCUUUUUACACCCCGUUCUAAAAACACUGUUCUCCGGAGUUUCUGACCAUGCAUGAGUGCAACUAUGUUGAACCCAGAAAUGCUAAUGAGUAACACUUUGUUCUAUGAUGUUUGUGGGAUAAGGAGCAGCCUUAUAGUUGAUAACCUCUGUGUACAGGGUCACGGUAACAGAGGACCUCCAUGCUCCAUAUUAUGUGCAUCGGGCAGAUGAUUAGUGUCCCUUCAGUAUAAACAAGAAGUACACCUGUCCUCAAUGGGUGCAAGGAUGUAACGUUUAUUCAGUCUUAAGAGAAAUCCAACUUUGAAACUUCAUGCUUGACUAAAGCCCAUUAAGAGUUGAAACUUUGCAAACAUCAUGUUUUGCAAACCAUAAAUAAGUAGCACCAUUAAAAAAAAAAAAUAACAGGUGUCACAAUACUUAAAUCAAAAGUGAUUCUUAAGGUACUCACAUUGAGGGCAUGGUGUGUAUAGUAAGCUUUGAAUUUAAUCACUUUUGUAAAAUACCGUAUAUACUCGAGUAUAAGCCGAGUUUUUCAGCACAUUUUUUGUGCUGAAAAACCCCAACUCGGCUUAUAUUCGAGUCAGUGUCUGUAUUAUGGCAAUUUACAUUGCCAUAAUACAGACUGGGGGCUGGCAGAGCUGUUACUUACCUCUCCUGCAGCUCCUGCCAGCUCCCUGCUCCUCCGCGUCCGGUCAGCACCUCGGUCAGCUCCCAGUGUAAGUCUCGCGAGAGCCGCGGGGUCAUAGUGCGGCUCUCGCGAGACUUACAGUGUGAGCUGAGAGAAGAGCUGCACGGACCGGCGCGGAGGAGGAGAGAGCUGACAGGAGCUGCAGGAGAGGUAAGUAACAGCUCUGCCAGCCCCCCUCCUCCCCCCACUGAACUGCCAAUGCCACUGGACCACCAGGGAAGGAGAGCCCCCCUCCCUGCCAUGUAUCAAGCAGGGAGGGGGGACAACAAAAUAAAUAAAUUGAUAAUAUAUAAAUAAUAAUAAUAAUAAAAAAUAAUAUAACAAAAAAUUAAAAUAAUAUUAAUUAAUAAUAUAUAAAUAAUAAUAAUAAAAAAAUAUAACAAUUAAAAUAUUAAUUAAUAUAUAAAUAAUAAUAAAAAAUAAAAAAAUAAUAUAACAAAAAAAUUAAAAUAAUAUUAAUUUUUUUUUUAAUAAAAAUGCCCACCCCCCCACCAAGACUCUGCCACACACUGCAUCACGCGCACACACGCGCACACGCACACUGCACUCACACACUGCGCACUCAUCAUACACACACACUGUAAAUAAAUAUUCAAUUAAUAUAAUUUUUUAAGGAUCUAAUUUUAUUUAGAAAUUUACCAGUAGCUGCUGCAUUUCCCACCCUAGUCUUAUACUCGAGUCAAUACGUUUUCCCAGUUUUUUGGGGUAAAAUUAGGGGCCUCGGCUUAUAUUCGGGUCGGCUUAUACUCGAGUAUAUACGGUACUUGUACACUUUAAUUAUUUUCAUGGUUUUACUUUCUAAAUCUGGGUAAACAACCUUUGGCACUCCAGAUAUAGAAAUCUCCCUGCAUGAAUUGCCAGCAUUAUAGCUAUGAGCAUUAUGGGAGAUUAGGCCUCAACAUCUGGAGUGUUGAAAGUUGCUUACCUCUGCUCUAAACAACAAAUGUGUAAAGAUUAAAGAGACACUAUAGUCUCCACAACCACUUCAGCUUAAUGUAGUGGUUCUGAUAUCUAUAGCCUGUCCCUUUAGGCUUUUACAUUGCUGCCUAGUAACACCUCUACUGUUAGUCACUCAGGUGGCCACUAAAGGGGUUUCGUAUUUCAGUGCUGCACUUAGUGCAACACCUAUGUUCAGUGUCUCAUAGGUUCAAUGCAUCUCUGAGGAAAAUCUAAUUAUCUCUGCACUGUGUUUUGCUGUGCAUUAGCAUCUUAAUGCUUUCCUAUGGGAAAGUAUUGGAUUGGCUGAGAUCAAGAGGUGGAGCCAGCUGUUGUAAGAUUGGUGCAUUGGUGGAGAAAGGUUAGUAAACCACCUUUUAAUUCCUUAGGGUGAGGUUAGGGACCAAAACAAUUGGUUUCACAAUAUAGUUUCAGGAAUACAUGUUUGUAUUCCUAGCAAAACUGCAAGUGCAUGUCCAAAUAAGUGAAACAAAAUAAUUUUUCAGAUCAGAAGCAGAAUUAGUGUAAUAGUGUAAAAUGUAAUGUUCUAGUUUGCAUGGAUAAAUUCCAUAAAUGUAAACAACCUGAUCCUGAAGAUUGUUUUUUCUCUCCAUUACUCUCUGUAAUCUAGUGUGUGUGUGUGUGUGUGUGUAUAUGUGUGUGUGUGUAUAUAUAUGUAUAUAUAUAUAUAUAUGUAUAUAUGUAUGUAUGUAUAUAUAUAUAUAUAUAAUUUUUUUUUUUUUUUCAUGUGAAUGUUUGAGGCAUAGAGUAACAAUUACACUUAUGGAGACUAUCAUGGUUGUGCACAGUUGGCUAUUCUCCCAUAAUGUGAAUAUGUGGAAUCCAGCCAUAGACUGAACAAAAUGGGAAAAUAAUUCAGACAAGUAUAAUUUAUCUGCAAAAAAGAAAAAAUGAACCACACUACAGUCACGUGAAGAACUGGGCAUGGUAAACUGGACCAAGGGCCAGCACCAGCCCAAUGGAGUAGAUAUCAGUUGUAGAAAGAGGAUCCAGGCACUGAGGAUCUUCAAAUGUGUUUAUUGGGACAAGUGAGACACCACAACAUUUCGACCCCUGAAAGGGGCUUUGUCAAUUUUGGAUCCUCUUUCUACCAAGUAUAAUUUAUUUGUCUUUAAGCUGGUGGUUUUGUUUGCAAUAAUUUCUAAAGCCUGCUAAAUCAGAAUCUUUAACAAGUGUAAGGACAAAUAACGUUUAAAGUGGCUCUGUCACCUCAAACUUACCUGUCUAUUAUUUCCUCUAACUUUUUUUCAGAAUCUGUCCCCUCACACCCCCAUUUUUUGUUUUUCUUUCUCCCUUAAUUUCUGAGCUCUUUAAAACCUAAAUCAAAAGUGGGGACUACUUUGUCUUACAUAUUUUACCUAUUCUUGACAAUUAUGAGCUCAAGGAAAGCUCUACUUUGACCAUAGAAGUGGAGUUUUCCUUAUGCCUUAAGCUCCACCAUCUUUUGUAGUGGUAAUUUAUGUGUGAGUGGUGUUUGCAGUGACAUUGUUGGGGGUCAUUGUAAUUAAAACUUUUUUUUUUAGAUGUAUAAUAUCCAUCUUGCCUUCAUUUUGCCGGGGAAGCGGGCAUAAAUAAUUUUACAUGUGUGCAGACCACUUGUGCUUCCCUCUUCUUGCUGGCGACAAAUAAUGAGGGAGAGUCUCUGUGGUACACCUGCUGAAGUUUAAGACUAGAAGCUCCCUUGAACCCCAGGCAUUCUGUGCCAGUUGGGUAGAUCCACCAAUAUUCUCUUCUGGUCCAUUUGGGUCCAGCAGCCUUGUGUGUAGUAGGUUGCUGACCCCUGAUCUAUAGAUUCCUGUAGUAGAAUUGCUAGCAAAUUGAUACAUUUUAUAUGAAAUCUAUAUAAAAAUGUGACCAUGUCCUCCAUGUCCCAGCAAACCAUCUGUAGACUGGAGAAACCUCCAGUUGGCUCUGUGGUUCUCCUUCCAGCAACAUCAGUGCGUGUCCUUUUGCUGUGAUUAUCCUUCUGGCUAAAGUGUCUGUCACUUGCUUGUAGAGUAAAGGAAUGGCAGAUGUCAUUUAAUUCUGAUGCCAGUGAAUCAACAGUGGAAGCAACAUGUAGGGCAGGGAGGUGGGAUGAGUAGUUUAAUGUUGUGGAACCCACAAACCCCUUAUCGUGGCAGCGACAAAGCACAUGAGAUACUUAAUGCUUUCAUUAUGUUGAAGCAAUUAAAUAUCUUAUAUUUGUUAGUCAAGUUAUUUUACUUUCAUGGAUAACACUUUCUUGCACAGACUAUGUAAUUUAUCAUAAACAGAAGUAUGAAAGAUUUGGGGAUUUUACAAAUAUUCAUGCCAGUGCUGCCAGUGUUAGAGGAUUGAUUUAUUCAAGUGGAAAACUAUCUUCUAGAACAAAGACAUUGAUCCAUGUCCAGUCUGUAUUAAGUUUCCAAAGUAUGGAUUUUGUGUACUCUUCUGUAGCAAGUUUGUGCGUGGGAGUGGGGUACCUUUGGCAUUGGAUCAUUAACCAGUCUCUAAGCUGACCAAUUCAUAUUGGCCUUCAUUGUAAGGACGAUAAGUGGUCUGACUAAUGGACUGAUUGAUCGGUAGACAAUGGUGUGAAUGAGCUUAUUGAGUGCUUAUAGUCAGCCUGGCAGACUACUCUGUGUCAUAACUGCAGAUAACAGAAAGAAAGCAAUUAUCGUACCAUAAUUAUCAGCUCAAUUUUGUCACAUGAAAAAAAAAUUCUUCAGACUAGUUGAUUUGAGACGGAUAUCUCCUCUCAUACAUUUUUAUUUUGAAUUUUUUUAUUUUUUUAUUUUUUUAAUGAUUUGCCCAAAAAAAUUUUUAUGGGUAACUCACAAGGGAGUUUUGAACUAAAGUAGAUGAAUUUGGAAAUUAACUUCUUUUUCCAAUUGAGCUAGUUUUUCCUAAAGUUUACAGUCCCUUGUCAAUUCUCCAGUUUGAGUCCUUCAUAAUAGGCUUCAGUUGUAUAAAAAUGAAAACAUAAUUAAAUAGCAGACAUUUUUUUAGAUCACACAGCAAAUUAAAUAUAUUAGUUUUCCUACAUGUGGUUAGAUGUAUGCAGUGAAGGGACCUCCCCAAUGUAUUGCAAACAUAUAUAGAAAUUGGUAUAAUAGCUCUAAUUGUCCAGUUUUAAGUCUCCGGUUGACUGUAAGACCAAGACGGUCCAUUGUGCUUCCUUGCACUGCAGCAAUUUUCACACCCACCAGCGUUCACAUGACUGAUUUAACAGCUAACCCUUGGGAUUUUGGCUUCUCUGCUAGGUUGCUAGUAGACUUGUGCACAAAUGUUUAUCAGCUGGUGCAAACGAUUAAAAUUCAUUUUACGCCAAACAAAGCAAUCCAUCCAACACCACAGGUGUAUCCAGGACGUAUCGAUAGGUUUUGUUUUUUUUGGCUUUAGAUUAAAAUGAUUUUGUUUCUCUCAAACCAGUUGAAAUGCAUUUGUACUCAAGUCUCUAUACCCAUAUAUUAGAUUUGCAUGUGUGUUUAUAUAUAAUCCAAAAUUUUACUUUCUAAAACACAUUCCAAUUUCUUCAACAGAUUUAACUGUGGAUCAAAAGCUUUUUCGCCUGGUGUCCAAUGACUCAUUUGUCUCCAUUCAGCCUUCGAUCUCCUCUGGAGGAAAAGACUUAAUUAGGGAGUACAGUGACAAAGGGUCAGUGGCAGCACACGGUCACCAUCAUCAUGUGGAUCUGUCUCUGUCCAAUGCAUGUGACACAGAACUGGCUUCACUUGUUCCUUUGCAUUCACAUUCAUACAGAAAAGACCAUAGACCAAGAGGCGUCCCAAGGACUUCAAGCUCAGCUGUUGCUUUCCCAGACACUUCCCUCACUGAUUUUACACUCUACCAACAAAGGCGCGGGCUGGAUCCUGUUAGUGAACUUGAAGCUUCCAAACCACAUUCUGGAUCCAAAGAUUCUCUAGUAGAUAAUGUUUGUGCUUCAGGGAUUUUUCCAUUAGACUAUCUAAAAAGCAAAGGAUCCCAGCAGCUUUCGCGGAAUGGCAGUGUGAAACACAUGAAGUCUGACAAAAGCAUGGAUAGUUUGCGAAGCCUCAGCACAAGGAGCAGUGGAUCCACUGAAAGUUAUUGUAGCGGGACAGAUCGGGACACAAACAGCACCGUUAGUAGCUAUAAAAGCGAACAGACAAGUUCAACUCAUGUGGAGAGCAUUUUAUCAGAACAUGAGGAAGCUUCUGCUGCAAAAAGAGGUCACUGUAGUGACCCAGAGGAGGAGCGCAGCUCAGCCACCGAUAAAAGGACUAGUAGUGUAAGGACUGCGGUCGAGAGAGGUACUGCUCAGGAAGCAAAAGAUGCAAAUACAUCUGAUGAUGUGCAGAGUCCUAGAGGUCUUAGCUCGUCUGCAUCGGAAGAAGCUAACAAAAACCCUCAUGCAAACGAACUAACUGCACAAGCUGACUGGUUACCAGGGAAACUUACAGUAAAUCUUGAUGACGCAAUUGAGAAACCAGUGAUUUUAGUAGAUUUAAGAUCCUUUAAAGAAACGGGUAUUAAGCAGCGAGAUAGUGAUGUGCGACCCAAAUCAUCUAGCUUAAUCCACCGGACAUCCUCGGUUCAUAAAUCUUGCAGGAGACGGACAGGUAAAAAACGAGCCAGCAGUUUUGAUGCAAGUAGGCACAAAGAAUAUGUCUCAUUUCAAGGCACAGCUGAAACCAAACCUCACAGCACUGGUUUUUGUCAUGACGAAGAUUCUAGUGACCAAAGCGACUUGAGCAGGACCUCAAGCGUGCAGUCGGCCCACCGUUUCAGCAGCGAUAGCUCUUCCAGCACUACAUCCCACUCAUGCCAGUCACCUGAGGCCAGAUACAGUGCCCUAAGGACAAAAUAUCACAUAAAAGAAAGAGGUGCAGAGUCCCAUCGGACCCACUUAAGUUGUGAAGGGGCUAGCAAAAAACGUUCUACCCGUAGGACUUCAAGUGCAAGUGGUACAAAAAGUCGUGCCAGAGUAUUAAGUCUGGACAGUGGCACUGUAGUUAGCUUGGGUGAUGCCAAUAGACUGGCAGCACCUGAAAAUAUCAAAACAUUAACCACUUCAAAAUCAGAUCUAGAAGCCAAAGAGGGGGAAGUGCUAGAUCAGCUUUCUUUAUUAGGACGCGCUUCACACUUAGAAUCUGUAACACGUUCGAGAAAUAGUUUGCCCAGCCAGGUUACGUUUCAGGAUGUGGAAGAGCGAGAAGUCGCAGUUGGAGGUAAGUGACUAUAAACUAAUGUAUUUUUUUCAGUGCUGUAAAUGCCUUGCAUUUUUGCAGAGUGAUUUGCUUGCAGUGUUCAGUAAAUGCAUAUAAAUCAUCAUGCCAUCAUUUUCAUUCUUCGACAUACUGGAAUUUUGCCCUGGAGUUUUUGUUGAGCUGCUAAGACAAUACCCUCUUCUGAAUGUGCGUCAUUUUGUAGCUCUGUUUCCUUCUUGCCUAGUUACACCUCUUUCCUUUUAACCUCAUUGUGCCUCUGUCUGCCUUUAAUGUUUCUCUCGCUCUCUGUCACAAAUAUGAAAUUUAGAGCACCAUUAUUUACUUGGUGAGGUUGUUUGUAUUAUCACAUUUAUUUUAGAUAUGUUUUAAUAUAUCCAGUAAUAGUGAAGAAUAUGCUAAUGCGUGCACAGAAUAAAAAAAUUAAUCAAUCUCCUUUCUGCAACUGGAAGCCAUGAAAGAUGAUUUUUAGAUGAACCUUAAAGGGACACUAUAGUCACCUGAACAACUUUAGCUUAAUGAAGCAGUUUUGGUGUAUAGAACAUGCCCCUGCAGCCUUACUGCUCAAUCCUCUGCCAUUUAGGAGUUGUAUCCCUUUGUUUAUGAACCCUAGUCACACCUCCCUGCAUGUGACUUGCACAGCCUUCCAUAAACACUUCCUGUAAAGAGAGCCCUAUUUAGGCUUUCUUUAUUGCAAGUUCUGUUUAAUUAAGAUUUUCUUAUCCCCUGCUAUGUUAAUAGCAUGCUAGACCCUGCAAGAGCCUCCUGUAUGUGAGUAAAGUUCAAUUUAGAGAUUGAGAUACAAUUAUUUAAGGUAAAUUACAUCUGUUUGAAAGUGAAACCAGUUUUUUUUUCAUGCAGGCUCUGUCAAUCAUAGGCAGGGGAGGUGUGGCUAGGGCUGCAUAAACAGAAACAAAGUGAUUUAACUCCUAAAUGACAGUGAAUUGAGCAGUGAAAUUGCAGGAGAAUGAUCUAUACACUACAACUGCUUUAUUUAGCUAAAGUAAUUUAGGUGACCAUAGUUUUCCUUUAAUUACCAUUACCAUAAACCGGCUCCAGAAAAAUGUACAAGCUCCUGUGUAAUGAGGAUCGAGGGUUUCCUAAUCCUUGACUGAGCCUUAAGUCAGUUGAAAAUGUACUUGUCUAGAGGCUUUAUUACAAAAUGUUUUUCUGAAUCAUUUCAUCCACCCUAAAGAACUCUCCAAGCAUCAUAAACAGUACAGCCUAAUGUAGUAUAAAUGGUGCUAGGAGUGCAUGGUAAGCUACUGUUUGGAGCUGUACCGUCCCACUCGUUGGCUGAGAGUGUCACCUGAACGUUUUCGAAGUCCUGCACCGCUGAACCAGCUCAUUGCUUCUAGCUCCACAGGAUAUGUUGAUGACACUUGGCCAUCCCCAGUUAAGUUGUCAAACUCUUCACACAUUUUGACUACUUACCAUGGGAGGGUGCAAGGACACCACUGGGCAGUAGUGGCUUUGGUGCUUGGAGUGUUCCUUUUUUUUUUUUACACUUGUGUGGAAUCUAAUGUUUAACCCCUUAAGGACCAAACUUCUGGAAUAAAAAGGAAUCAUGACAUGUCACACAUGUCAUGUGUCCUUAAGGGGUUAAAAAAAUAAAAUCUAAAUUAAAAUUUUUUUUAUUUUGUCCCUAUUUGAUUUUCUUUUUCUUGGUUAUGGUAUUUUGGUUUCAAACCUAAUUCUGACAAUUUGCAAUGCGUUGAAAAGGGAAGUUAUUACCAAAAUGUGCAACUUUAUUUUAAUAUUUAUAUGGCACCAACACAAAGUAGUUUUUUGUUGUCUGCUGUUACAGCAUUAGCUGUCUCAAAUAUUUAAUUCUGCAUGAUCUUUCAUUUUGAUUUACAAGCGUUUUUGUUUUAACUUUGAGAUGAUGUAGAAACUGAACAUGGUGGGAGUGGGAAGGAGUUAUAAAAUCGUAUAUAUAAACCAUGUUUAUUUGGGCCGAGAAAAUCAAAUCAUUAUGCAUAUGGUAAAACAGAAAGCAACAUUUCUAAUCCUGGUAGUAAAAAGAUAAACCCCUGUAAUAACUGCUAGUCAAGUCAGUGUAUUUUCAAGCCAUGCUGUAAUAGGUACACUGCUUAUGACCUGGUCCAUGUUCAGUGAUCUUUCAUGUCAGGGUAAAUCAUAGGAGUAGUUCUGGUCUGUGAAAUUCUUGGUAUUUUUAAAUUUAUUUUUCUUUAUAUAUUUAUAUUCUUAAAAAUGUGCAAUGUGUAAAAGUACAAAUUCUAUUUUAAGAAAUAACUUGGGAGCUAAUUGUAAAAUCUAGUUCUCACCUUGGUUUUGCACUUUUCUAAAUUGUAUUCAUAUUUGUCACUUUCUGCAUCAAACUGAGAUUUCGAAUAUAGCUCAUGUAUGUGCUAAGAAAACCAAAUUCAUUAUUCCAAAUGUUUCAUAUUUUAGCAGCAAAUAAAAUGUCAAAAUUAAAUUAACUGUUAUUCCUAAAUAUACUGCUGUACCUUUCUUUGGACAGUUUAUGAACUUAGUAGCAGGUGGCUGACAGUGUUCAGUCGUCUGUGGAGCACAACAACGCUUUAUUUACUGAAAUGAUCCUAGCAUUGAUGUCACUUGGAUUAGGCACUCCCCAUAAAAAAGUAAUAAAUCAAUGCCUUCUUAUGGGGAAAUAGCUGACUCUGGAUGUCCUCAUGUAGAGCACGAGGACGUCCAGGGUCGGUUACCAGACCAAAAGUCCGGUAACAUUCCCACAAGGCUGUCUUAGUGCUGCAAUGUAAACAUAAAGACAUGUUUUAUUUGUUGUAUUUAAUGGUGUCAAGAACACAACUGUUAAAGAUUUGACUGUUUUGGAGAAUGACAGAAAUGUCACGUUUUAAGGCGACUGUCAUUCCCCUUAGAUCUGUUCCAAUCCACCCUCUGCUGCUCAAUUUAUUUAUAUUUUUUUAUAAAUAUUUUUUUUAAACAAAGGUUUUUACAGUUAUACUUGAGAAAACAUAGGGUCUAGUUUUCCUUAUGUAUAACUUUAGAUUGACAAAGCUCCAUUGGAGGCCUUGGGUGUGCGAGUCAUUUGACGCACACACCCAAGGAAGGGCACAAUAUGGUCUUCCUGGCUGCUGCCAUCUUAGGAACACAGAUGGAGGAAGUGUUUGAGAAGACUCUGCAGGACCGACACAUCAUUGGAAAAGGUAAGUUGCAUUGGUCCUGGGACUUACAUUGUUUUUGGAGAGUGGAGCAGACUAUAGGGACCACUUCCCUAGGCUAAGGGUCUGAAAAAAAAUAACAUUGUGACAAACGUUUUAAACCAAAAUAUCCUGUGUUGGAUCAUUUGGCCUCUAAUAUUCUUUUCUCGUGUCCGUUCUUCAGAAUCCCUUGCUUUGUGAACUAGCGCUUUGUUUAGAUGUGAAACAAUACCCAAUAAGUACUUUUUAUUAACACAGUCGCUUUUGCGAUGGAUAUGUGUGGGUUUUAUUUUCUGAAAAUUUAUUCUGAGGCCCCCCCCCACUUACAGCUGAUUUUGUAAUGUCAUAGUUCCGGGAAAUGUAGAUUCAACUGUUUGUUUCCAGCAGCUGAACUGCAUCUCCCAGAAAUCCAUCAUGUAUCCAUAAUUUCCUAUAUGUAGAGGUUAAUGGGGAAAAGCUCAGCAGUCCUACAGAAAAAUUUAAAACAUGGGGAUUUGCAACAUAUACCAGCAAUUCUACUAAAUGUAUAUUUUCCUGCCUCUAAUCAUUUAUAAUGCACGGUUUAUAAAAUCUAUUAAAAGGGUGCCUAAAAUGUCCUGUCACAAGCUGCCUAAUUAUACUAUUAUUAGCAUUACUUAUUCUAGAGCCGUUUGUGGUCUUAUAUUGCUUUUCAUAUCCAUGUUUCAUUCCUUUUAACCUAAUGUAUCCACACACCCUUAACAACCCAGGUCAACCACUCAUUGUUUCCCCUUACUUUAACCUGGCAUGUACUGUUAACUUCAGUAUAAUGUCUCCAAAGUAUCUCUUAAAUGUGAUCUUUUGCGAGUCUGUACAGUAACUUCAUUACAAAAUGCAGACACGCGUCUUUUAUUGAAUCAAAGACUUUUGUCUGGGGAAAUAAGCCAGCAUAGUCUCCUCCAAACAAAAUAAUGCCUUGAUGUUUUUAAGAUCGUCUGGCUGCUUUUGUAUAAAUGUUUCUUUUUGUUCAAUUUUUAAGAAUUUCCCCCAAAAAAAAACAUGAACGAACAAGAGUUCUUUGAUACAAUUUUUUCUAACUGACGGCAAGCUCUGUCACUUUUCAAAUUUUGGUUUCCAGUUGUAUGAAUCGUGUGUCGCUGGACCGGUUUGUUACAUACUGUUUUUGUAGAAUUUAUUAUUUUUUUUCCACCGUACUCGGUCUAUUUAAUGGGAAUGAUCAUCAAAAUAUUUCUUUACCUUUGUGGCAGUAAUAAUUACAAAUGGUUGGUGUAAGUUAGUCAUAUGUAACUGGUGUUUCUCCACCUUCUGUGGAAGUACAAUGCCCAAGUUUCACUGUUAGUCUUAACGUUUUUCCUGCAGUUGAUGGAUGUUUUAAUCAACCCAACAGAGAGCUGCUUUUUGUCAUUGUGGUGUUUGGAGUGAUUGUAAUAAUUUUAGACAAUGUAAAUAUAGCCUUUUGUGAGCUUUUGUGACAUGUUUGCCUUUGGUUAUUGAAUGUGUUACUAUAACCUCUAUUCCACAAUUUGUUGGACUACAACUUCGAUAUCCUCCUUUCCAAGGCUCGCAGAGAAAUAUGGGUGUUGUAGUUCAAUAGCAAGGUGCAGAAUGCUUUUUUAAAGCUUGAGAUGUUUUUUAAAUUUGUUGAAUACGUUUGUGUGGGUUGUUUUUUCCUUUGUGUAUUAGAUAUUUAUGGCUAUAUAAUAUUUGCAGCUUAGGUGAUAGCUUCCCUUUUCUAUUUUGCAAAUAAAUUUACUUUUGCGGGAAGAAAGCACAUAUAAAGGGAAGGCAUUAAAAAAAGUUAUAUGAUAAUAAAAAUAAAUUGACACAAACCUCUGACGUUUGUGGCUGUUACCUGUUGCAAGCCAGUUGUUACCUUCUGACCCAAAGUCUCUGUCUUGCUGCCGCAGCACACGCCAGUGAGGAAACUGUAACAUUUCGACGUGAACGCAGCACAUUUAGGCGCCAGGCUGUAAGGCGCCGGCACAAUGCAGGGAGUAACCCCACUCCUCCCGCAUCGCUCAUCGGAUCACCCCUCAGGUACGGUAUUUCAGUAUCAAUUACUGCAUGUAGCACAAUUCUAAUCACUCGCCUUUGCUAGCUUCAUUCCGCCUCACCCUGCAAGUGCUUCCUAAUCUGGACACCAUGUCUUUCAUCGCACCUCUUUCCUCGCUCCUAUACUUGCUGUUUCUGCAUGAUUCUCUGGGAACGCACAACGCAUGUGUGUUUAUUUUUUAUUCACCUAUAAAACUUUGUAUUUUUUCUUCUUUUUGUCAACCCUGUCCUCCCCUCAGUAAAAUUCUUUGUCUUUUUUGUUUUAAUUUUUAUUCAUUUUCAACUUAUUGAGAAAAUAUAACAUUUUGAUUUCUCUCAUGAGCUUUUCUUUCUGGGAGCAUUACGAUAUGUUACUUGAUUUCUGUAGUAUUAUGACUUAAUGGCUAAACUUGGCAUAUAAUUAUACAUUACAUGCAAUGAGAUUGGAAGGGGGUGUUUGGAAGGAGAGCGGGUAUAAGUUGUGGAAAUUAGUCAACAUUCUAAUUUUUGCAUUUUAUAGGAAGGAAAAGCAAACCAGGUUAAAUAAUUCCUAAUUAGCCACAGCCUGAAACUACAAAAAAUUACGUAACUAGAAGCAAUUUUUCACACACAGUGUCCUGUAGUAAAGGGCCUGCUCAUUGGCUGAGCUCUUAGCCAAUGGGUCCCACAGCACCAGGCUAGCGAAGUGCAGAGGGCUGCUAGCUACCCAAGAGGACGUCAGUGGCACUCGUUGGACCCCAGGUAAGUUAUCAAACCAUUUGGACACUGCUUUGCCUGCAAGAGCACCAAGGCAGUCUGGCAUAAGAGCCACAGCAUCACACUGGUUAUGGUGAUUAGAGUGUUCCUUUAAAGGGACAGUGAAGCACUUUAGCAGAAUAAAGUUCUAGUGCCUAGCCCAUUGCAUUGAUUUUUGCUAGUACUAAUAUACAUUCAGUAACAAUGUGUAUAACUCACCUCUUUAUGAACAUAUGGGCAACAACCUGCCCUAUAGGAGGCUUAAGAGUUCCAAAUCUUUUCAUAUGGUGUAUGUGGAAGUAUGCUUGUCUGGGCUGCACAAGCUAAACUUUAGUAUUUCAUAAACUGUUAGCCUUUUAAAUUGGCAUAUUGGCUGCCUUCAAGAUCAGAUAUGUGAUAUAACCAUACUUUUCAGGACGUAAACAGGCUUUGCUGUUAAUUUAGCAAAUCUGGAAUUAUUUUGUUAAUACUAAUAGCUAUAUUAUUUUUACCCCUGUAUAAUAAUAAUCUGAAUAAGAAUAGUUCACGGUUUUUCCCUUUCCAUUGUACCCGAAAUCUUAACGAAUACUGCUGAUUUUAUCUGAUGGAUUGAAGUUGCAAUGCCAACAAUGCAGACUUGUACAUUGGUUUGAGUAAGCAUGAUUGCAUAAUAAUUGUAUUGUUGAUUUUGUCAGGCCGCCAUCAUUUUAAACAUUUAAAUAGAUAUAAUUAGGCUGCCUGUUACUGAUUGACUGCCUGCACCAAUCCUUAUUUGAAGUCCAAGCAUUAAUAAUUAGUUCUAUUUAGAGUAUUCUGUAACCUGUGUGAAAACCUAUCCUUAAUUGGUUGUACAAUUGCCAUGUUUUCUCCAGCAAAGAGAAUAUAUAACAGAAGCAAAUGUAAGCACCCAGUAUGGCAACUUUCUACUACAUGCCAUCAGAAAUCCAGAGCAAUAACCGCACAUUUUACAUUUGUUUGUAGUUUUUUGUUUUUUUAAUCAAUUUGAAGAUUUUACUGUUAUUUAGUUAAAUAGGCAUGGUUCAUGCCAUCUAAAAUUUGGUUUGAUCCUCUACUGAUAAAAACAAUACAUGCGCUCAGUAAUUUAGUCUAUAUUUAAAACCAUAGGGCUGUGCUGUUAGGAGCCGUGUUGUUUGUGGACAAAGUGACAGUAUGCCACUGACAACUUUGGGGUAUAUUUAGGGUAUAACCUUGUUUACAGACCGCAUCAUUAAGAUUUUUGCACAAAUAGAUCACUACGAGCAAUUACCUCUUCAGCACUGCACACCUGUCACAUUGGUGCAUAUAGCACUACUUAAGGUGUGUUUGUGUAGACACGUUUAUAGGGUAUUUUCUGAGGAUGACAGAUGCAUUAUGGGGAACCCACAAUGCUCAAUUGUUUUUCUUUUACCUCUCCUUUAUUCACCCUGAUUAGUGCUACAGUAGUGCCUCCGUGGGAGUGAUAGUUGAGCUUUAAGGUGAACCUGUCACGACAGAUAUAGGUUUUUCUAUCCAUCUGGCUAAGCUCCUGUUAGAAAAUGUUUCUUCCCUUAGUACUGUUAAAAGCUUAUAUUUUAAUUUAUUCCCAUUACCCACUUCUCCUGCUGAGAGCAUCAAUCAGCUUUUCAGUGGGUGUUACACUUGCUGUAAGACACAUAUGAUAUACGUACCCCUGUUUGGGAAGCACAGACUUGCUACCAAUAAGAGAUUAAAAGUUUCCAACACUUUGUUGACUUAGUGUAAGUAAAAUUUCUCUGAUUUCUGUUCUCGCUCUGUUUUCAGAGUGGCUGUCCAAACUGGCUGCAAUAAAUCAUUCUGGAUGUUUCUCUCCUUUCUCCAUGACCCUCUCACACAGAACCCGCCCCUACUCCCUACUCCCUACUUGCAGACAUUGCUUUCCCUUAAUUUAAAAGGCCCCCUUGAGGAGAAAGCGUAACACAUCACUCUAACGGUGACUCUCAGCAUGUCCGUGAUUAAGUGCUUAAAAUAGUUUUAAAUUAACCGCUCUCCCACAUGUCUGGGAAUACCCCCUUACUCACACUUAAAAAAUAAACUACAUACAAAAGUGGAGCGCUAAAGUGACAGACUUGCAUUUGUCACCCAUGUUACAAGGGUAAGUGGGACAAAUUGCAUGUCGAUGUCACUUUAGUGCUCCACUUUUGUUUAUAGGUAUUUCACUUAUAGUAAGUUUGUAUUGCUUCCAUUUAGACUAAAUUCAAGCAGGAGACACGUCCGGAGGAGGUUUUCUCUGAUAAGGCUUGCAGAGCACAGCUGCCCUCUCACUAGGCUCAUCGGCACAGACUGAACUGAUUUAGCAGAGUGGGAAAGAUAUUCGAAAAAUCUAGACAUUUGCUAGCAAUUCUGAUAGCACAAUGUACAGAUGAAAUUUGAUUCUCUAUCACUUAAGAUUAAUUUGCAUUUGUUAUGACAGGAGCCCUUUAAAGAAUCUUGUUGAAAAUCUCCUCUAGCAACGAGAAUGCAGGCUAGAAAUAGGGUGUGAGUGUAAAAAAAAAAAGACAAAAAAAACAACAAAUGCACUAAUACUACCCACCACGGCAGAGCUAGAAAAACUGCUCACUAUUGUUGGGUGAUAUAAAUUCCACAUCCCUGUAUGGAAAUACUUUAGUGUUGUUCAAUUGCGGUCUGCCCUUAUAGGAUUAAAAUAUACAGUAUGCUUACCUUAUCUCUGCUCUUGGUGUCCUUGUAUAUAUUAAUUUUGUUUAACUUAAAAAGAGGCUAUUGAGCUUAGUUUGGGGGGGAAAAAAUUGAUUUCUAGCUUUUUUCAGUGUAUGUAUUGUCCCAAGAAAAGAGGAUUAAAGGGGCACUAUAAGCACCAAAACAACUUUAGCUUACUGGAAUUGUUUUGGUAUAUAGAUCAUUCCCCUGCAGUCCAACUACUCCGUUCUUUCAGUUAGGAGUUAAAUGACUUUGUAUUUACAGCCAUAGUGACACCUCCUGUGCAUGUGACCUACAGUCUCCCUACACACCUUCUUUUAAAGAGAGAUCUAAUUUAAACUUUCAGUCUCUUUAAUUUUGAAUGUCUUAUCUCCUGCUCUUUUGGCCUCCAGGACCCUCCUGUAUGUGAUUAAAACUCAAUUAACAGCGGGAGAUACACAUUUCUAAAGUAAACACACUAUGCUGUUACAACUGAUUGAAAAUUAAACAAUUUUUUUUCCAUGUAGGCUGUGAGAGUCACAGCCAGGGGAGGUGUGGCUAAAGCUGCAUAAACAAAAAUACUGAUUUAAUUCCAGUGAACGUGGCAAUAAGACUGCAGGGGCAUAAUCUACACACUAAAACUGUGUAAUUAAGCUAAAGUUGUUUUGGUGCUUAUAUUAACCCUUUAAAGUCUACUGAAAUGCAGGACAUUAAUAUUAGCCCGAAAUUGGGUAAACAGUGCAAUCAGACGCUCACCCUUGGCAUUUGACAUUGCCGUCAAUGAAAGGGCACUCUGUGCCGGCCCCUCAAUUUGUUUUUCAUAGCAUGUAAUGUAGAAUAUUCUAUUUCAAGUUGGAUUUUUUUCUUGGAUGUUUUAUGUGUACAUUUUUAUUUAUUUUCUUGCUUUCCUGUAAUGUCUCCCCAAUGACUGUUUCUUUGUAGCCUUCAAGAUGGUCACCAAGGCCAGCAGUCAUCAUCCCAGGUCAAAGUCCAGUCCUGUCCCCCUUCCCAAGUUGCAGUUCUCAGCGCUAGCGCCUCCUUGCUGGUGAGAAAUGGGAGUGUCCACUUAGAAGCAUCACAUGACAAUGCAUCUGCCGUAGGCAAUAGCAGUUUGCACGAUGAACUUGGUAUGCAGGCCUUAUAUAACCUUGGUGACAUGGAAGUUUUAAUGCAGCACAUUUUGGGUAAUAAUGCCGUUCACUUAUUUCUUUCAUUGCAGAAUCGUUUAUGAAUGUGGAGAUUGUCUGCUUGUUAACCUACAAUUCUGCACAUUUUAUUUUAAUGCAAUUUACUUUGUGGAUAAAGAAUUUUGUUUUUCAACAGCUACAUCAAUACAAGCAAUGGAACAUCCUCUUUUCUAUUAAUAACGUUGACUUUAUGUGUAUAUCCUCUCUAGAUAUAUACAUUUUUUUUUUCUUCCUUUUGCUAGUUCUAACUUUUUUUUUCUUCCAUUUGUAGGCAUUUGUUUGCAAUGUUCAGUCAUUUUAUAAUGAUGUACUUCUAAAGUUUUACACUUUUGUCUGUCGAUGUUCAACCUUAUUUCCUUCGUAGAUUUACAGUUUUGAUAACCUGUUUUAUUUUUGUUCAUCCACAGGUAGUUAAAGUACUACUUUAGCAUUUUAUAUUCAAAUUAAUACACUACCUAUAGUAUCCUCAAAAAUAGUAAUUUAACUUUCCAAAUACUAACGUCAUCCUGCUGUAUUUGUUGGUGCCAUAUAAAUAAGCAUUUGUUUUUAUAUGUAUAGAUUUCGUUUAUUUUUAUGUUGGGCAGUGUUGGCAAAUGGUUGAAAUUUUGAUAUUGUCAUGUAAACUUUUCAAAAUAAUGUGUACGUUAACACUUUAAAGGGACACCGUAGGCACUGUAUCUGCUUCAUCUCAAUAAACUGGUUAUAGUGUCUGGAGUCAUCUGGUACCAUCAUUUCUUUCAGCAUUAAACAGUUUUUAAAGUUUUAAUGUUUUAAUGCUAAACAAGAGUCCCCAGCAAUCCAUCCCUUCUGUGCUGCUUUGGCUAAUAAGGAAGUAUUGGCCUGAGCAGCAAUAGGCAGCUGUGAUUGGCUGAGUGUGUCAGCUGACUGCUUUUAGCCUGUCAGAGUUCCAACUGACGGUAUGAAUGGGUAUGACAACAAGGAAGUGUGUACUCUCUGCCUUAGCUACACAUACUGAAGGGGCCGGACUGUGGGUGACCAGGGACUCUUAUUUUGUGGCAUACUGCACAAACAUGGUGCAACACUGAAUGGAGGGACAGUGCCAGGGCACUCCAGGCACUAUAACCAAUUCAAAGAGACAAAGUGGUUAUAGUGAGUACAGUGUCCCUUUAAGAUUCAGAAGGCAUUGUAUUGGUAAAUAUUUAUUCAAGUAAAUGUUUUCAAAAAAUUUAUGUACAAGAUAAUGCUACAGGGAUAUCAAGCACAAAAUGGGAGUCAUAAUUGAAGUUGUACAUUUAUGCAAUGGCUUAAAGGUCAGAUACCCCAUUGUUUUUAAUAAUGUUACAUUCUAUGUAUAUCCAUUCUAACUGUGGCAACGUAUCAGAAUCAAGUAGAUAUGUGUUCUGUGUGGAGUUUACACACAUGCUAUAUUUGAGUUUUUAUAAUUGGUGCAGAAUUCCAUUGCACAGAAGGGUUUAUAUCCGGAAACUCAUAUUUGCAUAAUGAAUACCAUUCUCCUGUGGACUCAAAUUUUAGCUUAUGUUAAUAGAUUACUUCUUCCAGCCUUUUAAUUCCUUCUAGUUGUUUUAUUUAUUUAUUUUCUUUAUGCAGACUUGUUUUUGUAAACCCCAAAAUAAAAUCAACUUAAUAUAUUGAUGUGUUCUACAGGCAUGUUAUUGUCCAAAAUGCACAAUGUAUUGUUUAAUAUGAAAGUAAAAUAUGCAGUUCCAGUCAUCUGUAACAAGUAUUUUGUACUUUUUGAUUUUCCUCCCUCUCCAGGUAAAUUCACCCCAUCUCUGUAUGAAACUGGUGGCUGUGACAUGUCACUGGUGAACUUCGAGCCUGCAGCAAGAAGGACAUCUAAUAAUCUCUGGUUGGUUUACAUUUUGAUUUCAUGCAUAUUUCAUGAUAUUGAGGAUUUAUAUUGCUUUGCACUUUUUGAUUGUCUUCCUAUGUGCCAAAAAAUUGUAUGGUUAGAUAGCACUGUGAGAAAUAAAGUUUAUGCACAAUAGCGGCUGUGGUGCAAAGCAUUAGACCACCAGCAAUUACUUGGUUCAUUCUGUUUCCCAUGGUGUACAACUUUACCUAAGAUUUGUUCUUUAUACAGCCCACAGUAUGGUUUCUACAAAAUGCGAAAGAUCAGCAUGUUGGAUGAUGAUAGGUCUAAAAUUGAGUAUGGGUGGUUGAGAAAAGGUUUUCAGGACGGGAAAAGGUCUGCACCAAGUUCCUUGAAUAAGCGUGUUCUAGUUGUGCAACCAGUGUACAGGUCCACAAUAUGUAGAAAUGAGAGCCUAGAGCUCUACAACCUCAAAAGUACAAGGUGAAUGAGAUGAAUGUGUGUGCUGUAACCUAUUAAGGGACAAAUAUCACCUGGCCAAAAGUUUAUAGUUUUCUCUCUGUAAAAUGCCUACUGUCACAUUGAAAUUGUUAAAAAUGGCAGCCCAGUCCUCCCUGUCCAUGGACCUAACUUGGUCUCCCAUUUAUUCCCAUAAGAAGGAUGGGCAGGGAAAAAGCCCUUCAAGUACUUUGGUAUAAAAGAUAUGAGGCCACAGUAUCUGGCUGUACGUCUGCAAACUACUUCAUUAGAUUAUGGGUAUCCGUAGGAAGCGUGUGGGAGAGAACAUAAUGGAAGAGUUGAUGGAAUCAAUGAUUUGUAAAUUCUCAUAAGUUUCCUUAAGAAACCAAACAAGGAAUUAACUUCUCUCCUAAGAGAAAAUCCAGAACCAAAAGGAGAAGCUUGUCUGCCCAGCAAUGAAACUGCUGAAGAGACUCUGCCGUCAAAGUCAGAGGAGUCCAAAACUGGUAACAUCCUACUACCAGAGUAGAACAUCUUAUCUCCGUAUUUACAGGAUAUCUAAAAUGCCAGAGAAUGGGAAAGUGUAGAAGCAAUUGCUUCAGAAAGAGUGAUUGUGGGGAAAGUGUGCCAAAUCCUGUCCAAGCACUUCCAAUAUGGAAAGUAUAAUGCAAGUGAGUGAACAUAGCCAGAUGAUCAGCUUUGUAGCAAGAAUAUGAAUGUGUGACUUGCAGAGCAAUGCAUGGUGUGAGAGCUCCAGAAGAGAAGAUUUUUUUUUUUUAUAAACCUAGCAGUUUCAGAGAAACUGCUAGGUUUAUAAAUGGGUUAAGCCUUCCCCCUAAUCCUCUAGUGGCUGUCUCAUUGACAGCCACUAGAGGCGCUUGCGUGCUUCUCACUGUGAUUUUCAGUGAGAGCACGCCAGCGUCCAUAGGAAAGCAUUGAGAAAGCUUUCCUAUGCGACCGGCUGAAUGCGUGCGCAGCUCUUGCCGCGCAUGUGCAUUCAGCCGACGGGGCGGAACGGAGGAGGAGAGAAGGAGAGCUCUCUGCCCAGCGCUGGAAAAAGGUAAGUUUUACCCCUUUCCCUCUUCCAGAGCUGGGCGGGAGGGGGACCCUGAGGGUGGGGGCACCCUCAGGGCACUAUAGUGCCAGGAAAACGAGUGUUUUCCUGGCACUAUAGUGGUCCUUUAAAGUAAACCUAAUUAAAAAAAAAAAAAGUGGUCUAUAAACGUAAAAAAAAAAAAAAGCUCUUUACAACUAAAUCUCCAGCCUAAUGUGUGGAAAGGUUUGUUAGGAAUGUUUUCUUUGCCUGAAAACCUCAUUGGUGAUCUCUCUAACAAGCCAUACUUUUCUAGAAGAGCAGCAAUGCUGUGCACUUAACACCUCAAUUAAAUAUGUGCAAAUUGAUUAACUUCAAAAUAUUUUUGAGGAUCCUCCCCACAAGAUAAAGUAUUGGCAGAGGUGCACAAGUACCAAUUUGCAAAAGUGGAGGGUGUGAUACAAUGGCUUUGUUCAAAAAUACAUUGUAGUCCCCAUUACAAAGACGCGGCUCAGACCAUUAUUCUUUUUGAAACCAACCUUUUUUUUUUUUUUUUUAUUGUGCUGGUUGUGUACAGGCGGCCCGCAUUGCCACGACAGCGGAUGCAAGCGUUCCAUUGUACAUAAUAUUACAUUCGUAUGGCAAACAAUUUUCAUGCACAUUUUGGUAUUAUUGCAAGCAUAAAUUAGUUAAGCUGCGUGCUGAUUGAAGAAAACAGGUUAUCUUAAACACGGCUAAAAGUGGUAUACAGACCAGUUUGUGUGUACUGGAGGCAGUGUGCCAUUAAGAUAAGAUGCAAGGCGUGCGGAGGAGCAUGCAGAACUACAAUAUAUAACAACCCUGCCUAUUCUCACAUAAGUAACCAUGUGGAGCACCUUAGGUUUGAAGGUUUUAAAAGCUAUAGAAAACAGUGGCUAAUCAACUCAGCUAAACUAUGCCGCCUGCCCGUCUUUGGAAGGUCAUCGGUAAAAUCAUGGGUUGUCACAGGGCAGUAAUCACUAUGAGCCUCUAGGGAUCAGCGAGUAUAGGACAUUAACAUUUGUGGUUAAAGCAAAGAGGUGAAACACCCCUAUUAAACUAUAACUUAGUGCUGGGAUCGAUGAUCAGGGUGGGGGGGAGAGAGAAAGGGGUACUUAUACCCCAGAGCCAGCAGGUGAGGAGGGUUUGGUGAGACAUGUCUUGAAGGACAUCUAUCUGCCUGCACAUUAUUAUUAUUAUUUUAUUUAUAUAGCGCCGUGCAUGCUUGUGUACAUAUUUAUCGAAGAAACAGUGCAACACAUUAAACAAUAACUUGGAUAAAGGCAAUUCUGCAGGCAUUGCGUGGUAGUGUAGGACAGUCAAGUUGUCUCGGUGGUGGCGUUGUUCCGUUGAGUAGCCGCGACAAAAGGGCGGGUAGUGGCCAGGUCCCAUGUCUGCGACUUUGACUUCGGCACUGGUGGUUGCGUCCCCGUCUCCACGGGGUGGGGGAGACCAAGUUGUUGAAGAAUGGAGCCCAUUUCGGAUAUGUCGGCAACUCUAAGAGUCUCAGUCUCAUUAGGUAUCAAAAGGCUUUGUGGUGGUCCCCAUCUGUAGGGUCUCCUAUGUUGCAUCAGCAUUGUGGUAAGUGGUCUCAUGGAUCUCCGCCAUGUCAUUGUGGCCCUGGAGAUGUCCGGGUAGAAUAAGGAAUGUCCCUCAAAUUGGUAAGCAGUGGUGUUGCGGCCCGCUGACCGGAAGGCCUGCCUGUCUGGUCCGUGCUGAAAGCGCACUAUUACAUCCCUGCUGGUUUGCUGGGAGUUCGCCUGCAGUUGUGGCAGCCUGUAGCACCCCUACAGCAGCAUGGCUUUGGCUUGUUUUGGCGCAAAUAAGCCGGAUAGCAGUCUUCGGAUGAGGUGGGGGAUUUCUGCGGUUGUAACACUCUCAGCCAAGCCCCUACGAUCUUCCAUUGCUGCUACUUGGUGCUGGGUUUGGAUCAGGUCAUUUUUGGUCUUAGUCAGCUCGCUCUCAAGGCUAUUAAGGCGGUCCUCGUGUGCUGCUGUGUUGAUUUCUGUGUCAUGUAGUCUCACUGACACCCUAUGAAUUUCCUCUUUGAAUGGAUGUCUUCCGCGAUAUGUCGGCAGAGAUCAUCCAAGAGGGCUUUCAGUCGGUCUUCAGUGACUGGAGGGUUGCUUUGUACCUGGGUUUUGCCUGCUCUCUGUCUCCACCAUCAGUUCCAGGUUGGAGAGUGAGUCUUCGCUGGAUGAUCUGGACGGUGCGUCAGAGAGCAGCACCAUGACAGGUCUCAGGGAUGCUUGCGGCCUCCACAAAAGUGCGCCGAUAUCGGCGGUGUUGGGGUGUUUUUCCGUCCGGUAUUUUUUGCUUUUGCGCCCCCUCGUCUUACGAAGUUGGUAGGGCUGGUGUGGUAGGGGAAAUUGGGCAGGAACAACUUGUUUUUCCCCGGUGUGAACGGAGCUCCCGAGAGACACGUCCGUUCUGUGCGGCUGCUGGCUCCGCCCCCCCGAAACCAACCUUUUAACCCCUUAAGGACCAAACUUCUGGAAUAAAAGGGAAUCAUGACAUGUCACACAUGUCAUGUGUCCUUAAGGGGUUAAACACAAUAGCUUUAACUUAUUGCACCUUUCUUGCACCCUUUUGCUUAGUUUUUCUAACUGAUAAACUUGGAAAGCCCAUAGGUCUGUUUUAAAGCCCACUCAAACAUUUAGAAAUUACUCUUUCUAGCUGCCAAUCAUGGUGGAAUGAGAAGGACUUGGAUGUGCAAUCUCCAGUUAUGAGGGCUUUCAAGUCCCAGACCGGGUUCUUGGUAAUUGGCGCAGGGUGUGCAUGGAGAGCGGAAACUACAAGUCUCAUGUUAAUAUACCUAGCAAUUCAUUGGUAUGCAAGUGGACAAUUUUAACUCUGUCCGGGCUUGUGGCAGGUUAUCAGAUUAAUUUACAGCUACCAAGAGUCUCCAGUUUUAAUUUUUAUUAUUUUAUCGUUUACAGCCAAAAGACCAAUGCACUGGACAGACAUGUCACACAACACAUUUAACAAAUGUCUCCUAUAUGGAAUAGAAUGUAAGAUAAUUUUGAAAUGAUGAAGUUAAUAUUUUACUUUUUUUUUUUUCUUUCUGCAGUGACACAGAUUCCCACGUAUCAAGUUCUACCUCAGUUCGAUUCUACCCACAUGAUCUAGUAAGACUUAUUUUUCUAGUUUUUCUAAGUUAACCAUCCUUGUCUCCCAUCAGUGAAUGGAAACUUUUUAUUUUAAAUAAGAGAACGCAGUGUUUACAUUGGAGGGUUAAGUCCACCUUCAGUGGCUGUCAUACCGACUAAGUAAAACUCUCUUGUGACUCUGAAGUCUGCUUCAAUGCGUUCCUAUUGAGAAGUUUAAAUGUGCAGCUAAAUAGAGCAAGUCUCUAAGCACCUGCUAAAUGCUGCAAAGAUUGUGAUCCCUGUCUACCAAAGGCAAGAAACUGCUCCCACUAUGCAGCAACGGAGGAAAUACAUUGCAUACGGGGGGGGGAGGUUGUUGGUGCCUCCGGAGAGUGUGAGCUGCUACGCUAUCCCCUUGCUCCCUCUUCUUGCUUUUAUUCCCACGUCUCUUCCUUCACCCAUUCCCAACAUUGUCAGACAGGCUAGCCGCCUUUGCAUUGCUACAUGCUGUCCCCCAAUCCUUAUGGCUUGCCAUAGGUUCAAUACCAACUGUAUAAUUUGAAAGUGGAUAUGACACUUGGAUGGAUAUCUUUAAAGUUUUAGACACUUUUGUUUUUACAUGUCAACUAUUCUUUUUACCUGAAAAACAAUGGUGUUCUCGUUGCUGGCUAAAAAUUCAACAGCCUCACAGUUUAAGGUUAUGUUAAACUGUAUAAUUACCUGUUAUGGCCACUUGGUCAGGCACCUGUCAGUUGAUUCUCUUAGUGGAGUUAGCAGCUAAAUGUAUCUUUUUAUUCCAAGUUAGAUGAGAAGUGUUGUCGACUACUUUUUAUUCUUGAAGAUAAGAUUUCAUGAUUGUGUUUGUGUUCUGUAGUGCAUACAUAUCAGUUAAUGGCUCUGUUAAUCUCCUUACUUGCUCUUUCUCCAUGGAAUUAAUCACCUUUGAAGUUGUCUUUGGCCAGAAGCACAGCUUGUGUAGGUAAAGAUCAUGUGUACUUUGGUGAAUCUGCAUCAGAGGGCAUGACUUCAGCACAUUACCUUACUUAUGGUUUACUUAUGUUGUGUGGUAAAUUGUAGCAAAGCACUUGCUCCAUGCAGGAGGUAUUUUUAAGACUGAUGUUCUGAAAAGAGAUAUUUACUUUUUACACGUGUGUGUGUGUUAAACUGGGAUUUACUUGUUAAUCAAGUGGCUUUUAUUUUUAGUGAACAUUUUUCUUUCAGUUGAUUUUUGCUUUGAGAACCAGAAGUGUAUCCUAGAAUGUAUCCUUUUGUGUGAAAAAUUAGAUGAUUUUGAAAUGUACCGCAUGAAAUGUCUUCUCACCCUCUGAUAGCUCUCUCUUCCCCAGAUCCGAUUAAAUAGGCUGCUGACCAUUGACACCGACCUUUUAGAGCAGCAGGAUAUUGACUUGAGCCCUGACUUCCAGGACCAGAUGCAGCCACAGGAGCAGGCUGCUCACAAAGUAAAACACUACUAUCGUUUCUGGAUUCUGCCCCAACUCUGGGUCGGCAUCAACUUCGACAGGCUUACACUAUUGGCCUUGUUUGAUAGGUAAGGACCACGAAAACUAUGCAGGAUUUCCUGUCUUUGUCGACCAUUUUAUUAGUAUUGGGUUGCCAGCUGUGAGAAUAUCCACAUAUGUCUUGAAGGCAGGAGUUGUGUUCUCAGAUGAGUAAGCCUGUUUCUGCAGGGCCUGAUUCACCUCUCUUCUCUUUAAAUACGGUUUGAAUGUCAAUAACUUGUUGGCAAAUGUGCCCAUUCUGUAAUUGUAAAGUGCUGAGGAAAAUGUUGGCGUUGUAUAGAAUAAGUGUAGUUUUGCCCUCAGCUAAUGUCUCAUCGUUGCCCAUGUCAAAUUAAACUUUUACUGCAUAGAUUUAACUCUCUCCCUACCUUGUCUUGAGAUAGAGAAAGAAUUGCUGAGAGUUGAAUCAUUAAAGAGACACUUAAGUUUUUUGAAACUAAAGACCUAUAAGAAUAGUAUUCCACUACGCUUACCAGAAGACAUUGCAGACCAAAAUUUCCCCUGAAAGAGCUAUCAGUUUGGCCGUAGUUAUCUGGGUCAUAAGAAAGAUUCUUCGUGUCUGUUACAAUGGCUAUUUUUUUCAAUUAUUUCCAUAUUUAGUGAUGUAUUGUCCUUUCAUGCAUUUGGUGUGUCACAUUGUUGCUUUGCUAUUCAUUUUAAGUAUAUUUUGUUAUUCCUUAAAAACCUUAUUCAAAUUCCUUAUUCCUUAUUCAAAUGUAUGUAUAAAUACUUAAUGUUUAUCCUUGGAAUUACAGGAUCUGUGGAUGUAUUUUAUUUCUCCUAGACUGUUUACUGUGAUAAAUGUACACGUUUAUUACACAAUCUGUACUUGGGUUAAUUUUCACAAUAACUGGAAAGCUACUGCCAUUUAUAGAUUGCCUAUCAUUGUCUAAACGUUUAUGUCCUAGUGCAUGCAUUUCUGAGUAUAGAAACCAGCAGCUUAUAUGAUAAGGCUUGCACAACCAUGUAUCCAGCAUAGGAAUUCUUCAUAAUCACGAUCAUUUUAUUUAAUCAAAUUAUGCUCUCUAGCAUUUUGAUGUCCGACUAUAUUUUUGUGUAAUACGUAAUGUUCUCUUUUGUAAAAUCCAUUGACAAGCAUUCGUUUAGGUUGCAAGCCUAGAUAAAUACUAGCCACAUGAUGUAUCUCUGCAUUGAAAUGUUGCAUUGAUUUGGCUGCCAGUGAGCCUUGAUUACAUAUCAUCCAGUUUUAACAACUCUUUCACCCUUCUACAGGAACAGAGAAGUCCUUGAAAAUGUACUGUCUGUCAUCCUUGCUAUCUUGGUUGCCUUUCUGGGCUCUGUUCUUCUCAUAGAAGGCUUUUUCAAAGAUAUCUGGGUCUUCCAGUUUUGUCUUGUUAUUGCCAGCUGUCAAUACUCUCUCCUUAAGGUAAGCUUUGGUGUCCUGAAUAAUGUUAGUGGUCAUUUGUUUGCAAAGUAGUGAAUACCUGCCAACAGUUUUUAAUUUAACCAAACCGUCUCAAUCUGCCAUGUUCUGUUGCCCCCUCUCCCUCCCCUCCCCCCAAAACAAGAGAAAAAUAUUGGGAUGCUAGGACAUGUAUGUUGAAAAGUUCUCACAGCUGCUCAUGGCAAUACCAGAAUGUUUCUGGGCAAAUGUGAAUGUUUCACUGCUGGUCUUCAUAUUGACAGCACUGGUUGACCACCGUGCUUGGAACUUUUUUUUUUUUAUAAAGCAAAAUUAUGUGGAUAGGGAGGGUGGCUCAGAGAAAAAUGCUUCCCCUUGCCAUCUCUGCCUGCCAUUGAGAUGCUCAAUACCUACGUUGCCAAAGUGCAGUGUGCGCUAACUGAGGUAUUUUAAUGACAGGGUUCCGGGCUCUCAAAAUUGUUGAGUAUAACAAAAGUGACGGUUUCUCUCUUUAUUUUUUAAUCAAUGUGUUUCUUAACUGUUAAAUAUCAAAUUCUUAUGAGACCUAUUUGUAACAUUCUUUCAGCGAUGGUUUUACAGCAAACAUUUACAAAUUUGUUAACUUUACUUUUCAGAGUGUUCAACCAGAUUCUUCUUCCCCUAGACAUGUAAGUGAUUGGUAUCUUCUUGUGUGGUACAUAGCCAAUUGUCUAAAAAGAUUGUUCGCCAUUAUUUUAAUGUUGCUUAACUAUUCAGCUAAAACUUCCAGGUGUCUCCAAGGAAAUUUAACUUUUCUUUCAUUUUUUGUGCAGUAAAAUGUGUAUUUUACCUAUUUGUUUUAAACCUUUAUUUUCUAGUUGACAAAACUUGUGUUCUAUCUGUCAAAGCAUACAAUAUUUAAUGACUGCAAUAACGCCAUAUUUAUGAUUAUUUUUGACUCUUCCAAAGAAUCAGGUACAUAGUCCAGUAUAUUAAAGUAUACCUUACAUUGUGAUGUGAUGUCUAUCUGUAUAUUUCUUGUGUUCUAAUCCAAAUCUACCUUAUUUGCUUCUAUCCACGCACACUUGUGAGCUGAGAAAAAAUAAUGAAUUUUUAAAAAAAAGUAUAUCGUGCGUCUAUCCACUUAAACUAUGAAUUGUUGAUCUGACUGUGGGUUCCACAUUUAUAAACCUUUACGGUUCUAAAAUCUGGAAAAGCAGAUUUGGAAAAUGUGUCCAGUUUGCCCUUAAAUUUCUAAAUUUAGUGUCCAUUCUGCCCAAUCCCAUGUUUAAUGAAUAUAUUGAAAAUGUGUGUUUUAUUAUUUUAGCCUGUUGAAUAAUUGCUGGAACUUUAGUCUGUUCUAUCCAGAAGUAAAUAGUACAUACUUUGACAUAUUUAAGUGCUGAUUUCUGUGUAGUGGCAUGGGCGUACUAAUGUUUUGUGAAGUCUUCUAGUGACAUCAGAUCUAUUUUAUUUUUAAUUUCAACCAUUUCCUUCUACUCAGGGCCAUAAUCGCAUCAUAGCCUAUAGUAGGCCUGUUUACUUCUGUGCCUGUUGUGGCCUUAUUUGGUUACUGGAUUAUGGAAGCAAAAACCUGUCUACCACCAAAUACAAAUUAUACGGAAUGGCCUUUACCAAUCCUCUGCUCCUCAUCUCAGCCAGGGAUUUAGUCAUUGGUGAGUGUCCCUGUCUUAAAUGCAUUUAAUCUGUAAAGAAAGUAACUUAAAAUGUGCUAGUUGCUUAUGUAGUUCUGUCUCUACCUGGAAGUAGUAGUCAUUAAGUUAGUUCAUUUUGGACAGGAAAGGCUAAUUAUGGGUGUCCUUUUUGGGUGGUGAGGGGGGGGUUUGGAAGGCUGAGUGGAUUAAAAAGUUUGUAGAAAAAUUUCACUAAAGAAGCAGCCUUAUCAGGAAGAGAAAUUACAAUCUAUAGAUCAGGUGGAAAAUUGUUACACAUAAUGUUGAUCAUUUUGAGUGAAUGUUGGAGGGAUAGGUAUCUUAACCCCUUAGAACCAAGAACUCUUUUCCUGUUAAAUACAAUCUUGUAACAUACAGAUGCAUUGUUGGUAGGAUUACAGUGAAAGCUAACUAAUACCAGUGUUUUCUUUGUGCUUCCUUUACCCAGUGUUCACACUCUGUUUCCCAGUCGUGUUUUUUAUUGGUCUUCUGCCUCAGGUGAACACGUUUGUCAUGUACCUGUGCGAACAAGUGGACAUACAUGUGUUUGGUGGGAAUGGUGAGUACAGAGCUUCAUGCUAUGUGGCCUUUCAGUACUGUCACGUUACAGAGGAAGUGAAAAUGUUAGCAAGAACUUAAGUGGGUUUGUUUUGUUUUGAUUUUUGACACUGUUGAGCAUGUAAUAAAGACAAUCUUUAUGAAAUACUCAUUUUGAAUGUGUGCAAUCAAGAUAUGACCGUCGGAAAACUUUUUUUUUGUCCUUUAUAUAUUUGAGUUAAUUUACUAAUUAAAUGUAAAUUAGUUAAUACACAUUAAAUGGACACUCCAAUGACCAAAUAAGUUGUACUCAGCAUUUAGUAGAUAUACCCCCAAUGAAAAUGUGCAUGCAUUUAUACAGAUUAAAUUGGGUGUAUAUCUCAAAGCAGUUUGAAAAGGCUGCUGAUCUUCUGUCUGCAGCCUUUGCAAGCACUCUUCUUUCACAUCAGACUUUCUGUGGUUGUCCUACACUGAAGUGUUUAUGGUCCUGGAAAUGCCCUGGAGCUUUUCCUGUGUAACUUACAAAAUCUUAUUGAUUUAAAACCUUAUCUGGCUUCCACAGGGCAAUGCUUACUGAAUUCUACUGCAAGAGAGCUAAGCAAGGCCCAGAAGGGCAGUGCUCAUUGGCUGGGAGUAUUAAGGGAGUUCUCUCAGCCUAAGAGCAGGACAAGGUAUCAGCAGUAUAAAACCACGUGACCUCUCCUGCAGUAAAGGCUAGAUGUGACCAGAGCAGCUAGGAGACCCAGGUAAUUUGUCAAACUGUUUUUAAAUGGUAUGACAAAUGACACAGACCGCACCAGGGCAAUCCUAAUUUAAAGCUUUUAUCCCUACAGUGACAUAAUGCCUUCAAAAUAUAUACUAUUGCUGCACAACCAGCCACUUGCCCAGAAAAAUAUAUUGUCUAUAUCUAUAGACCAUAAUGUUUCCAAAAUCUUAAGAAAACUAUUUUUUCUUUUUCUCUUUUCAGCCACCACCAGCUUGCUUGCUGCACUUUUCAGCUUUAUUCGUAGCAUCGUGGCUGUAGCUUUACUCUACGGACUGUGUUAUGGUGCGCUUAAGGUGAGUUGCCAACUAGAACAUGUGAUUAUAUGGGUAAUGGUGAUUCACAUAAGGAAAGGUUUUGUAACCACUCUAAUAUUUUUUUUUUUUUAAACAAUGUACAUUUUCUAUAAUGGUUUAUUCCUAAUCACUAUGACCACUUCAGUAAUUUAGGGUGGUCAUGGUGGUACUAGUCUAGAUCUGCAAUACUUCUGCUUAAAACGCUGCACGUUCCAUUAUAGUUGCAUCACCGCACACGAUUUUAUCAGCCCCCAAAUGUAAAUUCUAUUCAAAAUGUAUGUCCGUCAGAGAGUCCUGCACACUGGCAACAGACUUAACAAUUAUCUCUCUUGUUGGAAUCAUGUCAUUUACUAUACACAUUUUUAAAAUUGAUGUCAACAUGGUCCGUUUUUAGAUUUAUCGUCAUUACGUCAUAAAUCUGAUUUUUCAUAAAAUACACGACUACAAUAAAUUUAUCAAGAGAAAGCUUACACUUGUAAAACAAUAAGCUAGCAGAAAUCUGUUUUUUGAAAUGGUUUAUAUUUUUUCUGAUUUCAGUAAAGUAUAAAUGGUUGUCUUCUCUAAAAUCACAAUUAUUCAGCAUACCAGAGAAAUGUGUAUUGUUUUGCAGGAUCCUUGGGAUGCUCAACACAUACCUGUAUUAUUCUCAAUUUUCUGUGGUGUAUUAGUGGCACUGUCCUACCAUCUCAGCAGACAGAGCAGUGAUCCCUCUGUCCUCAUGUAAGUAAAAUAACAUGGACAACUAGAGGAAGUAUAUUGGAUUUUUGUGGGUUUUUUUUUUUUAAAGGGAAACUGAUUCAAUCUAUAUCUUACCUUCAAUUUCAGCUCACUGAUACAAUCAAAGAUUUUUCCUAACAAUGAAGAUAAAAAUCCAGAGGACCCGCUGUCAGAAGUGAAGGACCCUCUUCCCGAAAAACUCAAGAGUUCUGUUGUAAGUUUGAAAAUUCUCCUUGCAUUUUUCAACUGCUCUUCAAACUCUUCCUGUAAACACCCCCUCUUGCCACUUCUGGUGUCCUAUGUACUAGUUUUAAGGUGGAUUUGUUUUAAACACGUUUAAAACCUUUUGACCAUUUAUCUGCGGUUAUUUUGUGCAUGCCAUUAUCAUUGGAUUUAAAAUGUCUACCUUAGUGUUUUUCAUGAUUGUAUAUUAUUGUUACAGUACAACUUAGUUCAUAGUUGGGAAAACAAUGCAGGCUCAUUUUCCAAAGUAAUAAUAAUGUCUUCCCUAUCGGAGUUUUAAAGGGAAACUCCAAGAUCGUUUUGUACUGUGGUGACUACUGCAGAAUUUCUUGGAAAACGUUCUCAUGGAGUACUUGAAAUAAACUUAUGGUUUAUUUGCUGGUAAAUAAGGAAAAGUAGGAAAGGGGAAAAUGGUUUCUCAAUCUUCAGUUUCCUCUACCUCUGUAAACAUACCUUUUUGUGAAAGAAAGAUGCGUUUACUUGCUAAUUCCUUUCUGUAAAUUAUCAUUUGUUUAUAAUUUUUAAGCUCAGUGGCAAAUUAACAUCCAAUAAUUAUGCAUUUCUUUCCCACAGAAUGAACGCCUACAGUCAGACAUUGUGGUCUGCAUUGUUAUUGCAGUGUUGUAUUUUGCGAUCCAUGUGAGCACUGUGUUUACAGCAUUACAGGUAACUUUUUUUGUCUUUCUUCUGCACUUAUGGUUUUCAUUUAUCUUUUAAGAUCUACCCCAAGCACCAAAACCACUACAGCAUGCUUGGACUUCUUGCCUGGGGUUCAUCUGGUGCCACGUCCUGCCUCCACUACCUCAGCCAGAGAGAUUGAAGUUCCUGCUUACUAGUUUCUGUUAAAUCUCCUGAGCAGUGCAUAUCUAGCUCACUGGCAGAGUGCCGUGCAUAUCUAGCUCACUGGCAGAGUGCCGUGCAUAUCUAGCUCACUGGCAGAGUGCCGUGCAUAUCUAGCUCACUGGCCAAGUGCCGGUUGAACACUCAACCGGUGAACGUAGCUCAGCACCACCGGGCUUAGCUCACACAGAGAGCUCACACUUUUGGCAGUCUGUCUGAGGUAGUGGAGACAGGGGAAAGUUAUAACAGUUUGACUCCUUUCAGUGGACACUUCUGGCAGUAUAACCUCCACAGUGCACUGUAGUGGUUAUGGUGCUUUGUACUAGUGUUCCUUUUACUAGUUGGUACUUUUGUGUAGGCAGAUUUGUAGUAUUCUAGAACUACGUAUAUACUCAUGUAUUAAACAUUGCUUGUGUUUUUCAGCCUGUCCUGAGUUACGUACUAUAUGCACUAGUUGGUUCUGUUGGAUUUUUAACUCAUUAUGUUCUACCACAAGUACGUAAGCAGCUUCCGUGGCACUGCUUCUCUCAUCCGCUGCUAAAAACCAAGGAAUAUUACCAAUUUGAAGUCCGAAGUAAGUGGCCUGUUUACAGUGGAGCAAUGGUUUCCUAGUUCCAGUUGUUGGCAUUUAAAACUUUAUGCUGAUUUUAAUCUUUUAGGCCACCAUUGAUUGACAGAAUUAACCUUUUAUUAAUUCUAUUUAGAAUAUAUGUAUGUGUAAUACACACACAUUUUGACCUUUAUAUGUAGAUCUGCUGGAAUAUGCUGUAGAAUGUGAAAACAUCAAUUGCCAAAUAAGCUGGUGCUAUAUAAAUGCCACUAAUUAACCGAUGUUUAGACAGGCAGUUUGGCCUUCAUGAAGUCUUAUCGCCUUCACAGAGACUGUUCAGACUGUUAAAUCAUUAUAAGUGCACUUUUAUUGGUUUGUAGAUAUGAGCGGUUGUCUUUAGAUUCCAGGCUCUUGCAUCUUUGCUUGAAAUUAUGGUCCAUUAUCUGCUGCAAUUUCUUCAAUCCUAUAACAGUCUCCAUGUACACUGACAGUUUAGUAUUUGGACUACUCUUCCGUGGGUUACUUGCUCACUUUGACUUUUCUGGAAUGAUCCCGUUUAUGACAAACUCCAUUAUUUUGCCACUAUGGAUUCUGCUACAGCAUCUGCAAUGGCUUAGUUUAUUAUUACUGGUAUUUAUAUAGCGCCAGCAUAUUCCGUAGCGCUUUACAAUAUUAUCAAAGUGGGAGAUUUAAUAAGACAAUUACAAAAACUUACAGGAACAAUAGGUUGAAGAGGGCACUGCUCAAACGAGCUUACAGCCUAUCCUAUCUAAACCUUCUGUACAGAUAUUGACAUAUGUUAGUUUUUGUACACUGCACAGUGUAAAUACUUUUUUGAAAGGCUGAUGUAACUGCUGAUCUAUUUUAUUAAUGUGUGCUUUUAACAAAUGCAGCCACUUAAAAAAAAUCAAUAACUUUGUUUUAUUUUAUUCACAAGAUGCUGCUCACAUGAUGUGGUUUGAGAAGGCUCACGUCUGGCUGCUUUUUGUGGAAAAGAAUGUUAUUUAUCCAUUGAUAGUUCUCAACGAGCUUAGCAACGGUGCUAAAGAUAUAGCCAGUCCCAAAAAGCUGGACGUAGAGUAAGUCAUAUUAUCUAUUCGUUACGUUUUAGCAGUUUUACAAUUAAGAAAUGCUUAAUGUAGUAAUUGUCUAAGUACAUUUUGAUCAGUUCAGUUAUAUGUAAAAUGUUAUGAACCGUACUUAUUAACACUUUUAAUAAUUUCAAAACAUUCUAAAAUGUCACUUUCCAAAGUUACUGAAGUUAGUGUGAAUUUGAUUUUGUGUAAAACUAAAUUAGUCAACAUGUUUUUUUAUUUUAUUUUUUUAUAUAAAUGUAAUUGAAAUUAUGCGUAUGUUCAAGAUUUCUGAAAAUGUGAAUAAUUUCAAAAUGGGUUUUGUUAAAUCAAAAUUUUGUGUUGUGGAUAAGGAUCAACGUUUCGACCCGUAGGUCUUUAUUACAAUAUACAUUCCGGUAAAUAGUGUUUAUUAUAAGAAAUAAAAUAAUCACUUACCAAGUGCAAGUGUUACUACGGUGCUCAAACGCCGUGGUGGGAGUGGUUACACGAGCAGUAGGAUGUGACAGCAAUUACGUGGUGAUUCUAUGAGGAUCGCGUCCCGUUUCUAUGACGCUCGGAUGAUAAAAUAUGCAUUGAGUGCACAACAGUGCCUGUAUUAGGGACUAAUAAAAAUAGGAGGAGGUGUACAGUAAAGAUAAUAAAAAUGAACAUGUAGAUGAUAUAGGUCCGGUUUCAGUAUGGUAAAAAAAAUGUAAGACCAAAAUAGUAGAGCCCAAAUAAGAUUGAGAGGUGAAACAGUGACAGAGCAAAAUAACUAGAAAAAAAGUACCAUGAAUAGCCAUGAACUUCAAUGUAGGGAGCCGGUGUUGUGCUUCGAGGAAGUGCUUAGCCACCGGUUUAUCAGUUCUCCCGUCUCUGAAAGCAGUCAUGAUCCCUGAUCUGUGACCAUGUAUUCUGUCACGAAGGGUAAGAUCUGUAACAGUAUUAGUGUCUUUUAUAUUGGCCUGAUUGUUUCAUGUGCCUGAAAGUUCCUGGUGUUUUAUGCUUUUACUUUCUGCCAUCAACCAGAAUAAUAGAAAAUCACAAAUCCAAGGUGUAUAUAUAUGAAAUGUUCUCAUUUGACCAAUUCUCAUUUCCUAUUUAUAGGAUUGGUGCGUUAUUGAUCACUAUUGCUGGUAUGAAGCUGCUGAGAUCUUCUUACAGUAGCCCCACCUGCCAAUAUGCCACCGUCAUCUUCACAGUCUUGUUCUUCACAUUUGAUUACAAAGAGAGCUCCGAAAAACUGCUGCUAGAUCUCUUCGUUAUGUCUAUUCUCUUCAGCAAGGUAAUUGGUGUAAUAGCUCCUGGCAAAUAUCAAGUUCAUGGGAUUCCACUUCUCUCUCAAUGCACAGCAGUUGGGAUUGUUUUCGUCUAUGUUGUAUUUGAGGACACUGUUAAAGAAAACAAACACUCCAGUGACCAUAACAACUAAAGUUCAUAGAUGGAGAAAGACACAUGGUUAGCACACAUUGUGUAUGUAAUAUGAAACUGAAUGCAUGUAGGGACACUAGACUAUUUAAUAAUCAAACCAUUAUAAGGUUGCUAUAGUGCCAGGAAUACAAAACUGUUUUCUUGGCACUCUCUCUCCCCCUUUCCUCGUGCCCUCCCUCCCCAGUAAAUAGUGUAAUAAACUUUAUUUCCCUUAUCCCAGCGCUGACUUCCUGCGAUGAGCGGGCUUUAAUGGGUCUGGGUGGCAAAUGUCUCAUGCGCAUUAGAUCGCCCCAUAGGAAAGCAUUGAAUCUAUUCUGGUGCUGGAUGUCCCCAUGCCAAAGGUUUGUUGACCAGACCCUUUAGUAGCUGUCUGGUCAACAGCCACUGGAGGCAGACUUAGAGAUGCAAUGUAAACAUUGCAGUUUCUCUGGAACGCAAUGUUUAACAUUGCAGUACUAAGUGCAAAAGGGACACAGGACCCAGAUCACUUCAAUUAACUGAAGUGGUCUGGGUGCUUAUAGUGUCUCUUUAAAUAGCUCAGUGUGUUUUGUUCACAUAUCAGUAAUUGCCAGAAGCGGUAUUUCCUCACCGUGACUCAUUACAGAGGUGUGGAGUUCAAUGUUCCUUAUAUUUCAUAAUCCAUUUGGUAAAAUUAGUGGAGUGAAAAUGUGGGAAACCGAUGCACCAGACAAGAAGUACCAUAAUAUUCAAUGGAACAAUUUGUGCUGUUCGCUUUUACCUACGGUUAUCUAAUAAAUUCAUAUUAUAUUGUGGCAAUAUUGCGGGACUCAACCGAUUUACCUGCUAGCAUUAAUAAACAUAUCCAGGGUUAUUUAUUAAACUGACAAUUGCAGGAAAUGCGAAGUGACAUUCAAAUUGACGGCAAAAUGAGUUGAACUAAUACUUUUAAACAAUGUUCAAGCCGUUUAACAAGCAUCAAAAAAACUAAAUAUUUCAUAUAUAAUAAAAAAAUAUAUAUUUUCUCUACAUCCUGCUGUACUAAUUAUACAGGUUGGGAAAUGAAUGAUACUGCCUUGCUUCUUUGUAAUACUAGGCAAAUCAAUACAGAAACAUUGUAUAAUUAAUAAGCAUUUUUAUUUGUUUGUAAAGUAUUUACUAUUACUUAAUCUUGACCACAUAGUAUCACUUACAAUUUUUCUUUCCCAGCAUGAGACUGUAGUGUUAGCAAAACACUUAUUUGUUGUUUCUAUAACUGCCUAAAAUGAGUGAUUUGUUGUUUUCCCUCUGUUUAAUUUCAGCUUUGGGAAUUAUUUUACAAGCUACGGUUCGUCUACACCUAUAUAGCUCCUUGGCAGAUUACGUGGGGAUCAGCGUUCCAUGCCUUUGCCCAGCCUUUUGCUGUACCUCGUAUCCAUUACUACAAAGUGAAUGCUGAUUAUUUAAUGUAUGCUUGUUUACUGUCAUUGUACAUAUAAUACUGCUUCCUGGACAUAUUUAGUAAUUCUUUACCUAUUUUUGUCAAGUAGUUGGAUUUUUAAAGCUGAUUUGUCAAUACUUUGUUCCCUUACUUAAGUAAACACCGUUGUAGCAUUUACAGGGGUGAAUAAUGCAGCAAAGCUAAAUAAGAGCGUGCUUGACUUUGUGACUGCAUUUCUAUGUUCAAGGUUGCUUUGCUGCUUCAUGAAGGUUCAGGUGCGCUCUGGCAUGUGCAGAGAAAUGUUUUACAUAGAUAAACUUGCAGUUAUUAUUUAGCUCCAUAAAUGGCUUUAUUCUGUUAUCAAAGCUGCACAAACAUCACAACUACUGGGGGGAGAAGAGGGGAUUUGCAGACAAAUAAUUUCAUGCCGUUUUAUUUAAAUUUUUCCAUGGUACUCAAUGUCUGUGCAUAUUUUUAUUUUUUUGGUUCAUUGACAUAUUACAAUACAUAUGUGUGCAAUAAGUGGGUGAAAUUAUUUCAAGGAAAAAACACAUCUCCUUAAAUACAAUUAAGUAGAAAAAGGAAAAUUGUAUGGAGACCGAUCUAAAUUAAAUUAAAAAUAGAAUAGUGAUGUAGAGGUAUAAGUAAAAAGGAAUAUGAUAAAAUAACAAUAGGUAAGGCUUAACAAGGGGGUAGGAUAACUUCCUGAUAAUAUAAUUAGCAUGGGGUGGAGAGGACAGGAUCUGUGAGGCGUAAUUUCUCUAAACACUAGUUGUGAAGGGGUUUGGUGGAUUGGAAAAGCAUUAAGCACAUGUUGACUAUUCAAAUCAGAUAGCUGUUCUUAUAUGAUGUGCGUGUGAUUAAUUUUUUUUUUUUUUCUUAUUUGUGCAACAAUUUCCAUUGAUGUAGCCAUGAGACUCGCGGGUGUAACCUCACCCAAAGAGAUUAAACUCCAUCCAUGAAUAUUAUAGUGAAGGGGACAUCUGUAACUUGUUUCGGAAUGUUAUAAAACAGCUAGGGUAUCAGAAACAAUGCUCUUCAUGUCACUAAAUAGAUCACAUUGUGUACAGAUUAUUUUUGGAAUAUUUGCUCCCUUAACUCAUGCCUCUUAGAUUCUGCAAUGUUAUUUGUCCAGGCGAUCGUGUCUGCUUUAUUUUCCACUCCUUUAAACCCCUUUCUUGGAAGUGCAAUAUUCAUCACAUCAUACGUGCGGCCUGUCAAGUUCUGGGAGAGAGAUUACAAGUAAGUGCUGCAGAAUCUUUAGGCUGUUUAUUUGGUACUUUCCAUGGACAAGGUAAAACAAGAAGGUACUUUGUAUGUCAAAUCUUAUUUCUCUUAUUGGUUUAGCCGAUUUAUCACAGAAUGCAAAUUUAUUUGAGACAGGUGCUGUCACGUGCGUGGGCUAUAGGCCCAGCCGAGACAGUGGGGAGAGUGUGGAAGUGACAGGGUUAAUGACACCAGACGCCUGGUUACCUGUUGCUAGUCCCAGCAACCACUCAAUUAACCCCUGCAAUCCCUUCUACACUAACCCCCUUAAUACACUUUCUACUGCCACCACCAAGACUUUUAAACCCGGGCGUCUUAGGUUACCCCACACACAGGAGAAUUAUAGUAUCACAGUUCUACUUUUACUGAUAAAACAUAUAUAGUUAACCCUUUUUGGUAACGUGUUUACCUGAGCUUUCCUCUGGAGAGUGAAGCUCAUAGAGAACAGAGACACAAGCUGAUUAAGUAAACAUUUAAUCUGACAAAAAGGAUUCACAGUGCUGAGUACAAAAUACAGAAAUAAAUGACAUACAGAUAACAAACUGCAAAACAGUACAUAAAAUAGGAGAAAACACAAGAAAUUCCUUACAUAUAUUUACCCCAUAUAGAAUUCUUGUGGGAGUCUUAGAUGGUAUAGGUCUCCUAGAAGUUACUGACAAAAGAAAAAUGAAUAACUGACUUCCCUGGAUAGUCCAACUCCCUCAUAUAUCUAAACUAGUUGUUUCUCAGUGGGCAGACCCCUGGGGGGGAUCAGAGGGGGUUGGUCUGGCAGUCUAUUGCCCACUCUAUGCAAUUCCUUGUGUCCAGCUCUGGUGAUGGCUAUCUAGAUGUUUUAUGGUCUAGGCCUGGUGCAAGAUCAAAGACCACAAUAAAUGUCAUCCCAAGGUUUACAAAAAAACUCUUAACAUAUAUAAACACACAUCAAACACCAACUCAUGCUUUUGGCAUGACACCUCCCCCUUAAGAUGGUGGACAGAAAAAUGCAGCCACAGGCUGAUUUAUCUGUCUACCAUUAACCCUCUAGUUGCCGAGAUAGGCCAUCUGCAUUCCCAUGCAAGCUGCCCUUUUUGUGCCGGGCAGUGAAAUUAUACUGUUGGAGGAUAGGGCUCCAAUGGAGCAGUUUAUCAGUGUUACCUGUCACCUGCAGCAGGUUGUGAUCAGUCCAUACCACAGCUACAUCCUCAAACAUGCCUGAUUUGCCUGUUUCAAUUCCCCAUCGAUCUCUGGUAACAUCCCUUAAGCCACACCCACUGCGCUCAUGUAGUAGUUGUAAGGGGAAGAAACCAAUGGAUUUCUGCAGCACUCCCCAGUAAGCACACAAAAAAGCAGAGAACACUCCCAGGAUAGAUGUGCUGUAUCAACACCCAUCAUCUCUUUCAUUUUGCGGUCUGUCUGCUGGGCUUGUUGCACUAUCAGACUCUGAACCUUUGGUUCACAAUCAGAAAGUUGCUUAGGUGUAUGCGUGAGUUGUGAUAAACUGACAAGGUUCCUGGUUCCUCCAACAGUAUGUUUCCCUGCAGCCAUCCUUCCUGGACCCACAGGCUGAGUCUGUCCGUGCCCCUCGCUUUCACUCCAGGUCAUCACACAUACAGAACUUUGGAAACUGGCUAAGUCUGGCGCAGAGUAAAACUCACACACCCUCUGCCCUCCCUCAUAGCCUUGCUGUCCCUUCACAUUUUCACCCACCACAUCACAUACAUCUGCUUCAGGCACAUAUUGGCACAUAUAUUCAUUCAGCCCCCUCUCGCUGAAAGGCUUUUCCCAUACAUUUUCACAGGACACAUUUGACCCCCCUUCAUCAGAUACAGAAUUUUGCACACACUCACAUAAUUUCUUCUCCAAGGCAGGCCAUCCUCUCGCAAUCUCACAUAGCCCCUCAGACUCUGCAGCCGUGACCCACUGCUGACUUGUUACCACUGCUGACUUGUUACCCUGUCUCUCACCUUCCUCCUCUCCCUUACUCUCUGACAUCCCAGCCUCACAGUAUUUUGAUACAGGCACAUCACUACUCACCCCUAUCUCACAUUUGGUAGACAUCACUGGUUCAGUUACAGGUAGAUAUUUAUCCACACCCUGCUCUCCCUCCCAGCCAUCACACUUCACAACGUCUCCCAAAGUUUCACACAAUACCUUAGGUGGAGCAGUCAGCCCUUCUGGCUCACAAACUGUGUCCGCUGGAGCAUAGUGACAGAGCAUCCUGCCCAAAUCUUUCCCCAACAGAACAUUAACAGGGAUAUCCUCUGAAAUCCCCACUUCCCGCAAACCUUUGCCCGCACCCCAAUCAAGGUACACACGUGCCAAGGGCACAGCGGGGCAUACACCCCCAAUUCCUUUGAUGGACAUGGUUCUUCCAGGGAUUAUGUCCUCCGUUUUCACCACUUCAGGUCGCACCAGGGUGAAGGAAGCUCCUGAAUCUCUGUCCCAUGGUCACUCGGUCACCCACAAUUACACUCUGCAGGUUAUCCUCUCGUUUCCCCACGGACCCACCCACAAGCAAUACUGAUGGUGCCCCUUCACGGACCGGUGAGGGAAUAUUCCUAGUGGGGCAAGUCCUGCUCAGAUGACCAAUCUGGUUGCAUCGAAAACAACGGAGGGCAUCUGACUCACUUGACAUAGCCCCGGCUACGCUGGCAGUCGGCGGUGAAGUUCUCACUGCAGAUCUUACAGGUGGUGAUUGAACUGUAGCUUCUCUCCAGGUAGAAGUAGCAGCUGACACAAGUCCACGUCUGGAUGUUGGUGCAUGGAUGUCGGCAUAGUCAUCUGCCAGUUCUGCAGCAGCCCUAGCAUUUUUUGGCUUUCUUUCCAAAAUCCACUCUCGUACAUUAGGGCUCCGGGUCUGCAAGAACUGCUCCUGGACCAGUAAGUCAUUAAGGGCUUCAUAGGUAGUAGCUUGUACUCCUGUUACCCAUUGCCGGAACGUGGUUUCUAAUUGUGCAACAUAUAGAAUGCAGGUGGAUGAUGGACAUUGCUGCAUACUCCUAAACUUUUUCCUGUAAGACUCAGGAGUAAGGUUAAAAGUUUUUUGCAAUGCAGAUUUGAUUGCCUCAUAGUUAUCAGUCUCUGGGGGAAGGGACACAAACACAUCCAAGGCUUUCCCUUUCAAUUGUGGAGUUAAAUAUCUGCCCCACUGGUCUGAGGGUAGUUGAUGCUGCCUGCAUACUUUCUCAAAACUUUUUAAAUACAUCCAAAUCUGUCCCUUCUUCGAGGGAAGGAAAAUCAUCCUUACGGAGCCUACGUGUGCUGGACUCUGAUGCAUUGCUGUUAAGUGAGGACUGAAGGGUAAAUUGCAGUUUAGCAAGUUCCAGCUCAUGUCUCCUUUGUGCCUCCCUUUCUGCAGCAUGCCUUUGCGCUUCCCUUUCGGCUAGCCUCUCUGCAGAUUCCCUUUCUGCAGCCUGCUGUUGGAUCAUCACAUGCAAGGCCUCCUGAGGAUUUGCAGCCAUCAGUUGCCGAAAUAAAUCAGUUGAGCAAAUGUCCUUAAUGUUUUGAGGGGUACAACCACCAGGCAUUUCAGUAAGCAACACUCCUGCAGUAGUAGGGAGCUCGGUAACCCUUUCAGUAUCCGUCUCUGGCUGGAAAAUAUGGCUGUCAGCCUCCACAAGGUCAGCAAUAAGUUGUGCCUUAUUUUUGCCAAAAGUUGGUAAAUUCUUUUCUUGGCACAACAAUUCCAAGGCCUCUUUCGAUUGUUUGCGAUAGGCCUCCAUAUUCACAAAUAGGAUAGAGAAAGAAAAACAAAAGAUGGGAGGGGAGAACUGUUUUGCACUUUGUAUGUAUUUUAAAUCAGCACUGAGCUUGGCCUCUGGAAAUUACACAAAAACAAGUAUGCAAUUUCUUUUAGUGCUAAGACCUCCUUUACAGGUAAAAUCUAGCAAGCACUAAAAAUCUCUAAAUAUAUCCCACUAGCUUCCGCCAGUUUGUCACGUGCGUGGGCUAUAGGCCCAGCCGAGACAGUGGGGAGAGUGUGGAAGUGACAGGGUUAAUGACACCAGACCCCUGGUUACCUGUUGCUAGUCCCAGCAACCACGCAAUUAACCCCUGCAAUCCCUUCUACACUAACCCCCUUAAUACACUUUCUACUGCCACCACCAAGACUUUUAAACCCGGGCGUCUUAGGUUACCCCACACACAGGAGAAUUAUAGUAUCACAGUUCUACUUUUACUGAUAAAACAUAUAUAGUUAACCCUUUUUGGUAACGUGUUUACCUGAGCUUUCCUCUGGAGAGUGAAGCUCACAGAGAACAGAGACACAAGCUGAUUAAGUAAACAUUUAAUCUGACAAAAAGGAUUCACAGUGCUGAGUACAAAAUACAGAAAUAAAUGACAUACAGAUAACAAAUUGCAAAACAGUACAUAAAAUAGGAGAAAACACAAGAAAUUCCUUACAUAUAUUUACCCCAUAUAGAAUUCUUGUGGGAGUCUUAGAUGGUAUUGGUCUCCUAGAAGUUACUGACAAAAGAAAAAUGAAUAACUGACUUCCCUGGAUAGUCCAACACCCUCAUAUAUCUAAACUAGUUGUUUCUCAGUGGGCAGACCCCUGGGGGGGGGAAUCAGAGGGGGUUGGUCUGGCAGUCUAUUGUCCACUCUAUUCAAUUCCUUGUGUCCAGCUCUGGUGAUGGCUAUCUAGAUGUUUUAUGGUCUAGGCCUGGUGCAAGAUCAAAGACCACAAUAAAUGUCAUCCCAAGGUUUACAAAAAACAACUCAACUUAUAUAAACACACAUCAAACACCAACUCAUGCUUUUGGCAUGACAGGUGCAUUUUGAGAAAAUGUGGCAAAAACACAAUGAGUACAAUAUGGUCGAUCUGUGAAUAUCCGUAUGUGUAAUCUAUUGUAACACAAGCAACGUUUUGACUAUCAAAAGAGCCACUCCUGAGGCUUGAGAAAGGCUGUUGUGAGAGCCUGAAAUGCCACUUGUGUUAGAAUAAAUUCCAUAUACAGGAGCUUUAGUUGCUCUAGGCAUUGUUUCCCCAACAUAAUACUCUAAAAGAAAGGGGGGGGCCUAACUGUCAUGGAGGACUGAUGUUUCGCAGGAGCUCCUCCACAAUCUUUGCAUUGAAAGCGAUACACGGCCCCAUUCAGCCUGAUUUUGGGACUACCUGGAGCCCACUCCGGUGCCUGACAUUGCUGGGCCCGGUAGUGGGGGUCGGUGACCUGGAGAAAGUCGAGCAACCACACUUGCGACAGCAUGCGACCUUGUGUGCACCGGGCGGGGGAGCGGCCACUCUCCCGCUCCGAGGAGACACUGCUAUGGUGGGGCAGGCACCCUGUUAUCUCCCCACCUCCCUGGGACUAUUGGGGGUGAUCACUACACUCCGAUGGGGAGACGGAUGGGUGAAGGCUGGAAGGCAAGCAACUGACCCCACUACUGGCUCAUCCCUAAUCGCGGACACCUCGUGCCUCCCUCGCAGAUCUUAACGCAGAGACCACGCUUCUGACAAAGCUAGUGGCUAGCCUGGCGGCAUUCUGGAUAAAGCUGGAGACGCGGGUACUGCAACAGGCCUCAUCACAGGUAAGCAGUCCGUUACCCGAACGACACCCUGCACACGCACAGAACAUACCUGCAGCUCCCACAGGGAAGAGGAGCCCACACAGAAGGCAGCUCAGGCCCCACGUGUCACACCAGCACAAGCAGCGGCAAAAGCAAAGCCAGACACGCAGGAGACUUGAGCCUGCACCCAGCGGAGGGUCUCCGGUAAUCCUGGCAGCCAAUGCACAAGGGUCUGUCCGGCCCCACAUGAAAAGACCGAAACCCAGAGGCAUGAAGCACCUCAUUAAGCUGCCCACCCGUGGGUUACCCUUGACGGGAGUCGGCUGAAAAAAAUUAAGGCGCCAGAAGGACCAGGGCUUCAUUUUAAACGUAUGUGCCCCCCAAACACACAGCGUAUAAGGAUGACCCGAGUCUCAGCCUUGCCUCAUAACUCUGACAUUUUAACCUCCCUGCCUCAUGGACUUGAUCUGAGAUGGAAUCUCCUGGGACAUUCAAGUAAUUUGCUAGCCUGAGCUUACAGAUCUAAAUUGAACCCACUUUUUAAGCAUAUGACCGUAUCAUAUUUACAUGUCAGCAAAUAUAGCAUACUGAAGAUCAUACUGCAUGUUGUUAACCCUCUGACAUAACUUAAUAGGCCUGCUUAUAUUGCCUGCACAGUCAAUGACAGGGUACCGCCACUUUAGUGCUAUGCCAUCGGAUUACCAAGAUGACGCCACACUUACCCAAGAUGCUGAGGCGGGGCCAGUUGUUUCUUGACUACUUAGGCAAUGUUUACUAGCCUGUAAUUGUUGUUAAUGUUCGAACUACUGUAUGUCUAUCUCCAGCUUGACGAUCUUAUUGUGACUUAUUAUGAUAGACCUGCUCUCAUAUUCUGACUACUUAAAAAACUGCAUAACAUGCUCGCAUAUUACAGUUCCACUAGCUUAGUCAAUCAAGCACCGUUAAACUUUGAUUACUUAACUUGCUUAGACGACAUACCUGCUUAGAUAUGCCUGUUAUAUGUAGAGAGCAAUUUGUGUGAUUUUAAACAUACUUCAUUUUUUCAUAAUUAACUUAAAAAAAUGUACUCAUACUCUUGAACACCCCAAUGUUAGGUGUUGAAACUCAGCGUGGGGAAUGCCGUUGGGGUACCAAACGCAUGCUGUUAUAUUUCUCUGCACUGCAAAAAUAUUUUUUUACAUUUUUUUUUUUUUUUAAAUACCCUAAAAGAAGGGUGAGUGCAUUAAUGCACAGAGCGGAGUUUCAAGCUGCUAGAGACAGGCCACAAAAACCAUAAAACAAAAAAUAUUCUGCACAGCAAGCCCAGUAAUGAGUAACUCACAAGUAGGCAAAUGUUUUACUUUAGCUUUAUUUGUAAUUUAUCUCCCCCACCCCCACCCUCUCUCUCUUUCAGUACAAAACGCGUGGACCACUCAAACACAAGACUAGCCUCUCAGCUUGACCGAAACCCAGGUUUGUAUAUUUUACUUUUUUUGCCACCUUUGUAAGUCCUCUUUUGCAUUAAACGUAUGUUUGUAGUAUGGUUUGUAAUCUUUGUUUUGAGCUCAUACACAGCGUAAAGGACCACUAUAGUGCCAGGAAAACACACCCUCUUGGCCCCCCUCCCGCCGGGCUCUAGGGGGAGAAAAGGGUUAAAUCCUUACCUUUCUCCAGCACUGGGCUCCCUUGGCGCUGGGGACUCUCCUCCUCCUUUCAACGUCAUCGGCUGAGUGCGCAUGCGCGUAUUCAGUCAGUCCACAGGAAAGCAUUUCUCAAUGCUUUCCUAUGGACGCUGGCGUCUUAUCACAGUGAGAAGCGCGGAAGCGCCUCUAGUGGCUGUCAAUGAGACAGCCACUAGAGGCUGGAUUAAUCCAUUUGUAAACAUAGCAUAGUCUCUGAAACUGCUAUGUUUACAGCAGGCGGGGUUAACCCUAGAUGGACCUGGCACCCAGACCACUUCAUUAAGCUGGGUGCCAGGUCCAUCUAUAGUGGUCCUUUAAAGGGAAAUUAUAGUGCUAAGAAAAUGCUAGUUUAGCUAGCACCAUAACACCCCAGAACCUACUCCCCCAUUGUGCAGAAAUGGUUAUUAACCCCCUUAUGUCACUUAACAUAUACCAGCGCUGAUGUCCAUCUGCACUAUUUCAGGCUACACCUCUGCUCCUUCUCCGUAGAAGUCAGCCAGCAGGGGGAUCCUAAUGCGCAUUCACAGCAAACGACACGCUCGCAUUAGGACUUUCCCCAUGGAAAAGCAUUGUAUAAUGCUUUUCUAUAGUGUUUUGGGUAACUGUGGGUGUCCUUCUGCAGAGCUUGAGCAUGUCCAGUGUCCGUUAGGCAACCACUUGAAAGUCUCUUUAGCACUUUUAUCUGGCUGAUAACCAUACCAAGGGCUUGUUUAUUUAUAAACUACUUGUUCUGGGCAUAUUAAAAAUCUGCUGUUAGCCAUUUUAACAGCUCAAAAUUUUAAAGAUCGUGAAGUGCAGAUACUUCCAGUAGUGGAGGACUUAAACAAGAUGGCCACCCCAUUGAGCAAGAGUAAACAAGGAAAUAAAUUUGAGUUACAAACGAAUACUUAAUCUAAUAAGUGUCGUUCUAUUUUCAAUAAAAACAUAGCAAUUUUCCUGUUUGGCAAAUGAUUUAUUCUUGCCUAAUCUUUGAAAGUUAAGCUUGUUUCUAUAGAUGAGCUUUGUGACUGGAAGGUAAGUCAAAGAAUGAUAAACUAAAGAGCAACUAGACUUCCAGUAGUUGGUUUUGCUUUGCUCCUAUGGUGGCAUGUUGAAGUAAAGAUAUUUUUAAAAUUUGGAGAGAUAAAAUAACUAUGAGGACUAUGCAUCUGGUGUCUUUUAUCGGGAAGAAGUUAAGCAAGAAAGAAGAUUAAAUUAACUUUUUCACCUUAUUUCCUUUACUGCCACUGUACAUUAUGCUCACAAUUACCUUUUGCCAUUUAAACUUUGCUUAUCCAUUGAUAGUUUUUCAUUUUCAGUAGAUGAGAACCUACUGACGUGGUGAACCCAGUAAAAUUAUUUUUGUUUGAAGACAGGCAUUACAAUGUUAAUUGAAGUCUUCUGUAUAAUGUCCAAACAUUUAUGGGCAGUAAAAAUGUGUGUAAUAAAUCAUGCCUUAAAGACUUACUUCUUUUGUUUUUAAUCUUUCUCUGCUAAGGAUCAGAUGACAAUAAUCUCAAUUCCAUAUUUUAUGAGCACUUGACCCGCUCUCUGCAGCACAGCCUGUGUGGAGAUCUUCUGCUUGGUCGAUGGGGGAAUUACAAUACUGGAGAUUGCUUCAUCCUUGCCUCGGAUUACCUGAAUGCCCUGGUACACCUUAUCGAAAUAGGCAAUGGACUUGUCACAUUUCAGCUCAGAGGGCUUGAGUUUAGAGGUAAAAUAUAUGCCACACCAGAGUGGUAAUAAAAACUACACAAAGUUUUAGCCUGCCUUUACUUUAAACUAAAUCUUGGUGAUCUCCAGAAUUUGCCUGACUUUAAAAUGUGUUUUGUUUUUUGGGGGGUUUUUUUUUUUUUUGGUGUUACAUAGGAACCUAUUGCCAACAGCGUGAGGUUGAAGCCAUCACGGAAGGUGUAGAAGAGGAUGAAGGUUUCUGUUGCUGUGAGCCCGGCCAUAUUCCCCAUAUGCUGUCUUUUAAUGCAACCUUUGGUCAACGCUGGCUUGCGUGGGAAGUCCUGGUUACAAAGUACGUCUUGGAAGGCUAUAGCAUCACAGACAACAGCGCAGCUUCUAUGCUUCAAGUGUUUGAUCUGCGUAGAAUCCUUACCACUUACUAUGUCAAGGUAUUUAAAAAAAAAAAACUAUUUUGUAGUCACUGUAUGGGGAUAAUAAAACUGAAAGCUGUGUGUUCAAUAUUAGUGUUUUUCAACUCUGAAACAAAGGCAGUUAAAUUCACUGUUUUAAAGGAACAUUCCAGGGACCAUUAACCAUCGCAGUAGUUAAUUUGUUUGGCUAAAGUUGAAGGAUUUGCUCGAACACCUAAUGCUCUCAGCCGAUCACUUCUGCAUUUUCACUUCACGAGUGCUGAUGGUCCACAUUAGCUGAUCACCAGAGGAGAGGCAGUGUGACCGGUUAAUGAGGGGCACUGUUGGGAAAAGAGUUUAGCAGUGGAAUAUAGUCGACCGCACCAGAGGACUCAAAGUACCAUAACCACUUUAGUGAGAUGAAGUGGCUAUUGGACUGGGAGAGUUCCUUUUAAUACACAAGUGAAGGCAAAAACACCUUUCUCAUCCAAGAACUCCCAUGGAAGAAAAACUUCACAUCACAACACUAUAGGGAUGUAGCUAUAACAUCUAAGACUGUUAUAGAUUUUAAGCACUUGGUAAUACAAAUUGGUGUCUAUUUGUUUUUGUUUUUUUAUAGGUAUGCUUUGUUUAUACAAUUAAUUAGAAAGUUUAAGCUUCAUUCCUGCCAACAGAUUUUGAACUUUUUUUAAUUCUCCUUGUGAAUCUUCAGUGUUGUACAUUAUGCAAUUGUGAUAAGCCAGGUUCUUGAUACCCACUCCAUUGGUCCCUUCCAGUUGUAGUUUAUUACAGUUAAUAUAUAAUAUUCUGCAGCACUGAACAAAUUGUAAACCAAGACAAACAAUUCUAUCAUCUCACAUGGCAGUCUCCACUGCUCUAAUUUCUAUAUACUGCCAAGUUACUUUCCUGUACUGCUCUGAAAAGAUUAAAGAUUUUCUUUGCAAUUUUCUAAGAGAAUAGCUUGGAUAGACCAAUUUAAACUCUCCAUUGUGGUCGCAGGGCAUUAUCUUCUAUGUGACCGCCUCUGGGAAACUCGAAGAGUGGCUGGCAAAUGAAACCAUGCAAGAAGGCCUCAGACCAUGCUCUGAUCACUGCUAUGUGGAUGUAGAUCCAACAUUUAACCCAAAUAUCGAUGAAGAUUAUGACCUCCGCCUGGCUGGGAUUUCUCGGGAAAGUUUUUGUGCUAGUUACCUUAACUGGAUCAAAUAUUGCUCCUCUCGGCGGGAAAAGGUGAGAAUAAAAGCCUACUCUAAGCAAAUAUAUAAACAAAUUGCACAUGUGUUAAGAGUAUACUAUGUGCAAUUUGUGUAUAUAUUUGUUUAGUGCAGAAAACUCGUAGUCACAUGUUAGUCGAAUUGCCCUACUUCAAGAUCUCUUGGCUCAUACCUAGAUGGUAUUUUUAAAUAUCACCUGUUCAUCUAGAGCUGUAAUGUACUGAGGUUUCAAGAAAAAGAAAUAUUAAGAGUAAAUCUGUUGCACUUUGAGUGUAUGUCCUUGUUGAACUCAAAACGAAUAGCAAGUAGAUUUCAUCCUAAAAAGUCCUAUUAUAUAUUGGAUAACAUCAUUUGAAAUGCCAUUGUGCUGAUAUGUAUAUCUUAGAUACUUAGUAAGAGUCCAUGGGAUUUUUGUGGCUACCUAUUGUUUUGGCCAGAUUAUCGAUCUCCAGAAGUUGCAUUAUUUUUUCUUAUUCAGAUACAAGAUGGCAAGAUUGUAGGAAUGUCAGUGCAAUAGAGGCUUGACUUGGCAUCAUGGCAAACAUAAUCUGCGGAAAAAAAUAAAAUUUAAUUGCCACAGACUCUUAAUUCUCUGCAAAGUAAUGUAAUUUAUUAAAACAAAGUAAAAAACAAAUGUAAUUGUGUUUUGUUUUUUUGUUUUUUGUUUUUUUUAAGCCUCUGGAUGCUGAGAAGGAUUCCCCUUUGGUGACACUUUGUUAUGGUCUCUGUAUUCUUGGGAGGAGAGCAUUGGGUACAGCUUCUCAUCACAUGUCCAGGUAGGUUACAAUAAAUGGUCUGAUUUAUAUUCUAUCAAGUGGAGAUAAAACACCUGAGCUCACAAAUUGACCAAAAAACGGAAUAUCUCAUUAAUAGGUCUAGCGGGUUACUCUUAAAUAUAUAUAGAGAAUCGACUGGUAUCCAAAACAGAAGUUUGUAAUGAGAUGCACAGUUGGAUUUUGUUUGGAGAGGUGCUUGAUAUGUAAAUUGACCAGUAAAAAGAUUAUUCCAUGCUAAUGUCCUGCGUAAUUCUAUUUUUACUAAAACCCUUUUUACUUCUGAAUAAAGUUGAAAUGCACACACUAUUGCUCUUUAAAUUACAGAGCAUAUUUUGUAAUGAAUAUGUAUCCUCUGGCUAUUGCUAAUUGACAUUGACAAGUAAUUUUUUACUCGUCUUUCUCUGUAUAUUGCCAGUAACCUGGAGUCCUUCCUGUAUGGAUUACAUGCUUUGUUUAAGGGAGAUUUCCGCAUCUCUUCCAUCCGUGAUGAAUGGAUAUUUGCGGACAUGGAGCUGUUGAGAAAAGUGGUUGUUCCUGGCAUACGCAUGUCAUUAAAACUUCAUCAGGUAACUUAUUUCUGCUUCAAACACAGCAGAUGAGUCUGUUGCUACCCUAGCAUUUCCUCCUAUUAUAGGUCAUACAAAGUUAUAUUCCAUAUAGCCAUAUACUUAUUACUUACUGUUCCUAUGGCAUUGCUCUAUGAUGGAGGGUACCCUUCUGUGACUUUAAACACAAUUCCUUGCGCUCAAAGUGUAGUCGAUAAAAAGGUAUAGGGAAAAAUAAAUCUCUAUUGUUAGAUAUAUAACAAAAUUAAUACAAAAUUUGUAGCUGAUGGUAAAGUUUAAUGCCACUAUUACUAGCCCAAGGGGAGAUUACAGGUCUUAAAACACGCCUGCUUUGGCUGAACGCAUUUCACGUCUUAGCGACACUUUCUCAACAGUCCUGUUCACUUGUAUUGUGAACUAAGGUACGAUUUCUAAUCUGUAAUGGUUAGAAAGCUUUUAAAAGUGAUUGGUAUUUUUAGUUUUUUUUAUUUCCUUUCUUCCUUGUGUAUGUGUUUCUAGGACCACUUCACAUCUCCAGAUGAAUAUGACGAUCCUGCUGUCUUGUAUGAAGCAAUCAUGUCACAUGAGCAGAACCUUGUGAUUGCACAUGAAGGUGAUCCAGCAUGGCGGAGCGCCGUUCUUUCCAACUCCCCAUCUCUGCUUGCCCUGCGCCAUGUUAUGGAUGAUGGAACCAAUGAAUACAAGAUUAUCAUGUUAAACAAGCGCUAUCUUAGUUUCCGCGUCAUCAAGGCAAGUGUUGGCCAUCAUUGUUCUUUAUUCUUAAAAGAAUAUAACUGCCUGUAUUUACAAGCAAAAAAUGUAUUCUGUUGCGGGUACAAAUUAGUUUGGGAACCGCUGUUAACUGGUAAUGUACUAUAAAUAUUAAAUUUUUACAACCAUAUUAAUUUAUCCUCCAGGUUUUAAAUAUUAUGAACGGUUGUGUAACAAUUCUGGAUAACCGCUAUUGUAUUAUUGAUAACCAAAGACAAUUGUAGGCUUCACUUCGGGCAGAGCUUGGAAGUAGGUUUCAAACAAGGAAGGCAUUGCAUGCCUUUUAAUUUGAUUUGUUUUUCCAACAAUUUUUAUUUUAAUUUUAAUUUUUGACAGGUAAAUAAAGAGUGCGUACGAGGUUUAUGGGCAGGCCAACAGCAGGAACUGGUUUUUCUUCGCAAUCGGAACCCAGAGAGAGGAAGUAUUCAAAAUGCAAAGCAGGCUCUCAGGAAUAUGAUCAACUCUUCUUGUGACCAGCCGAUUGGGUACCCAAUCUAUGUUUCCCCACUGACAACAUCCUACUCCGACACCCAUGAUCAGCUCAAGGACAUUCUUGGGGGCCCCAUAAGUGUGGCAAAUAUCAGGAACUUCAUUGUGUCUACAUGGCACAGGUAAGCAAAUAUUUAAUGUAUCGAUAGAAUAUUUAAUUAGGAUAAAACUUUCAUGGUUUCAUAAUUUCAUCUUCUCAUUUAAAAACUUUUGUCAGGCUGAGAAAAGGGUGUGGAGCAGGAUGCAACAGUGGUGGGAAUAUUGAGGACUCUGACGCUGGAGGCGGGACCUCCAUAAAUAGUAACAAUCCAUCAAAUCCAAAUGAUGCUCAGAGCAGUGCAUCACAAGGUGGUAUCCCAGGUGGGACCGGACAUGUGCACACAGCACGUCUCCAGCCUCCAGGUGUGCCUCAUCCAUCAACACUAGGUGAGCUUGAAAAUGGGCUGUAACAAAGUUCUGUAUGUGAUACUACUAUGCACUUCAUCCUGUAACACUAUAGGGAUUUACUAUUUAAAUUCCUGAGUUCUUUGUUCAAUAUCUUUCUUGUGAUUAGAGAAGCAAGGAAAGGAAGUAUUAACCAGCAAAUGUAAUAGCACAGGCUGUAGUUUACGUUUACUUUGAAACCAAAAUAAAAAGCUGUAACUUUGAGAAAUGUCUGUAAUUUAUAUUUUUAUAGCACACUAGGGGUAUUCUUGUUUAACAAAUAAUAUAUCUCCGUUAGCAAUCUAUCCAAGAUUUUGGUCUGAUGACAGAUAUAUACGUUAGGAAAAGUAGCUUUUUUUACAUUUACUGUUUUCCUUAAGGUAGAUCAACAUAGAGGUUUAUUUUUAACCUGAUGGUCUGUUCUCUCUUUCCUGCAGCUUCACCAAAAUAUGAAUUUCUUUUCCAGGAACCAGCCACAGUUCCCACUCAAUGCAGUCUAGCCUCGUCCGACAUUCCCCUGCUCGCGGCUCUGUAGCUAGUCAGUCUUCUUACUGCUACAACAGCCGUCACUCAUCACUUCGAACGUCUACAACAGGAUUUGUGCCUUGCAGGCGCUCCUCCACCAGCCAGAUAUCACUUCGCAACCUACCCACAUCUAUUCAGUCCCGAUUGUCCAUGGUGAACCAGACGGACCCUACUGGACAGUCAGUUGUGGUUGGCCUUCCUUCCUCUAGCAGCUCCAGCCAGAGCAUUCCUGCAUGCAAGAGACACACCUUAGUGGGAUUUUUGGGAACAGAAGGAGGAAAUAACCUCAGUGAAACACAGUCCUGUGGCAGUUCUAGUCCAGCAACGCAUUCAAGAGCCAAAAAGGAAGAUGUUGUUUAUAGAGUCCAGGUGCGGCCAAUGCAGCCUUCUUGAUAAUGUGAUGGCUUUUCGUUCUUAAAGAGUGGCAUGCAAUUCUGUAAAUCUGUGCAAAGCCAAGCCUGAAGGGCAAACAAACCACACUAAGAAAAAUUACAUUCCAAUACCGGUGUAAUCUGUUUCAGAUGUUUGUUGUCUGAAAUUUAGACAGGGAUCGUAAAUAUAUUUAAAAUGGUUGUCUAAGAAAAAGGCUUGUGUAGCUCUGGAAAAAAAACAAACAUUGAAACCUAUGAUAGUUCAUGAAUCUGAUUUUUGGCUAAAAAUAAAUAUAUUUAAUUUAUUUUAAAAUGCAGAUUACGCCUCUGGUUGAGUCAGUUUUAACAUCUGAUAACCUCUUUUUCAUAUGUUCUCUCCAGUUUACUGGUAAUGUUACAAAUUGAAGAUCAUUAUAGAAUUGAAGUAACUCCAUCUUACUCCAAGCUCCAUGUCUGCUUCAUAGUUUUGAAGUGCCUAUGGUGCAUGGAACUUUGAGCAGUGUCUCCGUAUCAAACGCACAUGCAGAUAUAUUGAGGCUAUCCGUUGGGAGUGUAAAUCCUCUUCAGGUUGCAUAGUUAGCUGGUCUCAAAUUUAGUUUACUCAUUGCCUGGGGAACUCCGCUAACAAUGUCCGCUAAUAAAUGAACAACUGGGUUGGCAUCUAGCUUUUGCAGUUUUGCAGAUACCAUUCAUCUGGUGUUAGAGGAAGCUCUUUGCCUGCUGGGACCCAAGGAAGAGGCAAACCACUAGAAAAUUAUUUGCCCUUUUACAGGAGAAAUACACCAGGUUACUCCUGGCAUCAUAACCACUAUAUUAAGCUGUAGUGGUUAUGGUCCUUGAUGCAACCCUUUUAAAAACAUUCUGAUGAGCUGAAUUUAAAUAGUUGCCCAAAUGUUAGUUGCAUUCAAUGAUUUUUAGGGGACACACAAAGUUUUGUUGGUAAAAGUGAAAUCCUUCAAAAGGUCACUCGUGCAUUUUCAGUUUUACUUCUUCAGGGUAUAGAACAAAUUAGUGUCUUUGAAGUUUUUAUUGGUUGGGGGAUGGGGUGGGGCGGUUGUCUUAUUUUUAUUCCUUUUUAUUUGAUUUGGCUGUUUUGUUUUGGACUCUUUACAAGUUGUGUUUUUUUUUUGUUUUUUGCUAAAGGGGCGUGCGGUUAGUUUUCAGAUCUCUGUGAAAACACCACAAUUUUAUUUAUUGUGCUCACUCUUAGAUUGUGGAUCCAAGCCAAGUGCUUGAAGGAGUCAAUAUAUCCAAACGGAAAGAGCUGCAGUGGCCAGACGAGCUGGUGCGGCUAAAAGCUGGAAGGAAUAGCUGGAAAGACUGGAGCCCUCAGGAAGGCAUGGAAGGCCAUGUAGGUUUGGCUGAUUACCAUUAAUAUCUCCAAAGGAGGCAACAUUUUUUGUUAGCUGCAAGCAGUAAAAUAUCUGAAUCAAAGAUGGAUCUGGGAGGACAAUUUAAAUUUAACUGUGUUUCUUGGGUUCACCCUCCCCAUAUUUUUGUUUCUCAACGAAGAGUCUGUGUAUAAAUAUUUAUAUACAAAUAUGUAUGUAUGUCAAGUAUAACUUGAGAUCUCAACCGAGACCGAACCAUUGCACUGUUGCUUUAAUAAAACAGGGAUUUCUGCCUUAUCAGAAUCUUCAUUAGUUACUUUUGUGUGUCCUUUCAAUACGAAACAUUGGGUGUAAUUAGUUUAAAGCAAUUUCUUCUGACCCAAGAAUUGAACAAGGAGAGAAAUUAAAACUUAUUUGUAUCACUGUAUGCUUGUGAAAUGUACUGAAGUAUACUAAAACAGCGUGCUCUUUUUCUGUGCACCACAUCCUCGAAUGCGAUGUCUACUUCCCUAGAGUAAAAACAGAUUAAACUUUUAUUAUGAUGAUUGCACUUUUUUUUUCUCUCGAUCUAAAGGAGUCAUAUAUACUUUUUAAUUUUUUUAUUAAUUAGCUCUUAUAUAAUCUCCCCAGCGCUUUAUUAGAACAGGGUUGUACACGUCUAACAUGUGAGGUCUUAAAACUCUUCUAUAGCAUUAGCUGGACUCCCACACUGUAGACCAGGGAUGCCAAAUGUUUUAAAACUACAGCUUCCAUGAUUAUUUGUCAUUCUAAAGACAUGCAAAGCUUCAUGGAAGUUGUAGUUCUAAAACACCUGGGGAUCUACCUUUUGUAGACUAAUUGUUACUUUGUAGACUUCCUUUAUAGAUGUGGCAAAAAUCUGUAAAUGUUGCCACUGAUUUAAAUAGGAAAUACAUUUUCAAAACCAUACAUGUCUUGCUUAGUCUGUAAAAUAACCCCAUAUCACCAGUUGCUUUUAACACAUUCCCUUUUUAAAUGAUAAAAUUAUAUGGCGUAAAGACAUGUUUUAUUUUUAUUUUCUAAAGCUUAUUACAUGUUUUUGUCAUUUGACAAAAAACGCAAAGGUAAUAAGACCAGAACUUGAUAUGAAUAUUUUGUUUUGUAAUUCAGUUCUUCCUCUUUGAUCUUUCCUUUUUUUAUUUUUUUUUUCCCCUCUUCUUUCUUGUAUUGGUUUCUACAGGUAAUUCACCGCUGGGUGCCUUGCAGCAGAGACCCUUACAAUAGGUCCCAUAUUGACAAAACAAUCCUGCUGAUUAAGAUUGAGGACAAAUAUGUUGCUGUAAUUGAAUCUGGUGUGCUUGAACUUGGGGCCGAAGUGUGAGACUGCAUUUGUCAUCUUUUCAAGGAUUAAUACUGAACUGACAACAUUAUAAACCUGUUUUGAGACAGAGUUCAAGAUGCAAGAGGCGUUGAUAAUACCCAAACCUGUAAAAUUUACUCCCCCCGCCCCCCACCUUGUCUUGGUUUUUCUAACCGUUUGAAUGUCAGAGAGAUGUGUAUCACAUUGUAAAACACUUUAUCUUACCUCUCUGGCAGCUAAGUGGUUAAUUUGUGGUUUAAAUAGUUUUUUGUUUUUUUUUAAACCUACACUAUAUUAUGUGUUUAAAUUAUCUGUUGCUAUGCAUUUCAUAUGCUUUAAGUCAAAAACAUUUUACUUUUCAGUUCAGAGUAUGGUCUCUAUUUUUUAUUUUUUUUCUUUAUUUAUUUGCCAAAAAUAAUUGCCAUAUUAUCCAAUACUUUGUACCGUGUUUUUUUUUUUCCCUCUUGUGUACAGAUAUAGUUUGUUUAUCGGACUUCAUACAUGUUUUAUACACAGCAGGUCGCUGCAAGCUUGAUACUUUUAUUUUUCCUUUCUUGUGGCAAAAUCUUUUGAGAAAACUGCACUAAACAGUUUUGUUUUCUACAACAAUGCACUAAAAAAGUCUAUCAGUCAGAGCAUUUAUUUAUAAAUCUAUAUGUGUGUGUGUAUAUAUACAGAAAAUUCCGUAAUUUAAAUAGCUUUUAUUAUGAAAUCCUUUUCUGAACCUGUCCCUAUUGUAUUUGCAAACAAUUUUAUGUAAAUGGCUGGACCGUUGGUUUCCCUGUGUACUGACGAAAUGCAUGCAAUUUACACAAAAUAUUUAAACACUAAGAGCCCCUCCCCCCCCAAAUUUUGUUUUUAUCAAUCACUAGUGGUUGAAACUAUAAGCAGAAAAGGUAAAAAUUCUAAAGCAAAUUAGAUCCAUGUAUAGCUGCAAUGCCCUUUGUUUUUGAAUAAGAUUACUGCUAAAGCAAAUAUAUAUAAAUGGGGCAAAUGGCACUCAACUUUAAAGCCAUGUUAGGUGAAGUGCUUUGAUAUCUGUAUACAGGACAUUUUAAUCUGGUGCAGCUACCGAGCGCGAAGACUUUUUUUUUUUUUCUUUUUCAACACGUGCCUGCUUAAUCAAUAGGGAAGUUGUAUAUAUCUACAUAGCUCGGUGAAUAAUUAAGAACUGCUUCACCCGUUUGUAUUCUAGGGCAGAAAUCCCCGAGCCAGACUGGGUUUAAAAAAAAAAAAAAAGUUAAAAUUCUAUUUAGAUAAUUGUAGCAUCAGGUGUUUAGUAACCAGUCCCCUCAGUUUGUCUAACUGUAGUUUGAAACAUGUCGGAUAAAUUUACAGAUUUCACAACCCAUUUGGUUUAUUGUGUUGGCAAUGCACCCUUCCCCUAUUUUACUUUCCACAAGCUCUUAACACACGUUUAACACCUUAAGGACACAUGACAUGUGUGACAUGUCAUGAUUCCCUUUUAUUCCAGAAGUUUGUUCCUUAAGGGGUUAAAUGCCUUUAAACCUGCAUAAGAUUGCAAAGGCUUAUAUAAACCUUCUGAAUACUUUGGGCCUUGUGGUACGACUGCCAUUUAGUUUCUGAGCGGAGUUUAGUCAUUUUGUGGCUGUAAAUUAAUAAAUCCAUAACCGUUUAAUUUCUUUAAAUAUGGCCAGCUAACAAUCUAAUGACAUAUCAUACCUUUUUACGAGAACCUCUUAAAGCUAAUUUUAUAUAACUUCCCCUGUAUUUUCAUGCAUAUGAAAUGGAUGUUUUAAGUAUUUAUAACUGUGAAAUGGAUUUAUUCAUCUGUGCUGUCAAAAAUGUAGGUCUGUAGAAUUAUUUUUCAUUGUGUGUGUUUUUCAAGAAGUGAGAGUAUCACGACUCCAAACAGCAAUUAUAUAAUGAGAUUUUUAAAUUCUAUAAAUUGAAUUUUCAUUUGGUUUGUUGUCCUCUGGACAUGUGGUCAAUUGCCACAAGGGGCAGCCAUUUAAAUAUGUAGUUUCCAUCAAAAUUGCCUUCACUUGCUAUUUUUAAUCCAGAUGACUUAAUUUAUUUGAAAUAUAACUUUCCUUUUGUUUUCAGUUAGUUAAAGAAGCUCAGGAAAAGUUCUGCUUAAUGGACAUUUUGCAAUAUAUUUCUUGUGCUGUUUUGGGUCAGGCAGCAUGCCUACCUUCUGGAAUGUUAUAAAUUUAUUACAAAACAGGUUUUUCGUGUUUAUUUUCUUUUUAAUUUUCUUUUUUUAUGUGUAUUAAUUUCUACACAAAUAUAGCGUAUCAAAGAACAUUUUCUCUGGUUUCAGGUCUUUCUGGCUAAGUACGUGUUAUACAAAGUUCUUUUUGAUGGAGGUCUUAAGAGUCUGCCCCCCCCCCCCCUGAAAUACGUUGUACUAAAGGAGGCUUGGUGUUAAAUUAGAGAAUAGAAAAAUGAAACCAAUCCCAAAUUGAAGCAAUUAUUUUAUGGAUAAAAUUACUCUGUAUAUGGCAAGACAAACAGGUCCUGUGGUGCUUGCUCCUCUGUUCGUUAUUUUUCAGAAACAGUCUUCAAAGUCUUCAGACUGUGUGUAGCGGACACCUGCAAAUCCAUGUGUAAGCACCAUAAAUGGUGAUUUCGUGAAAAAUGUUUUAUACCUGUCAGAAAAAACCACAAUCGUGUGAAUUACAAAAUACAAGACAUAAACGUCUACACGGCAUGAAAGAACAGGGGAACAAAAUAACCCCCUCCCCCCCACCUCAAAGGCCAGCUGGAUGCAUUUCGUGUUUAGUUACUUUUUUUUUCCUCUAAUAGUCCGACUAUUUGUGUUUUGUAGUUCACAUGUGGCCUUUUUUUCGUUCGAUCUAUAAUUUUUCAAUAAAUUGCCCUCUCUCAUGGAGCUACACGUGGUUUUGUUGUCAGUGGAGUGUGGUCCAAAAACGUCCUUUGUUUUCUAACUGAAAUACAAUGCCAAUUUGAAAACCAUGUAGUAGGCAGGGGUCUAGUUUAGCUAUUUACUUGCCGUUUAUCAAUCAUCACACCCUGAAAAUCCAAUGUCUUCUGGAACUCAAGGGGCGAGCGUAUUGCUUUUAAACAUUCUAUUACUGUUGAGUCAAAUUUCGAAAAGGAACUAUUUCUUCUUUAUGCAAUGUAGCGGAUGUGUCAAACCUUGCUUUUAAAGUGGUAUGCUAAAAGUCCUAAAAAAUUGAUUCAUUGCAACAGUUGUGAUUCUAAACACGCUUUGUUGAAAGUGGCUUAUAACUGAUAACUCAAAAUCAAUACAGCUAUAAGCCUGGCUCUCUCAAGUCAAGAGGGAUAUUUCCUCCUCUGCUGUCCACAAUGCUAAACGUUUGCAUGCAAUUUUAGGUGAAAAGGCUCAGGUUUGUCAAGGACAGUCUUUGAUACAUCUGCUUCUGAUCCAAAAUAAGGUAAAAUACACAAAUUUAAGUAAUUUCCAAUUGUGCCAUGCAACGUGGGAGUGGGGGAACCUUCUUGACUUCAUAAUGACAAUCUGAUCUCUCAGUGAAUCCACAAGCUUUCCAUGCAUAUUCAUAAUUUUGCCCCCUCUCUUCUUAACCAAUCUUAAAAGGAUGUUGGAAGAGAAUCCUAUAGGUACCUAAAACCAAUUCUGAGUCUCCGUAAUAGCAUUUUUACGAAGGCAAACAUCUUAUUGGAAAUACACGUUUAAUAUACACGAAGAGAGCUCAAACAGCCAUGUUCACACUAAUAAUGUCCUGUAGGUAGUAUAAAUUAAUCCUGAUUUUUAUUUUAUCCAUUAAAAUAUGGAAAACAUAUCGCCUCAAAUGUAAUUUCAGGGUAACAUGGACGUUUAUAGCAUUUAUAGUCGGUAGGCAACAAAUCAACAUUCUAUUAAACUUACUGAUUAUGUUCCUAUUGAUGGUGAUGAAUAAACCACAUUUUUUAAAGAAAAAUUUGUUAGGUUAGAUCUCGCAUUUAAACAAACUAAAUCGGAAUCCUAAAUGUGGCCUUCAACAAAGAAGGAAUUAUUGAAUGUGCAUUGCAUGUUAAAGAAGAGGGCUCAAUUGGUACACAAAGUCUAUUGGCUGUUCUAGCAUCUGAGUGGCAAGUAAGUCCCACCUCGGUCAAUUCAGGCUUUCUUACUUUUGAUUUUAAAAUUAAUACCAUUUGAGUUGAUUUAAACAUCUGUACCAGGCAACAUACAUGAACAAAACAUUGCACCCUUACUGGUUAAAAAGAAAAAAAUAUAAUAAUCCAGUAUAACGUAUAUUACUAGCUUUUUUAAGUAUCUUACAAUGAGGCAUUUUUGAUUUAGCACUAAAUCCCAUGGUCCCUUGAGUUUUUAAGGAUUGUUUCUACUAGUUUGUCUGUUUAAAAACAAACGGAAUUGGGGGGGGGGGGGAGAGGUGGGGAAACAAAUGUACGUUAUAUUCUUCAGUUACAUUGUUUUUGUAUGUUGAUUGACCCCAAUUUUUCUACGUUCACAUUUAUAUAGAGAAUUUAUACUGAAUAAGAGGAUGUUCCAAAAGUAACCAUUUUUAGUCUACUCAAAUGAAGGUCUGUUUCCUUAUGAAUCUUCAGUGAAAGGUACUUUCCAAUCACAUUUCUUAUUUUUAGUAUUAGUGGCGUUGCAGUCAGCUUAAUGUAUUCUCUACCGUAAUGACUUAGUCAAAUGAGAGAUUCUUAAACCGGUAUUUGACAUUUGGUGUAUCUGUAUUUGUCUUAUUCAGCAAUCUGCACUAUUCUUUUGGUAUAGACUAUACAAAGACCAUGUUUUCCUCAAUUUAUUAUCGAGAAGGCGCUAUUGGAAUUAAACGUCACCAAUAUUAGAAAUGUAUAUUGGCUUUGUUUUUGUUCCAAAAUAACAUACAAGGUUUUUUAUUACCAGCAAUUUAAAAAGAAAAUGGUUAGAUUUAAGUGUGCUUGGAAACGGGCUGUAAAUACUGUAAUUAUCUACAAUUCAACUUUUUAUUUUUUGUUUUGGGGUGGGGGAGUGUUGCAAUAUACAAAUACAGUAUUGUCAGUGGGUAACACUGAGAAAUAAAACCAUUUUUUUUUCCA